CCCAGCCUCGCCUCGGGUGUAGGGAUUGCAGAGAAAAGCAAAACUACACCAUCCCAGCUGUGUAGUUUUGUUUUUUUAUGGUUAGAGGCUCAACCAUUCUCAUGGUGGGAUUGUUUAAAAUCAUACUCUGGAUAAGGACGUCGUUUAAAGAACUUCCGUUUGGGCUAAGCCCACUCCUGUUAGGCACUCUUGUGAAAACAGAGUGCCAGUAAAGAUGACGACGAAAGCACCAACAUUUACGCAGCCGUUACAAAGUGUUGUGGCACUGGAGGGUAGUGCCGCAACCUUUGAGGCUCAUAUUAGUGGUUUCCCAGUUCCUGAGGUGAGCUGGUAUCGGGAUGGCCAGGUUCUUUCUGCUGCAACUCUGCCCGGUGUGCAGAUCUCGUUUAGUGAUGGCCGCGCUAAACUUGUGAUCUCCGCCGUGACAGCAGCUAACAGUGGAAGAUAUACCGUACAAGCCACCAAUGGAUCUGGACAAGCAACUAGUACUGCCGAACUACUCGUCACAGCUGAAACAGCACCACCAAACUUUUCACAACGACUACAGAGCAUGACUGCAAGACAAGGAAGUCAAGUUCGACUUGACGUGAGAGUGACUGGAAUCCCUACACCUGUGGUGAAGUUUUAUCGGGAUGGAGCAGAAAUUCAAAGCUCCCCCGAUUUUCAAAUUUUACACGAAGGAGACCUUUACAGUUUAAUCAUUGCAGAAGCUUACCCCGAAGACUCCGGAACCUAUUCAGUAAAUGCCACAAAUAGCGUGGGACGAGCUACUUCAACAGCCGAACUUCUAGUUCAAGGUGAGGAAGAAGCUGUUCCCGCUAAAAAGACAAAAACAAUUGUAUCGACUGCUCAGAUUACACAAACCACAAGACAAGCCCGAAUUGAGAAGAAGAUAGAAGCCCACUUUGAUGCCAGAACACUUGCAACUGCUGAGAUGGUUAUCGAUAGUGCCACUGGGCAACAACUGCACCACAAAGCACCUCCACGAAUGCCUCCUCGGCCUACCUCCAAAUCACCAACCCCACCAUCUCCAAUUGUUGCUGCCAAAGCACAAAUGGCCCGCCAACAGUCACCAUCUCCAGUUAGACAGUCACCAUCUCCUGUCAGACAUGUUAGAGCUCCAACCCCAUCACCAGUCAGAUCUGUGUCUCCUGCUGGAGCUGGGCGACUCUCCGUCUCCACUUCGCCUAUCAGACCUGUGAAAUCGCCGAUCUUGGUCCGAAAAGCACAAGUAACAGCAGCUGCGGGCACUGAAGUUCUUCCUCCUUGGAAACAGGAAGGCUAUGUCGCUACCUCUGAAACGAUGAUGAGAGACACUAGAGUGACUACAAGUACUACCCAAAUGAGGACUGAAGAAAGAUGGGAGGGGAGAUACGGUCUCCAAGAACAGAUCACUGUUAGUGGCGCUGCCGCAGCGGAGGCUGCUAUUGGAGUUAGUGCUGCUGCUAUUGCAGGUGCAGCAGCAACCACAGAGGACACUGAACGGUCAGCAGCUGUUGCUACAGUAGUUGCUGCUGUUGACAUGGCCAGAGUGAGAGAGCCUCUUCCAAGUGCUGUAGAACAGACUGCUAAAAGAACAGCCAUGACUGCAGUGCACAUUCAACCUGUCCAGGAGCAGAUUAAAAAGGAAGCUACAGUAGUAGUUACUAGUACUACUGGUAAAGGCAAAGAACAAGAGGUAAUAUCAAGAACUAGAGAAGGAAUUGCUACUAAACAAGAACAAAUACACAUCACUCAGGAAAAGAUUAAAAAGGAACCGGUGAAAGUUCCUGUACCAAAAGUAAUAAUUGCGACUGAUGUAGUUAAAGACCAAGAACAAAUUUCAAGAGCUAGAGAAGAAAUUUCUACCAGACGAGAAGAAAUUCACAUUGCUCGUCAUGAAAAGACGAGGAAAGAAGUUGUGAAGUCUGUGAAACCUUCUGUACCUAAGGUACUAAUAACCACUGAUAAAGCCAAAGUGCCCACCACAAUAAUAAAAACUUCAGAGGGAAUUGCUGCCCAACAAGAACAACAGGCCCACCUUAUCCAAGAAAAGAUAAGAAAGGAGGCUGAGAAAACGACUAUAGUUCCAACAGUCAUUGCCGUUGACAAACGCAGGGAACAAGAUAGAAUAUCAAGAACUAGAGAAGAAGUUGCUGUCAAACGAGAACAAAUCCAUCUAGCUCAUGAUCAGAUUGCUGUUGGCAAAAAGGCUGAAGCUGUAGCCACAGUUGUUCAUGCAGUUGAUCAAGCACGUGUUAGAGAACCAAGAGAGCUGGAUCAUGGCGAAGAAGCUUAUGCUGAACAGGCAGCUUUGGAAUAUGGAUAUAAAGAACAUGCUUUAGCAAGACAUGUUGUUGAGUUACCACCAGAACACCAUGUGGUCACCAAAGCAGUGAAAAAGGAGGAGGUUCAUGUUCCUCCUGUGACACACAUUGCAGCUGCUGAAAAAGUGGGAGUGACCGUAUCAACACAGAUUAAAAGGACUGCAGAAACUUCAGUCGAAAAAGCAAUCCAUGUGGAACACACACGUCCCCGCACAGCAAGCCCUCAUUUUACAGUUUCAAAAAUUACUGUUCCUAAACCAGAUCAUACGUAUGAGGUUUCAAUAGCAGGAUCUGCUAUAGCUACUCUGCAAAAGGAGUUGUCAGCAACUUCUGUUCCAAAGAUCACCAAGCCUGUGAGGCCUCCUCUUGCAAAGUCACCAGAGCCCAGAGUGAUGCCAGAGAAAGUAGUCUCCCCACAGUUUCCUUUCGUAGAGACAGCUGCCGACACCUAUCAGAGGCGUUACGAUACUGAAAUCAAAAGAGAAAUAGGUGUGAGCAUGGCAGGUGGUCUGGUGCGGGAGCAAGAACACAUUGAAUUAAUGCAAGAAGGUGAACCAGAGGUGAUUGAAGCUGCUAGAGUUCCUGAACCAACAGAAGUUCCUGCCACACCCCCAUCCAUAGUAAAAGUCCUGAAAGAUGUGACUGUGAUGGAGGGGGAGAGUGUCACACUGGAAUGUCGCAUCUCAGCCUAUCCAUCCCCAACAGUGUCUUGGUACAGGGAGGAAUACCACAUUGAAAGUUCCAUAGAUUUCCAGAUCACCUUUGAAUCAGGAGUUGCUCGCCUUGUGAUUCGAGAAGCCUUUGCAGAGGACAGUGGAAAAUUUACUUGCACUGCUACCAAUGAGGCAGGAAGUGUCAGCACUUCAUGCCACCUCACUGUACAAGUUUCAGAAGAGUUUGAAAGUAAAGAGGCUGUUUCUGCAAAAAUGAUCACAGAAGAAAAACGCUAUGUGGAAUCCAAAGAUGUUGUGAUGGCUGAGAUCGCAGCAGCUGCAGAAGAUGUAUCUGCAGAGCCAGCGGCACCAUUCUUCAUAAGAAAACCUAGCAUACAGAAGUUAAUUGAAGGCGGAAGUGUCAUUUUUGAAUGCCAAGUUGGGGGCAACCCAAAGCCACAUAUUUACUGGAAGAAAGCUGGGCUUCCUCUUACCACAGGCUAUAGGUACAAAAUACUUCAUAAAAAAGAAACUGGGGAAUGCAGACUUGAAAUUUCAAUGACCUUUGCUGAUGAUGCCGGAGAGUACACUAUUGUUGCACGUAACAAACAUGGGGAAGUUUCUGCAUCAGCUUCCUUACUAGAAGAAGCUGAUUAUGAGGUCUACCUAAAAUCCCAACAAGAAACAAUAUAUCAAACUCAAGUGACUGCAUACGUACAAGAACCUAAAGUGGCUGUGGUAGCCCCACCGACAUUGUAUGCUGACUAUGAAAAAGAAUAUGAAAGAGAACAAGCAUUAAUUAGGAAGAAAAUGGCAAAGGAUACUGUGCUGGUCAGGACUUUUGCCGAAGAACAGGAAUUCCACAUUUCUUCCUUUGAAGAAAGGCUUAUCAAAGAAAUAGAAUACAGAAUUAUUAAGAUAUCCCUCGAGGAACUGCUUGAAGAAGAUGGAGAAGAGAUGGUGGUUGAUGUAUCUGAAUCUGAAACAGUUGAAGCAGGAUUUGAACUGAGAUUAAAGAAUUACAGAAUCCUUGAGGGAAGUGGUGUGACUUUCCACUGCAAGAUGACUGGCUACCCAUUGCCUAAGAUUGCAUGGUACAAAGAUGGCAAGCGUAUCAGACAAGGAGACCACUACCACAUGGAGGUUCUAGAAGAUGGCAGAGCCAGUCUUCGUUUACCUGUGGUCUUCCCUGAAGAUGAAGGCAUUUAUACUGUCUUUGCCAGCAAUGUAAAAGGGAAUGCCAUAUGCUCUGCAAAAUUAUAUGUUGAGCCUGUUGGACCAACUGGGUCUCCAGGUUAUAUCCCAUCACCAGAAAUGAUUAGACGAUAUCGGUCUCUUUCUCCCCGAUCGCCAAGCCGUUCUCCUGCUCGUAGUUCACCUUCACGGUCUCCAGCACGCAGGCUGGAUGAGACAGAUGAAGGACAGCUGGAGAGGCUGUACAAGCCAGUGUUUGUCUUAAAGCCGACAUCAUUCAAAUGUGCAGAAGGACAGACAGCAAGAUUUGACCUCAAAGUUGUGGGCCGACCAAUGCCAGAAACAUACUGGUUUCACAACGGUCAACAAAUUCUUAAUGAUUAUACCCAUAAAAUAGUGAUUAAAGAAGAUGGCACACAGUCACUGAUUAUUGUUCCAGCUAUGCCUGCAGAUUCUGGUGAAUGGGUUGUAAUUGCUCAAAACCGAGCAGGCAAAUCAUCCAUCACAAUGAACCUGACAGUGGAAGCUAAAGAACAUUUAGUGAGGCCAGCAUUUGUGGAAAAACUGAAGAAUGUGAGUGUCAAAGAAGGUGAUCAACUGGAAAUGAAUGUAAAAGCCAGAGGCAACCCCAAUCCUGACAUUGUGUGGUUGAAGAACAGUGAUAUAAUUGUACCACAUAAGUACCCAAAUAUAAAAAUUGAGGGAACAAAAGGAGAAGCUGCCCUGAAAAUCGAAUCCACUGUCAGACAUGAUGCUGCAUGGUAUACUGCAACUGCUAUUAAUAAAGCAGGGCGUGACACUACAAGGUGCAAAGUGAAUGUAGAAGUUGAAUUCACUGAACCUGUACCAGAACGGAAAUUAAUCAUUCCAAAAGGGACAUACAAAGCAAAAGAAAUUGCAGCACCAGAACUAGAACCUCUCCACUUGCGUUAUGGUCAAGAGCAAUGGGAGGAAGGUGAUCUGUAUGACAAAGAGAAACAACAAAAGCCAUUUUUCAAGAAGAAGCUUACUUCUUUAAGACUCAAGCGCUUUGGACCAGCCCAUUUUGAAUGCAGACUUACACCCAUUGGUGACCCCACCAUGGUUGUGGAGUGGCUACAUGAUGGCAAACCUUUGGAAGCAGCCAACAGACUUAGAAUGAUUAAUGAAUUUGGUUAUUGCAGUCUUGACUAUGAUGUAUCUUAUCCCAGAGACAGCGGAGUGAUUACAUGCAGGGCUACAAACAAAUAUGGCACUGAUCAUACAUCAGCUACACUGAUUGUUAAGGAUGAGAAAAGCCUUGUUGAAGAAUCUCAGCUGCCAGAAGGCAGGAAGGGCCUCCAGCGCAUUGAAGAGCUAGAAAGAAUGGCUCAUGAAGGUGCUCUUACUGGAGUUAUAGAAGAUCAAAAAGUGAAACAAAAGCCAGAAAUUGUUUUGUUUCCUGAACCUGCAAGAGUCCUUGAAGGUGAAAUUGCUCGGUUCCGCUGCCGGGUGACUGGUUAUCCACAACCUAAAGUCAACUGGUAUCUCAAUGGUCAACUCAUUCGUAAAAGCAAAAGAUUUAGACUUCGUUAUGAUGGAAUUUACUAUCUGGAUAUUGUGGACUGCAAAUCAUAUGAUACAGGGGAAGUAAAAGUAACAGCAGAAAAUCCUGAAGGUACAACAGAACACACAGUGAAAAUUGAGAUUCAGCAACGAGAAGAUUUCAGAUCUGUACUUCGUCGGGCACCUGAACCUAAGCACGAAGCUCCAACAACAGAGCCAGGCAAACUUUUGUUUGAAGUCCAAAAGGUUGACAAGCCAGUUGACAAAACCACCAAAGAGGUGGUGAAGCUCAAAAAGGCAGAAAAAGUAAGCCAUGAGAAAGUGUCAGAAGAAUCUGAAGAACUCCGCAGUAAAUUCAAACGCAGAACAGAAGAGGGCUAUUAUGAAGCCAUCACUGCUGUGGAACUUAAAUCUCGUAAGAAGGAUGAAUCAUAUGAAGAGCUGCUUAAGAAGACAAAAGAAGAACUUCUUCACUGGACCAAAGAGUUGACAGAAGAAGAAAAGAAAGCUCUUAUGGCUGAAGGCAAAAUCACUAUCCCAACCAUCAAGCCAGAGAAAGUUCAACUUAGUCCAAGCAUGGAGGCUCCCAAGAUAUUUGAACGCAUACAAAGCCAGACAGUUGGCCAAGGAAGUGAUGCCCAUUUCCGUGUUCGUGUUGUAGGAAAACCAGACCCAGAAUGCCAGUGGUUUAAAAAUGGUGUACAGAUUGAGAGGUCAGAUCGCAUCUAUUGGUUUUGGCCAGAAGAUAAUGUAUGUGAAUUGGUCAUCAGAGAUGUAACAGCAGAGGACUCUGCCAGCAUCAUGGUGAAAGCUGUCAAUAUAGCUGGUGAAACCUCAAGUCAUGCUUUCCUGCUAGUACAAGCCAAACAGCAUAUAACAUUCACACAGCAGUUACAAGAUGUCACAGCUAAAGAAAAAGAUUCAAUGGCAACCUUUGAAUGCGAAACCUCUGAACCAUUUGUCAAAGUGCAAUGGUACAAGAAUGGAGUGGAGAUUUCUUCUGCAGACAAAUACAGAACACAUUCUGAUAGGAAGGCUCACUUCCUUUCAGUUCUAAUGAUUGACAAAAGUGAUGAAGAGGAUUAUAGCUGUGUUCUUGUGGAUGAUGAAUCUGUGAAAACAACAGCUAAACUAAUUGUAGAAGGUGCUGUUAUUGAGUUUAUUAAAGAACUUGAGGACCUUGAAGUCCCAGAAUCCUUCUCAGGGGAAUUGGAAUGUGAAGUUUCACCUGAAGAUGUGGAAGGAAAAUGGUAUCAUAACAAUGUUGAACUCACACCCAGUAAUAAAUAUGUCAUAACUUCACGCCGAGGUCGACAGGUCCUUACAGUUAAGGAUGUUGCUAAAGAAGACCAAGGAGAAUAUAGCUUUGUGGCAGAUGGGAAAAAGACCUCCUGUAAACUGAAGAUGAAGCCACGACCAGUCACUGUCCUCCAGGGCCUUGCUGAUCAGAAAGUCUGUGAAGGUGACAUUGUGCAGCUUGAAGUGAAACUCUCCCAAGAAAAUGUUGAGGGUGUCUGGAUGAAAGAUGGUGCUGAAAUUCAACCCAGCGACCGUGUCCAUGUUGUAAUAGACAAGCAGUCGCAUAUGCUGUUAGUUGAAGAUGUAACAAAAGAAGACAGUGGAGCAUACUCAUUUAACAUCCCUAGUCUGCUUCUUUCAACUACUGGUCGUGUCACUGUAUAUAGUGUGGAUAUAAUAGUACCUCUGAAAGAUGUCCAUGCUAUUGAAGGCACAAAAGCCAUCCUUGAGAGUAAGAUUUCAGUCCCUGACGUAUCCUCAUCCAAGUGGUUCUUAAAUGAUCAGCAAAUAAAGCCUGAUGACCGUGUCCAAGCAGUCUCCAAAGGCACAAAACAACGGCUUGUCUUUACCAGGACAUAUGCAUCAGAUGAAGGACACUGUAAAUUGGCUGUUGGCAAAGUUGAAACCAGCUGUAAUCUCACAAUUGAGAAAAUUCAGAUUAUUAAAGGUCUUCAUGACAUCACCUGCACUGAAACUCAGAAUGUCACCUUUGAAGUUGAGCUGUCCCAUGCUGGAAUUGAUGUUGUGUGGCAUUUUAAGGACCAAGAAAUCAAAGCUGGCCCCAAGUACAAGAUAGAAGCACAUGGAACAAUAUAUAAACUAACAGUAGUAAACAUGAUGAAAGAUGAUGAAGGAGAGUACACAUUUUAUGCUGGAGAAAAGAAGACAUCUGGGAAGCUGGUUGUGGCAGGAGGUGCCAUUUCAAAGCCCCUCACUGAUCUAACUGUGGCUGAAUCCCAGCAAGCUAUUCUUGAAUGUGAAGUAGCUAAUCCGGAUUCUCAGGGCCAGUGGCUGAAAGAUGGGAAAUCACUUGCUAUGACAGAUCGCUGUAGAAGUGAAUCCGAUGGUCGGAAGAGGAGACUUAAUAUUCCAGUCAGCAAAGUGGAUGAUGUUGGUGAAUACACCUUUCAAGUGGCAUCCUCAAAAACAUCAGCCAAGCUGAAAGUUGAAACUGUGAAGAUCAAGAAGACACUGAAAAACCUGACUGUAACAGAAACACAAGAUGCAGUGUUUUCAGUUGAACUUACUCAUCCUGAUGUGAAAGGAGCACAGUGGAUCAAAAAUGGUGUUGAGCUACAUUCCAAUGACAAAUAUGAGAUCAAAGUGGAGGGACAUGUCCACUCAUUGAAAGUCAAGAAUUGUGCUGUAACUGAUGAAUCAGUUUACAGCUUUAAACUUGGAAGGAUAGGAGCCAAUGCCAGACUCCAUGUUGAAACUGUUAAGAUCAUUAAAAAACCAAAGGAUGUGACCGCUCUAGAGAAUGCUGUUGUUUCCUUUGAAGUGAGUGUGUCCCAUGACACAGUCCCAGUCAAAUGGUUCCACAAAAACAUCGAGCUCAAACCAAAUGAUAAGUACAGAAUGAGCUCUCAAAGGAAAGUUCACAAGCUGACGUUACAAAACAUAUCUCCUUCUGAUGCUGGAGAAUACACAGCAGUAGUAGGACAACUUGAAUGUAAAGCAAAACUGUUUGUGGAAACUGUACAUAUUACAAAGACCAUGAAAAAUAUUGAGGUUGCUGAGACCAAAACUGCCUCUUUUGAGUGUGAGGUGUCUCAUUUCAAUGUACCUGCUGUGUGGCUAAAAAAUGGGGUCGAAAUUGAAAUGAGUGAGAAGUUCAAAAUCGUAGUUCAGGGGAAACUCCAUCAGCUCAACAUCAUGAACACCAGCAGUGAGGAUUCUGCCGAGUACACCUUUAUCUGUGGAAAUGACAAAGUCAGCGCAACUCUAACCGUGAAACCUAUCUUAAUUACAUCCAUGCUGAAAGACAUCAAUGCAGAAGAGAAAGAUACAAUCACUUUUGAAGUGACUGUCAAUUAUGAAGGCAUUACAUACAAAUGGUUGAAGAAUGGGGUGGAAAUAAAAUCAACCGACCGAUGCCAGAUCAGAACGAAGAAGCUAACCCAUUCACUUUCAAUAAGGAAUGUUCAUUUUGGAGAUGCAGCUGAGUACAGUUUUGUUGCUGGCAAAGCAGCCUCAUCGGCAACUUUAUAUGUGGAAGCUCGCCACAUUGAAUUCAGAAAACACAUCAAAGAUAUUAAAGUUGUUGAGAAGAAAAAGGCUGUUUUUGAAUGUGAAAUCUCAGAACCUGACAUUUCUGUUCAGUGGAUGAAAGAUGGGCAGGAGCUUCAGCUUGGGGAAAGAAUGAAAGUUCAGAGGGAAAGAUUUGUUCAUCGCCUUCUGAUUACUUCGACAAAGAUGUCUGAUUCUGGGAAGUACACAGUGGUGGCAGGAGGAAAUAUGUCCAGCGCUAAUCUGGUAGUGGAAGGGCGUGAUGUGCGCAUCAGGAGCCUGCAAAAAGAAGUUCAGGUCAUCGAGAGACAACGAGCUGUGGUCGAGUUCGAGGUCAAUGAGGAUGACAUUGAAGCACGCUGGUACAAAGAUGGCAUUGAGAUCAACUUCCAAAUUGAAGAAAGAUACCAUUAUGUGGUGGAGCGAAGAGUUCAUCGAAUGACAAUCACUGAAACCAGCUAUACAGAUGCUGGAGAAUAUACCUUAUUAGCUGGAAGAAAUAGGAGUUCUGUCACUCUACAUGUGAAUGCUCCUGAGCCACCUGAGAUUGUCAAGGAACUUCAGCCAGCCACUGUAGAGUCUGGGAAGCCAGCUCGUUUCUGUGCUGUAGUGUCAGGGAGGCCUGCACCAAAGAUCUCAUGGUACAAAGAUGAACAGCCUCUUUCUCCAGGCUUUAAAGUCAAAUUCCUCCAUGAUGCUCAAGAAUAUACUCUGUUGCUAAUUGAGACGUUCCCUGAAGAUGCUGCUGUUUACACCAUUGAAGCCAAGAACGACUAUGGGGUUGCCACUUCUUCAGCAUCCCUGUUGGUGGAAGUCCCAGAAGUUGUUUCUCCUGAUGUAGAAGUGCCAAUUUACCCACCUACCAUUAUCACACCACUCCGUGAUGCUAUUACCUCUGAGGGACAGUCCACUUACUUUCAGUGCAGAGUUACAGGGACAGACCUCAAAAUAGCUUGGUAUUGCAAAGACAAAGAGAUCAAGCCCUCCCGCUUCUUUAGGAUGACUCAGUUUGAAGAUACUUUCCAACUGGAAAUUGCAGAAGCUUAUCCAGAGGAUGAAGGAAUUUACACCUUUGUUGCCAGCAAUUCUGUAGGCCAGGUGUCCAGUACAGCUACGCUGAAGCUGGAAGCCUUAGAAAAAGUUCUUCAGGAGAAGAUAGAGCAGCAAAUUGAAAUGGAAGUUAAAGUUGGCCCAAUACUGAGGAGAAGACUGGAAACUCAGGAAGUAGCUGUGAACCACCUUGCCAAGUUCACUUGUGAGAUUGAGAUGGCACCAAAUGUACGGUUUCAGUGGUAUAGAGCUGGGCGGGAAAUUUACGAUGGUGAUAAGUACACCAUUUAUACAGCUAAUUAUACAUCCUCACUUCAAAUCCCGAGACCUCAAGUAGCAGAUUGUGGUGAAUACAGUUGCAAAGCUUCAAAUCAGUUUGGCAGUGUAAGCAGCACAGCAAAUUUAACAGUAACUGAAGCAUUUCCUCCAACCUUUCUAACCAGACCUGAAUCUAUAACUACUUUUGUGGGUAAGAAUGCCAGGUUCCUCUGUUCAGUGUCAGGCACUCCUGUGAUAGACACAGUGUGGCAGAAGGAUGGUACUGCCAUUUCUUCCACAGAACACCACAAGAUUACCACUUCUGAUAAUAAGCACAGUUUAGAAAUUGUGCAUCUUACUGUAAAUGACAGAGGAAUAUAUACUUGCAAAGCCUCAAACAAGUUUGGAGCUGACAUCUGCCAAGCAGAACUAGCCAUUAUUGAUAAGCCCCAUUUCAUUAAGGAACUGCAGUCUGUGCAGUCUGCCAUCAAUAAAAAGAUCCACCUUGAAUGCCAACUGGACGAAGACCGGAAAGUAACAGUGUCCUGGAGUAAGGAUGGGAACAGAAUACCUCCAGGCAAAGAUUACAAGAUAUACUUUGAAGACAAAAUAGCAUCGCUUGAGAUCCCUCUGGCCAAACUUAAAGAUUCAGGAACAUACACAUGCACAGCAGCAAAUGAGGCAGGAAGUAGCUCCUCUUCUGCAACCAUAACAAUCAGAGAACCUCCAAAGUUUGUUAAAAAACUAGAAGCAUCCAAAGUUGUGAAACAGGGUGACACCACCCGGCUCGAAUGUAAAAUCAGUGGAUCUCCAGAAAUCAAAGUGGUAUGGUACAGAAAUGACUCUGAACUUCAUCCUAGUGAAAAAUUCCAGAUGUCAUUCACAGACUCUGUGGCAGUGAUUGAAAUGAGACAUCUUGGUGCUGAAGACAGUGGAGAUUACAUAUGUGAAGCACAUAAUCCUGCUGGCAGGGCAAGCUGCAGUACAAAACUUCUAGUAAAAGAACCGCCUGUAUUUAGCAGGAAGCCAUCUCCAGUAGAUACCCUAAAAGGCACUGAAGUUAGUCUUGAGUGUGAAAUCUCUGGGACACCACCAUUUGAUGUUACGUGGUAUAAGGAUAAGAGGCAAAUUCGCAGCAGUAAAAAAUACAAGGUCACAUCCAAAAACUAUCAUGCCAGUGUUCACAUUCUUAAUAUUGAAGCUUCUGACAUUGGUGAAUACCAGUGCAAAGCCCAGAAUGAUGUUGGAACUGACACUUGUAUUUGCACUGUAAAAUUAAAAGAACCACCAAAAUUUGUCACUAAAAUAAACAAUCUUACUGUUGUGGUGGGUGAACCAGUAGAGUUACAAGCAACAGUGGAAGGCUCUCGGCCUAUUUCAGUUCUGUGGCUCAAGGAUAAGGAAGACGUCAUUCGAGAAAGUGAAAACAGAACAAUAACCUUUGUGGAAAACACGGCUACUCUUCAGCUUGCAAAAGCAGAACCAGCAAGUGCUGGGAAAUAUAUUUGUCAAAUCAGUAAUGAUGCUGGAACCCGGGAGUGUAUAGCCACCUUAACAGUUCUAGAGCCAGCUGUCAUUGUAGAAAAAGCUGAGCCGAUGAAAGUCACAGUAGGAGAUACCUGUACCUUAGAGUGCAAAGUGGGUGGAACACCAGAACUUUCAAUAGGCUGGUUUAAGGAUGGAAAAGAACUGACUAGUAGCCAGAAAUACAAAAUUACCUUCUACAACAAAAUGUCCUCACUUAAAAUUCUUGAUUCAAAAAGAGAGGACAGUGGCUUAUAUACCUUUGAGGUGCAGAACAAUGUUGGCAAAAGCAGCUGCACAGCUUCAGUCGAUGUUCUAGAUCGGAUUAUUCCACCUUCUUUUACAAGAAAACUUAAAGAAACGCAUGGCGUACUGGCUUCAUCUGUGGUUCUUGAGUGCAAAGUAGCUGGCUCGCCACCAAUUACAGUUGCUUGGUUUCAAAAUGGUCAUAAACUCACAAGUGGGGAAAAACAUCAAAUUACUUUUACAGACAAUGUUUGUGGCUUACAAAUCAAUUCGUUGAGUUCUUCUGAUACAGGAUCUUACAUGUGCAAAGCAACUAAUGUAGCAGGCUCUGAUGAGACCAAGGCAGUUCUGACUGUACAAGAACCACCCUCUUUUGUGAAGAAACCAGAAUCUGUGGAUAUUUUACCAGGCAGAAGUGUUACAUUUUCAGCUACUGUUAGAGGAACACCACCAUUUAAGGUGAAAUGGUUUAGAGGGGUCAAUGAACUGAUACCAGGUGAUAAAUGUAACAUCUAUUUGGAAGAUUUGAUUACAAAGCUGGAACUCUUUGAUGUAGAGCCAUUCCAGAGUGGCGAAUAUACUUGUGUUGUGACUAAUGAAGCUGGCAAAGUGUCUUGUACAACUCAACUUUCUGUAAAAGAACCAGCAGUUUUUGUGAAGAAACUAAGCGAUCACUGUGUGGAACCAGGCAAAUCUAUCAUUUUAGAAAGCAAGUACACUGGUAGCCUUCCAAUUUCAGUCACAUGGAAGAAGAAUGGUGUACCUUUAAGUCCAUCUGAAAAAUGCAGCAUCACCACAACUGAGAAGUCAUGCAUUCUUGAAAUUCUUAAUAGUACCAAGGAUGAUCAAGGAGAAUACAUAUGUGUGGUGGAAAAUGAGGCUGGAGAAGAUAUUUGUGAAGCACUGGUAACCGCUUUAGAACCCCCUUCUUUCGUCAUACCCUUGGGACCUCUUGAGGUAUCAGUUGGAGACUAUACAACUUUGCAAUGCCAAAUUUCUGGAACACCAGAAAUCACAAUAUCUUGGUACAAAGGAGAUACUAAAUUAAGAUCAACUCCUGAAUACAAGAUGUACUUUAAAGACAAUGUUGCCACUCUGAUAUUUAACAAAGUGGAUGUCAGUGACAGUGGGGAAUAUAUUUGCAAAGCAGAAAACAGUGUUGGAACUGCCUCAUCAAAGGCUGUCUUGUCAGUUCAAGAGAGAAAACGCCCACCUUCUUUUGCAAGGAAAUUGAAGGAUACAGAGCAAACUGUUGGCUUCCCAAUCAAAUUUGUUUGUCGCCUAAAUGGGUCAGAACCUAUCAGUGUUACUUGGUAUAAGGAUGGUGUACCUUUAAGAGAUGACUUUAAUGUGCAGGCUUCUUACAUAGAUAAUGUGGCAACUCUUCAUCUGUUGCAAACGGAAAUGAGCCAUACUGGGCAAUACUCUUGCACAGCUACCAAUCCUGUUGGAACAGCAACUUCUAGUGCUAGGUUCACCGUCACAGAACCCAAACAAGCUCCCUUAUUUGACAUCACUCCUGAAUCCAAAGAUGUUCCUGUUGGAGAAAGUGUUGACUUUGAAUGUCAUGUUACCGGAGCCCAACCAAUCCAUGUUACCUGGGCAAAAGAUGGCCGAGAGAUCCGUACAGGAGGCAACUAUGCAAUCACAUUUGUAGCAAACACAGCCCAUUUAAGGAUUCUGAGAGUAGGCAAAGGAGACUCUGGACAGUAUACCUGCCAAGCUGUCAAUGAUGUUGGAAAAGACUUUUGUUCAGCUCAACUUAACGUAAAAGAACCGCCUAAAUUUGUAAAGAAACUAGAAGCAUCAAGAAUGGUGAAACAGGGUGAUUCAUGUCAACUUGAAUGUAAGAUCACUGGUUCUCCAGAAAUCAAAAUUGUGUGGUACAAGAAUGACCAUGAAAUCCAUGCUAGCGCCAAAUACCACAUGACAUUUAGUGACUCCAUAGCAGUGCUGGUCAUCGUUGAUGCCAACAUUGAAGACAGUGGAGAUUACAUAUGUGAAGCCCUCAAUUCUGCUGGCACUGCAAGCUGCAGUACAGUUGUCACAGUAAAAGAGCCUCCUGUUUUUAGCAAGAAACCUUCCCCUGUAGACACACUUAAGGGCUCUGAUGUCAUCCUUCAGUGUGAAAUUGCAGGCACACCACCAUUUGAGGUUGCUUGGUUCAAGGAUAGAAAGCAAGUCAGAAGCAGCAAGAAGUUCAAAGUGACAACUAAGAACUUCAAUGCCAGUGUCCACAUUCUUAAUCUUGAAGCUGCCGACACUGGGGAAUAUCAGUGCAAAGCUACAAAUGAGGUGGGAAGUGACACGUGCUCUUGUACUGUAAAAUUCAAAGAACCACCUCGGUUUGUUAAGAAGCUGAGUGACACCUCCACUUAUGCUGGGGAACCCACAGCACUCCGGGCUGUUGUAGAAGGCUCCCAGCCUAUUUCAGUUGUGUGGCUUAAAGACAAGGGUGAAAUCAUACGGGAAAGUGAAAACAUCCAGAUUUCCUUUUCGGAUAAUAUCGCAACUCUUCAGAUUGCAAAUGUCGAGGCAACUAAUGGUGGAAAGUACAUCUGCCAGAUUAAAAACGAUGCUGGAAUGCGAGAAUGUGCAGGAUAUUUACAAGUUUUAGAACCAGCUGUGAUUUUAGAGAAGCCAGAGCCCAUGACAGUUACAGCUGGCAGUACAUUUACUUUGGAGUGUACUGUGGGUGGUACUCCAGAGCUAAUUGCCAAGUGGUUUAAGGAUGGAAGAGAACUUGCCAACAGCCGCAAACAUCAGAUUACCUUUUUGAACAAAAUAGCCACACUCAAGGUUCUUUCUGCAGACAUGGAUGACCGGGGACUGUACACUUUUGAAGUAUACAAUGAAGUGGGGAAGAGCAGCUGUACUUCCUCAGUGGAUAUCUCAGACCAGAUUGUUUCACCUUCCUUUGUAAGACGGUUAAAAGAAACCUUUGGUGUGCUGGGCUCCUCUGUUGUUUUGGAGUGCAAGAUUUCUGGUUCACCGCCUAUUUCCGUCACAUGGUUUUAUGGAGGAAAUGAGAUUUUCAGUGGGGAUAAAUAUGAAAUUGCCUUUUCGGAAAAUGUUUGUGCUUUGAAGGUGAAUGCUUUGGAUUCAUCUGAUACAGGGCCAUACACUUGCACUGCCACAAAUGUUGCCGGCUCUGAUGAAUGCAGUGCCUUUUUGACUGUACAAGAACCUCCCUCUUUUGCAAAGACCCCUGAUCCAUUAGAAGUUUUACCUGGAAAGAGUGUCACAUUCAAGAGUUUGAUAAGAGGAACCCCUCCAUUCAAAGUGAGCUGGUUUAAAGGAAGCAGAGAACUCAUACCUGGGAAAACGUGCAACAUCGUUUUGGCAGAUUCAACUGCAGAGUUGGAAUUAUUUGAAGUCGGACCACUGCAGACUGGGGAUUAUACCUGCCUUGCCACUAACAAUGCUGGAAGUGCUUCUUGCACCACACAUCUUUUCGUGAAAGAGCCAGCUGUAUUUGUAAAGAAACUAAGUGAUUUCAGUGUGGAGCAUGGCAAAUCCAUUAUUCUAGAGAGUACAUUUAGCGGAACUCCCCCACUCACUGUUACAUGGAAGAAGAAUGGCUUAAACAUCACUCAAUCUCCCAAGUGUAAUAUAACAACAACAGAAAAAUCAGGCAUACUGGAAGUUCUUAGCAGUACCAGAGAAGAUGAAGGAGAAUAUGUAUGUGAAGUUGCAAAUGAUGCUGGGGAAGAUGUAUGCCAUGCGUUGGUAUCAAUUUUAGAACCACCUUAUUUUGUUAAACACUUGGAAGGUGCAGAGGUGACUGUUGGAGAGCCAGCAUCUUUGCAAUGCCAGCUGGCUGGAACACCAGAAAUCAAAGUGUCAUGGUACAAAGGAGAUACAAAACUAAGGUCUACUCAGGCUUAUAAAAUGCAUUUCAAGAACAAUGUGGCUUCACUUGUUUUCAGCCAAGUGGAAAAUGCUGAUAUUGGUGAAUAUGUCUGUAAAGCAGAAAACAGUGUUGGCUUUGCUACCUCCACAGCAACGUUGACUGUCAAAGACCGUAAACUUCCCCCUUCAUUUACAAGAAAGCUGAAAGAUAUUCAGGAGACUGUUGGUGCUCCUGUUACUUUUGAUUGCCGUAUCAUUGGCUCUGAACCCCUUCAGGUGUCGUGGCACAAGGAUGGUGUAUUGUUGCAUGAUGAAGAUAACAUUCAGUCAACCUUCUUAAAUAGUGUAGCAACUCUUCAGAUCCUGCAAACUGACAUGGCUCACUGUGGCCAGUACACAUGCACAGCUCAAAAUGCUCUUGGAACUGCUUCUGCCAGCGCCAGACUCCAACUCACAGAACACCUGAAACCUCCAUUUUUUGAUGUGAAGCCUUUGCCCCUUGAUGUUGCUAUUGGGGAAAGUGGUUCUUUCAAAUGCCAUGUCACAGGAUCAAUGCCAAUGAAAGUCACUUGGGCAAAGGAUAACAGAGAGAUUCGGCCUGGCGGCAAUUACAAGAUCACGCUGGUAGAAAACACAGCCACUCUGACAGUCCUUAAAGUAGGCAAAGGUGAUGCUGGGCUUUACACUUGUUAUGCAAGCAACAGUGCUGGGAAAGAUUCUUGUGCUGCUCAGCUGAGUUUCAAAGAGCCACCGCGGUUUAUUAAGAAGUUGGAUACUUCCAGAGUUGUAAAACAAAAUGAUUCAACUAGAUAUGAAUGCAAGAUAGGUGGUUCUCCAGAAAUUAAUGUUGUGUGGUAUAAGGGUGAAACUCAAAUUCAGCCCAGUAAUAAGUACAGUAUAUCCUUCACUGAUUCUGUGGCAGUCAUUGAAAUGCACAAUCUGAGUGUUGAAGACAGUGGAGACUACGCUUGUGAGGCCCAAAAUUCAGCAGGCAGUGCCAGCAGCAGUACGUCACUGAAAGUGAAAGCUCCUCCAGUUUUCCACAAGAAACCCCGACCAGUAGAAACUCUGAGAGGUUUUGAUGUUCACCUGGAAUGUGAGCUUAAAGGCACUCCUCCCUUCCAAGUAUCAUGGUAUAAAGACAAAAGAGAAAUUAGGAGUAGCAAGAAAUACAAGAUUUUGUCAGAGAAUUACCUCACUAGUAUUCACAUCCUCAAUGUUGAUGCUGCUGACAUUGGCGAAUAUCACUGUAAGGCCAUCAAUGAUGUUGGAAGUGACACUUGCGUUUGCUCCGUGGUACUGAAAGUACCCCCUAAGUUUGUGAAGAAACUCCAUGAUAUCACUGCUACAGUUGGGGAGCCAGCUGAAUUGCAAGCCACAGUAGAAGGGUCUGAGCCUAUUUCUGUCCUUUGGCUGAAAGACAAAGGAGAAAUCAUCAGAGAAAGUGACAACCUCUGGAUGUCCUAUUCAGAUAAAGUUGCUGUUCUUCAGGUUGUGAAUGCAGAGCCAUCCAACACUGGAAAAUAUACUUGCCAGAUUAAAAAUGAUGCUGGAAGUCAAGAAUGUUUCGCUAUGUUAUCAGUUCUAGAGCCAGCAACUAUUGUAGAGAAACCAGGACCAAUGACAGUCACAGCUGGAGAUUCUUGUACUUUAGAAUGCACGGUAGCUGGGACACCAGAGCUCACUGCUCGGUGGUUCAAGGAUGGGCAUGAGCUCUCUACAGAUCAUAAAUACAAAAUCACCUUCUUCAACAAAGUGUCUGGGCUUAAGAUUCUGAAUACAGAAUUACAAGACAGUGGAGAAUAUACCUUUGAGGUGAAAAAUUGUGUUGGCCAAAGCAGUUGCACAGCAUCAGUGCACGUUUCAGACCGUAUUAUACCACCUUCAUUCACAAAAAGGCUAAAAGAAACUCAUGGUCUCUUGGGUUCAUCUGCUGUACUUGAGUGCAAAGUCAUUGGGUCACCACCUAUCUCUGUUUCUUGGUUCCGCAAUGGUUAUGAGAUCACAAGUGGAGAUAAAUAUCAGGCAGCCCUUACAGAUAACACUUGUUCUUUGACUGUGAAUUCUCUUGAAGAGUCAGAUGCUGGAAACUAUUCUUGUACGGCAACUAAUGUAGCAGGAUCUGAUGAAUGUGAUGCAUAUUUCAUAGUAANAGAACCCCCAUCUUUUGUGAAGAAACCUGAACCUUUGCAAGUAUUAUCUGGAGCAAAUAUAACAUUCACAAGUAUCAUUAAAGGAACCCCUCCAUUUGAUGUGAAAUGGUUUAGGGGUAGUGUUGAACUAGUCCCAGGACAUAGAUGCAACAUCUCUCUAGAAGAAACGGUUGCUGAACUGGAAUUGUUUGAUGUUCACCCUGUCCAAAGUGGAGACUAUACUUGCAUUGUUACUAAUGAAGCAGGCAAAAUAUCUUGCACCACUCACCUCUUUGUAAAAGAACCAGCCAAGUUUGUGAAGAAGUUGAAUGACUUCAAUGUCGAAAAAGGAAAACAGUUAAUCUUAGAAUGUACAUACACUGGUACACCUCCUAUUUCAGUGUCUUGGAAGAAAAAUGGAAUAAAAAUAUCUCAGUCAGAAAAAUCCCAUAUUACCACUACAGAAACAUCUGCCAUAUUGGAGAUAUCUAACUGCAAAAUGGAUGAUGCUGGACUAUAUUCUUGUCAUAUAGGGAAUGAUUCAGGACAAGAUAAUUCUCAGGCAACAGUCUCAAUAUUAGAACCUCCUUACUUUGUGAGAAAUGUAGAACCUGUUCAGGUAACAGUUGGAGAUUCUGCAUCAUUGCAGUGCCAGAUUGCUGGAACACCAGAAAUCAUUGUAUCAUGGUACAAAGGAGACACAAAACUAAGAGCAACUGCUACCUCUAAAAUGCACUAUAAAAAUCAAGUUGCUACUCUUGUGUUCACUCAAGUGGAUAGCAAUGAUAGUGGCGAGUAUAUCUGUAAAGCGGAAAAUAGUGUUGGGGAAGCUGUUUCUGCAGCGCUACUAUCUGUUCAAGAGCGUAAACUUCCUCCUUCAUUUUCAAGAAAGCUAAGGGACAUCCAUGAAACAGUUGGGCUACCAAUUACAUUUGAUUGUGGCAUUACUGGUUCUGAUCCUAUUGAAGUAAUUUGGUAUAAAGAAGGUGCACAAAUAAGAGAUGGUUAUAAUGUGCAAACAUCAUACUUAAAUAAUGUUGCAACUCUACAAAUCGCACAAACUGACAUGAGUCUUGCUGGUCAAUAUACUUGCACAGCUUCCAAUGCCAUUGGAACAGCUUCUUCAAGUGCCAGACUCAUCCUUACAGAAGGGAAGACUCCUCCAUUCUUUGACAUUCCGAUUGCACCUGUUGAGGCUGUUGCUGGUGACAGUGCUGACUUUGAAUGCCACAUUUCUGGAACACGACCAAUUAAAGUUACAUGGUCAAAGGAUAACCAAGAAUUAAGAACUGGAGGGAACUACCAGAUCAGUUUUGUGGAAAAUAUAGCCCAUUUGACAGUUUUGAAAGUUGAUAAAAGAGACUCUGGAAAAUAUUCAUGUCAUGCUAGCAAUGAAGUUGGAAAGGAAUCUUGUACAGCUCAACUUAAUAUCAAAGAACGACAGACUCCACCUACAUUUACCAAGAAGCUAUCUGAAAUGGUAGAAGAAACAAAAGGGAAUGCUUUUAAACUUGAGGGUCGCGUUUCUGGUUCUCAGCCUCUGACAGUUUCUUGGUACAAAAAUAACCAGGAGAUUUAUGAAAGCCGUAAUUGUGAGAUAUCUUUCAAAAACAAUAUAAUUCUCCUGCACGUUAAAAAUGCAGGUCAAACUGAUGCAGGCUUAUAUACCUGCAAAGUGUCCAAUGAAGCUGGGAGCACACUAUGUACUUCUUCUGUUGUUAUUAAAGAACCCAAAGAGCCACCAGUAUUUGAUCAGCCUCUUAAACCAGUGACAACAGAUGAAGGCAAAAUCUUACAGCUCAAUUGCCAUGUCCGGGGAUCACAGCCAAUUAGAAUCCAGUGGCUAAAAGCUGGGAAGGAACUGAGAUCAUCUGAUAAAUGCAGCUUGAGCUUUGCUAAUGGAACUGCACUUUUAGAACUCCAAGCAGUUACUAAAACUGAUUCUGGGGAGUAUGUAUGCAAAGCUACAAAUUCAGCUGGCAGUGAUUCUUCCAAGUCAAAAGUGACAAUCAAAGAAAAACCAGCAGCUGUUCCAGCAGCCAAGAAAGCACCAACUGAUGGAAAGCUUUAUUUUGUCUCAGAACCUCAAAAUAUCACUAUACUGGAAAAAAGUGUAGCAACAUUUAUUGCUAAAGUUGGUGGUGAUCCCAUCCCCAAUGUGAAAUGGAUGAAAGGAAAAUGGAGACAACUAAACCAAGGUGGUCGCAUUACUAUCCAACAAAAAGGAGAUGAAGCCAAGCUGGAAAUAAAGGAUGCAACAAAAACGGAUUCUGGACAAUAUAGAUGUGUGGCUUUCAAUAAACAUGGUGAAGUUGACAGUACUGCCAAUCUCCAGGUUGAGGAAAGGAAACAAGAAGUAAUUGAGGGUGAUCUUAGAGCAAAACUGAAAAAAACUCCAACCAAGAAGAAGGAAGAUGAGGAAGAAAAGGCCAUUGAUAUCAUGGAACUUCUAAAAAAUGUAGAUCCCAAAGAAUAUGAGAAAUAUGCUCGUAUGUAUGGAAUAACAGAUUUCCGAGGUCUCCUCCAAGCUUUUGAACUGCUAAAACAAAGUCAAGAAGAAGAAACCCAUAGACUGGAGAUUGAAGUAACAGAAAGAUCAAGAAGGGAAGAACAAGAAUUUGAUGAACUUGUAUCAUUUAUUCAGCAAAGGCUUACACAGACAGAGCCCAUUACUCUGAUCAGAGAUAUUGAAGAUAAGACUGUAUUAACAGAUGAAGAUGCUGUCUUUGAAUGUGAGAUUAAAAUAAACUAUCCAGAAAUCAAACUGUCCUGGUACAAAGGCACAGAAAAACUGGAUUCUAACAACAAAUAUGAUAUAAGAAUUGAAGGUGACAGACAUAUACUUAAAAUAAGGAAUUGUCAGCUUGGAGAUCAAGGGAAUUACAGGGUGGUUUGUGGACCACAUAUUGCCAGUGCCAAGCUUACUGUAAUUGAACCUGCAAUUGAACGACAUCUGCGUGAUACUGCACUCAAGGAAGGCUUUACAUGCUCUUUGGUUUGUCAGUUCUCUGUUCCAAAUGCAAAAUCCCAAUGGUUCAGAAAUGGAAAGGCCAUUAAAAUAGGAGGAAGAUAUUCCACAGAAGUCUCAGAAAAGGUACACAGGCUCAUUAUCAAGGAUGUCAGAACAGAAGACCAGGGGCGCUACACCUGCAGGUUUGACCAACUAGAAACAACCGCUGACCUCACAAUUGAAGCUGAACCUAUUCAGUUUACAAAGACCAUUCAGAAUAUAGUGGUGAGCGAAUACCAGUCUGCAACCUUUGAGUGUGAAGUGUCUUUUGAUGAUGCAGUCGUCACAUGGUAUAAAGGGAAAAUUGAACUCAGGGAAAGUCAUAAGUACAGCUUUAGAAGUGAAGGCCGUUGCCAUUACAUGACUAUCCACAAUGUUACCGCAGAUGAUGAAGGAGUAUAUUCUGUAAUUGCUCGCCUUGAGCCAAGAGGUGAAGCCAGAAGCACUGCUGAACUUUACCUGACUACAAAAGAGAUUAAGCUGGAAGUCAAGCCUCCAGAUGUCCCAGAUGCUAGAGUGGCAGUUCCAGUUGAAGUCCCAACUGAAAAAAUUCCUGCUCUUCCUAUCAUCAUUCCAAUGCCAGAAGAGAAGAAAAAGGAAAAAGUGGUUAAAAAACCAGUUUUGCAGAAAGUCCCCAAAAAGGUUGUUCCAAAACCUCCAGAGGAACCUGCACCUCCUAAAGUCCCUGCGAAGAAACCUCAAGAUGUGAAGGCAGUUGCUGUGGCUAAGAAGAAGGAAGAAGUUUAUGAGAAAAGGGAAGAAAUCUAUGAGGUUCGUAAAGAAGCAUAUGAAGAAUGGGAAGAGGACUAUGGAGAGGAACAUGAAUAUUAUGAAAGAGAAGAAGGUUACGAGGAAGGAGAAGAGGAAUGGGCAUACGAAGAAAGAGGAGUAACUUAUGAGAAAAAAGUAUAUCAUGAAGAAGUGGUUGAGGUUCCAAGAAAACCAGUGCCAGGGCGAAAACCACCAGAAAUUUCAGCCAAGAAGGCAGAAAAGAAAGAAGUCAUUGUACAGAAAGUUACUCGAAAACCUGUAACUGAAGAGGUUGAAAGAACUACUCAGAGAAUGGAAGAAGAACACCUUAAACGAGCUAAAGCUCCUGAAGUUCCACCCCAAAAACCUGCACGGAAGCUGGUCCAUGAGGAAGUUAUAGAAAGAAAAGUUCCAACAGAACAAAAAUGGACUAUUUCAGAAGAAAAGGUAUCCGUUUCAUACCAGAGGGAAGAAGAAUAUACAUAUUCAGAACCUGAGGAGUAUGAAGAGGACAGCGUUUAUGUGGAAUAUCCAGCUGAAGAACCUGAUGAAUAUGAUGAAGAAAGGUUCCAUGUGGAAGUUCCUGAAAUUAAACCACCUAAAGUUCCUGAGGUCCGUAAAAGAGCAGAAGAAAAAGUUCCGGUUUCUGUUCCCAAGAAAGAAGCUAAAGUUCCAGAAGAGCCAAAGAAACCAGUUCCAGAAAAGAAAAAACCUGCCCCUCCUCCCAAAGUAGAGGCUCCACCAGCUAAAGUGCCAGAAGUACCUAAGAAACCUGUUCCAGAAGAAAGAAAACCUGCUGCAGUUCCCAAGAAAGAGGCAGCACCACCAGCUAAAGUGCCUGAAGUACCAAAGCCAGUCCCUGAGAAAAAAGUACCUGCCCCCAUUCCUAAAAAAGUGGAACCACCAGCCAAAGUUCUGGAGAGAGCAGUUCCAGAAGAGAAAGUUCCUGUCCCAAAGAAAAAAGAGGUUCCCCCAGCCAAAGUACCUGAAGAAAAAGUACCCCGACUACGGAAAAGAGAAGAGGCUCCUCCAGCAAAAGUGCCUGAAGUACCAAAGAAAGUUAUCUCAGAAGAAAAAGUAGCUGUUGCCGUUCCCAAAAAAGUGGAAGCUCCUCCUACCAGAGUGCCCGAGGUGCCAAAGAGAGCUGUUUUAGAAGAGAAAGUAUUUGUUUCAGAAGAAAAAGUAUCUGUUUCCAUUUCUAAAAGAGCAGAAGCUCCUCCUGAAGUGACAAAAUGGACUGAAGAAGUGGAGGAAGAACAGGUGGAGGAAGAAGAAGGAGAGGAGAUUUCUUAUGAAAGAGAGGAAGAGAUUUCCUAUGAAAGAGAGGAGGAAAUUUCUUACGAGAGAGAGGAAAUUUCUUAUGAGAGGGAGGAAGAGAUCUCAGAAGUGUCAGAGGAGGCCUACUACGCUGAGGAGAUAGUACAUGUUACUGUUCCCGAGGAAGUGCCACUAGUCCCAGAGGUUCGGAAGAGACCUGAACCAGAAAAGAAAGUACCAGUUCCUGUUCCCAAGAAAGUGGAAGCUCCUCCAGCUAGAGUGCCCAAGAAACCUCCUGCUGAAGAACGGAUACUACCUAAAGUAAAAGAACCCCCACCAACUAAAGUAACUGAAGUCCACAAGAAAAAAGUAAUCACUGAAGAAAAAGUAUCUGUCACUAAAAAGGAGGAGGCUCCACCAAAAAGAGUGCCAGCUGUACCCAAGAAAGUUGUACCAGAGGAGAAGGUCCAUGUUCCAGUUCCUAAAAAAGAGAUGGCACCACCAGCUAAAGUGUCAGAAGUUCAUAAGGCUGUCAUCAAAAAAGAAGUGGUCCAUGUGGAAGUUCCCCAAUAUGAAGAGGAGGAGGAGGAGGCUGCACAGUAUGAAGAAGAAGAAGAGGAGGUUCCACAGUAUGAAGAGGAAGAAACUGUGCAAUAUGAAGAAGAAGUCACUCAAUAUGAAGAGAAGAUUAGCCAUUAUGAGCAGAAAGUAACUCGCUAUGAGGAAGAGGAAGAAGUUCCUGAAUAUGAAGAAGUUCCUGAAUAUGAAGAAGAGGAAGAACUCCCGCCUCCACCUCCUCCAGCUAAAGUGCCUGAGGUACCCAAGAAACCUGUCCCUGAGAAAAAGGCUCCUGCUGUACCUGUUCCCAAGAAAAAGGAAGUGCCUCCAGUGAAAGUGGCUGAAGUGCCCAAGAAACCUGUCCCAGAAGAGAAGGUGCCAGCUGCUGUGCCAGAAGUACCUCCAGCAAAAGUGCCUGAAAUACCAAAGAAACGUGUCCCAGAAGAAAAAGUUGUACCUAAAAAACCAGAAGCACCACCUGCUAAAGUCCCUGAGGUACCAAAGAAGCCUGUCCCAGAAGAAAAGGUUCCAGUUGCAGUACCAAAGAAGCCAGAAUCCCCACCUGCUAAAGUUCCAGAAGUGCCAAAGAAAGUUAUUCCAGAAAAGAAAGUUACCCCUGAAGUGCCUAAGAAACCAGAAGCUCCACCUGCUAAAGUUCCUGAGGUACCCAAGGAAAUGGUUGCUGAAGAGAAAGUACAGCUCAAAAAGCCAGAGCCUCCACCUGCUAAAGUGCCAGAAGCUCCCAAGAAAAUCAUUCCAGAAAAGAAACCUCCUGAACCAGAGGCUCCACCUGCUAAAGUGCCUGAGGUACCCAAGAAACCUGUGCCUGAAGAGAAAGUCCCUACACUCAAAAAGAAGGAACCACCACCAACUAAAGUGCCUGAAGUGCCCAAAAAGACUGUGGUGGAAGAGAGAGAACCAACUCCUAUACUAAAAAAGCCAGUACUUAAAAAACCAGAACCUCCUCCUGUUAAAGAACCAGAACCAGAAAAGAAGAUACCUGAGAAACCCAAACCCCGUGUACCUUUCCCACCAAAAGAGGAAGUUAAAGAGGAAAAGGUUCCAUUUAAAGCACCUGGACUGAAACCACGAAGACAACUUCCUGAACCUGCUCCACCACCCAAGGAAGAGAUUGUUCUGAAAAAAGUUCCAAGAACAGUUAAGAAGCCUGAGGAAGAAGAAGCUAAACCAGAGAAAGAACCUAAAGUUGAACCCAAGCCUGUUGUUGAAAAGAUUAAAAAGCCUGAAGUGCCAGAGAUUUCAAAGAAGAAAACUGAGAUCCUACCUUUGAAGAAAAGGGAGGAAAAAGAGAAGCCUGUGCCAGAACCAGCCAAAGUUCCAGAACCUAAACCAGCAAAACUUCCUGAACCAAAGCCUGCUGUAGCCCUAAAAUCUCCUAAGCCUACUGCAGAGCCAACACCUGAGGCUGCUCCUGUGACAGCUCCAGUGGUAGGGAAGAAAGCAGAGCCUAAGACUACACCAGAGAAGGAUGCUGCCAAGGGUAAAAGUCCCAUUAAAGCCAAAAAGACACCUUCACCUGCAGAUGCGGAGAGAAGGAAACUAAGACCAGGAAGUGGGGGUGACAAGCCUCCUGAUGAGCCCCCUUUCCAAUACCAACUAAAAGCCGUGCCACUCAAGUUUGUGAAAGAAAUUAAAGACAUAGUGCUGACUGAAGCUGAGUCCGUAGGCUCUUCCGCCAUCUUCGAGUGCCUCAUCUCUCCCUCCACUGCCAUAACUACCUGGAUGAAAGAUGGCAGCAAUAUCCGCGAGAGCCCUAAGUACAGGUUCCUGUCUGAUGGGAAAGAUAGGAAACUCCAUAUUAUUGAUGUCCAGCUUUCAGAUGCUGGGGAGUAUACUUGCGUGCUGAAACUGGGAAACAAAGAAAAGACCUCUACAGCAAAACUUGUUGUUGAAGAAUUACCAGUGCGUUUUGUGAAGACUUUAGAGGAGGAACUUACUGUCAUAAAAGGGCAACCCUUUUAUCUAAGCUGUGAACUGAACAAAGAGAGAGAUGUGGUCUGGAGGAAAGAUGGGAAAAUUAUUAAGGACAAACCUGGGAAAUUUGCCCUGGGUAUUAUCGGUCUGCAGCGUGCCAUCACAAUUAUGGAUGCUGAUGACAGUGAUGGUGGAGAAUACAGUGUGACUGUUGACCAAGCUAACAUCAGCUGUAAAUCCAGUGUUAAAGUUGUUGAAAUGAUAAAAGACUGGCUAGUGAAACCUAUCAGAGACCAGCACGUGAAACCAAAGGGUACUGCCACCUUCUCUUGUGAUAUUGUGAAGGAUACCCCAAAUAUUAAAUGGUACAAAGGUGAAGAAGAAAUUCCUCUAGAACCAACUGAUAAAACAGAAAUUAUAAAAGAUGGACCUCAUAUCUACCUCAAAAUUAAGAACGCCACACCAGAUGAUAUUGGGGAAUAUGCAGUUGAAGUUGAAGGUCGUAGAUAUCCAGCCAAACUGACUCUUGGUGAACGUGACGUUGACCUGCUUAAACCCCUUGAAGAUGUUACUGUUUAUGAGAAAGAAACAGCCAGCUUUGAUGCUGAGAUUUCUGAAGAUGAUAUUCCUGGGGAAUGGAAACUGAAAGGAGAAAUUCUCAGACCCUCACCUACAUGUGAGAUCAAAGCUGAAGGAGGAAAACGUUUCUUAACAUUGCACAAAGUCAAAUUAGACCAAGCUGGAGAAGUUCUCUACCAGGCACUGAAUGCAGUUACUGCAGCUAUCCUGACAGUAAAAGAAAUUGAGCUUGACUUUGCUGUGCCUUUGAAAGAUGUGACUGUACCAGAGAAGCGGCAGGCAAGGUUUGAGUGUGUUCUCACAAGGGAAGCCAAUGUAAUGUGGUCUAAAGGCACCGACAUUAUCAAAGUUGGGGACAAAUAUGACAUAAUAGCAGAUGGAAAGAAACAUAUUCUAGUCAUCAAUGAUUCUCAAUUUGAUGAUGAAGGAGAGUACACUGCUGAAGUUGAAGGAAAGAAAACCACAGCAAAACUUUUUGUAGAAGGUAUCAGGCUGAAAUUCAUCUCCCCUCUCAAAGACCAAACAGUGAAGGAAGGAGAAACAGCUAACUUUGACUUUGAACUUUCACAUGAAGAUAUGCCAGUGACCUGGUUCAAAAAUGAUAAGAAACUCCAUACUAGCAGAACAGUUCACAUUUCUGCCGAAGGGAAGAAACACAAAUUAGAAAUAAGAGAAGUGACGCUUGAUGACAUCUCUGAGAUCAAGGCUCAAGUUAAGACAUUACACACCGAGGCACACCUGAAGGUUUUAGAGGCUGACCCAUAUUUCACUGUAAAAUUGCAAGACUAUACCGCCAUUGAGAAAGAUGAUGUAAUUCUGGAGUGUGAACUUAGCAAAGAUGUGCCAGUGAAGUGGUAUAAAGAUGGCGAGGAACUUGUAGCUUCCAAGAGAAUCUCCAUAAAGACUGAUGGCAAGCGCCGCAUAUUAAAAAUUAAAAAGGUGUCAGAUGCUGAUAUGGGAAAUUAUGAAUGUAACUGUGGAACUGACAAGACAAAUUGUGAUGUUAAGAUUGAGGCUCGAAUGAUAAAAAUAGAGCGUCCCCUAUAUGGACAAGAAGUAUUUGUGGGUGAAACAGCUCGAUUUGAGGUUGAAAUCUCUGAGCCUGAUGUUCAUGCAAUUUGGAAGUUAAAAGGAGAAACUUUAACAGCUUCACCUGAUUGUGAAAUGAUUGAAGAUGGCAAGAAACACAUCCUGGUCCUUUACAACUGCAAAUUGGAUAUGACAGGAGAAGUGUCCUUCCAGGCUGCAAAUGCUAAAAGUGCUGCUAAUCUGAAAGUGAAAGAACUGCCUCUCAUCUUUAUAACUCCACUCAGUGAUGUCAAAGUCUUUGAGAAGGAUGAAGCUAAAUUUGAAUGUGAGGUAUCAAGGGAACCAAAGAGUUUCCGUUGGUUGAAAGGAACACAAGAGAUCACAGGAGAUGAGAAAUUUGAAAUCAUACCAGAAGGCACAAGACAUGCCCUGGUCAUUAAGUCUGUGGCUUUUGAGGAUGAAGUAAAAUAUAUAUUUGAGGCUGAAGAUAAGCACACAAGUGCCAAGCUGAUAAUUGAAGGCAUUCGUCUUCAAUUUAUAACACCUCUCAAGGAUGUAACAGCAAAGGAGCGUGAAACUGCAGAAUUUACUGUUGAGUUGUCACAUGACAACAUCCCUGUCAUAUGGUAUAAGAACGAUCAACGGCUCCAUACCACCAAGGUUGUGUCAAUGAAGGAUGAUGGCAAAUUCCAUACAUUGUUAUUUAAAGAUCUCAAUGUCGAUGAUACCUCUCAGAUCAAAGUGGAAGCUAUGGGAAAAUCAUGUGAAGCAAAACUUACUGUUCUUGAGGGGGAUCCUUAUUUUACUGGGAAGCUUCAAGAUUACACUGCUGUGGAAAAAGAUGAAGUCAUUUUACAAUGUGAAAUUAGCAAAGCAAAUGCUCCUGUAAAAUGGUUCAAAGACGGACAAGAACUAACUCCAUCUAAGAAUGUUAUUAUCAAAGCAGAGGGCAAAAAGAGAAUUCUCAUCCUCAAGAAAGCAUUGAAGAAGGACAUUGGUCAAUAUACCUGUGAUUGUGGUACUGAUCAGACGUCUGCCAAGCUCAACAUUGAAGAUCGUGAUAUUAAGAUUGUGCGGCCCCUAUAUAGUGUGGAAAUAUUUGAAACAGAGACUGCCCGUUUUGAAACAGAAAUCUCUGAGGAAGAUGUCCAUGCUAACUGGAAACUGAAAUCAGAGACCUUGACUCAGACAUCUGAUUGUGAGAUUAAAGAAGAAGGCAAAAGACACUGUCUUACACUCUACAAUGUACGCUUGAACCAGGCUGGUGGUGUAGACUUCCAAGCAGCCAAUGCCAAAUCUAGUGCCCAUCUUCGAGUGAAACCUCGUGUAAUUGGCCUGCUGAGGCCUCUCAAGGAUGUAACUGUGAGGGCUGGUGAAACUGCAACAUUUGAAUGUGAGCUCUCCUAUGAAGGAAUUGUGGUGGAAUGGUUCUUGAAAGGAGAGAAAUUGGAACCCAGUGACAAGAUUGUACCCCGUGCUGAAGGAAGAGUUCACACUCUUGUUCUCAGGGAUGUGAAGCUAACAGAUGCAGGAGAAGUCACACUAACUGCAAAGGAUUUCAAGACUAAAGCAAAUCUCAUUGUUAAAGAACCACCUGUUGAAUUUACUAAACCUCUUGAAGACCAGACUGUAGAAGAGGAAGCUACUGCAGUACUUGAGUGUGAAGUGUCCAGAGAAAAUGCCCCUGUGAAAUGGUUCAAAAAUGGUCAAGAGAUUCACAAAACAAAGAAAUAUGACAUAAUUGCUGAUGGCAGAGUCAGAAAACUUAUAAUUUAUGGUUGCACACUAGACGAUGCUAAGACAUAUACCUGUGAUGCUAAAGAUUUCAAGACUUCUUGCUUCUUGAAUGUUGAACCCCCUCAUGUUGAGUUUACAAAGCCUCUUACUGAUCUUGAAGUUAAAGAAAAGGAAGUUGCUCGGUUUGAAUGUGAAAUUUCCCGUCCAACAGUUAAGGCAUUGUGGUUCAGAGAUGGUGUUGAAGUGCGAAAAGGCAAAAAAUAUGACAUCAUCGCUAAAGGUGCCCAGAGGAUACUUGUCAUCAACAAAUGUCUACUUGAUGAUGAAGCAGAAUAUGCAUGUGAAGCAAAAGGCGCCAGAACCGCGGGCAUGCUUACAGUGAUAGAAGAGGAAGCUGUCUUCACCAAAAAUCUUCCUAACGUUGAGGCUAAUGAAACAGAUACUGUCAAAUUGAUUUGUGAAGUUUCAAAGCCUGAUGCAGAAGUAACUUGGUUCAAAGGAGAUGAGGAGUUACCUGAUGGUGGCAGAUAUGAACAAAUUGCUGAUGGCAGAAAAAGAAUUUUGGUCAUCCACAAUGCUCGCCUUGACGACGCAGCUGCAUACAGCUGCAAGCUUCCAAGCACAAAGACAACUGGAAAGCUCAAAGUUCAUGAACUUGCUGCAGAAUUCAUAACCAGACCUCAGAAUGCUGAGGUACUUGAAGGAGAAAAGGCAGAAUUUUCUUGUUCUGUAUCCAAAGAUGCCUUUGAAGUUCAAUGGCUAAAGGGUGAUACUGUUCUUGAAGCUGGUGAUAAGUAUGACAUCAUUUCUGAUGGCAAAAAGAGAGUCCUGGUCAUUAAAGAGUCUGUUCUGGAUGAUGAGGGAACUUAUGCUGCCAUGGUUGGUGAUGCCAAAGCAAAAGCUCGCUUGAGAGUGAUUGAAAAACUCAGGAUUGUUAUUCCAUUGAAGGACCAAGAAGUUAAAGAGGGACAAGAGCUUGUCUUUAACUGUGAAGUUAACACAGAAGGUGCCAAAGCUAAGUGGUACAAAGAUGAAGAACCAAUAUUUGAUAGUGCAAAAUAUAUCAUAGUCCACAAGGAUCUAAUUUACACUCUAAGACUCAGAGAUGCUCAUUUGAAUGACCAAGCAACCUAUACUGCAGCACUAACAAACCAAAGAGGAGAACAUGUUAAGACCUCUGCUACUUUAACUGUGCAUGAGGAAGACCUCAGAAUUGUUGAGCCUCUUGAAGACAUUGAAACCAUGGAAAAGAAGUCUGUUACAUUCUGGUGCAAAGUUAAUCGUCUCAAUGUAACCCUCCAAUGGACAAAGAAUGGCGAAGAAGUCACCUUUGACCGCCGGGUUUUGUACAAAGUAGACAAAUACAAGCAUUCACUUAUCAUCAAAAAUUGUGGUUUUGUAGAUGAAGGAGAAUACACUGUCACUGCUGGCCAGGACAAAUCUGUGGCUGAGCUUAUUAUCACAGAGGCACCUACAGAUUUCAUUGAGCACUUACAGGACCAAACUGUCACUGAGUUUGAUGAUGCUGUCUUCAGUUGCCAGCUUUCCAAAGAGAAAGCAAGUGUGAAAUGGUACAGAAAUGGACGAGAAAUAAAAGAGGGCAAAAAGUAUCAGUUUGAAAAGGAUGGAAAUCUACACAGGUUGAUUAUAAAAGACUGCAGACCAGAGGAUGAAUGUGAGUACUCCUGUGGAGUCGAUGAUAGGCGAUCCAGAGCAAGACUUUUUGUUGAGGAAAUUCCUGUGGAGAUCAUUCGACCACCACAAGAUAUAUAUGAAGCUCCUGGCUCUGAUGUUAUCUUCUAUGCUGAAUUGAAUAAAGACAAGGUGGAGGUCAAGUGGCUGAGAAAUAACAUGAUUAUAGUCCAGGGAGAUAAACACCAAAUGAUGAGUGAAGGAAAAAUCCAUAGACUGCAGGUCUGUGAGAUAAAGCCACGUGACCAAGGAGAAUAUCGGUUUAUUGCCAAAGACAAAGAAGCGCGAGCUAAGCUAGAACUGGCAGCUCCUCCAAGAAUAAAGGCAGCUGAUCAGAAUCUUGUGGUAGAUGUUGGUCAGCCAUUGACCAUGACUGUUCCAUAUGAUUCCUAUCCACGUGCAGAAGCAGAGUGGUUUAAGGAAGAUGAAACCUUGCCCACUCAGACUGUUGAUACAACCGCUGAGAGUACUACAUUCAGAAUUUAUGAAGCAAAGCCAUCACACAAAGGAAGUUACAAAAUUAUACUUAAAAAUAAACAUGGCCAAGCUGAAGCACACAUCAAUGUUCAAGUUAUUGAUGUCCCUGGCCCAGUUAGGAACUUGGAAGUCACUGAAACAUUUGAUGGUGAAGUCAGCCUUGCCUGGGAAGAACCAGAAAGUGAUGGUGGUAGUAAAAUCACUGGCUAUGUUGUUGAAAGGCGUGACAUCAAGCGUAAGACCUGGAUUUUAGCAACUGAUCGCGCUGACAGUUGUGAAUACACAGUGACCGGCCUUCAAAGGGGAGGAGUUGAGUAUCUCUUCCGUGUGAGUGCAAAAAACAGAGUCGGCACUGGUGAGCCCGUUGAAACAGACAAACCUGUUGAAGCAAAGAGCCGAUUUGAGGUUCCAGGUCCACCUCUCAACGUACAGGUUGUUGAUGUGAAUAGAUCAGGUGCAACUCUUACUUGGGAACCACCAGAGUACGAUGGAGGAUCUCCAAUUACUGGCUAUGUUGUUGAACUGCGUGAUAGAGCUUCCAUUAAGUGGGAGCCAGCCAUGACCACAGGAGCACAUGAAUUAUCUGCAACAUUGACAGAUGUGGUGGAAAACAAAGAAUAUUUCUUCAGAAUCAGAGCCCAAAACCAGGUUGGAGUUGGCAAACCUAGUGCAUCUACACAUGCAGUGAAAAUUAUGGAUCCAAUUGAGAGACCAAGUCCUCCUAUUAACUUUGAUCAUUCUGAUCAAACUAAGUCAUCUGUGAAACUUACAUGGGAGCCUCCUAUGACAGAUGGAGGCAGUCCAGUUAUAGGCUACAUUAUUGAACGACGUGAAGAGGGCACUGACAACUGGGUCCGUUGCAAUCCAAAGCUUGUACCUAAUCUUAAUUAUAAGGUAACUGAACUCAAACCUCUAGCCAAGUAUUAUUACAGAGUAUCUGCAGAGAAUGCUGCUGGCAUAUCAGAUCCAGCUGAAGCUAUAGGACCAUUGACUGCUGAUGAUCAUCAUGUUGGACCUACAAUGGACUUAAGUGGAUUUAAAGAUGGGCUUGAAGUUAUUGUUCCAGAACCACUCAAAAUACGUGUUCCUAUUACUGGCUAUCCAGUACCAACUGCUACAUGGUCUGUGGGUGACAAAGUUUUAGAACCAGGUGACCGAGUGAAAAUUGAAACUACUGCUGCUUUCGCGCAACUUAUUAUAACACCAAGUGAACGGCCAGAUAAAGGCAUUUAUACGUUGACAUUAGAAAACCCUGUGUCAUCUGUAUCAGGAGAAAUUGAUGUCAAUGUCAUUGCUCGCCCAAGUGCACCAAGAGAAUUAACAGUAGGAGAGAUAACUAGGAGCACAGUACAACUAACAUGGGAACCCCCUGAAAAUGAUGGAGGAAGUCCAUUAACCGGCUAUAUUGUUGAAAAACGUGAAGUGAGCCGCAAAACAUGGAUCAAAGUUAUAGACAAUGUCCUUGAUCAAGAGUUCACUGUCCCAGACCUCGCCCAAGGAAAAGAAUAUUUGUUUAGGGUUUUAGCAUGCAACAAAUGUGGACCAGGAGAACCAGCUUACAUUGAUGAACCAGUUAAUAUGUCAGCACCUGCAACGGUACCCGAUCCUCCAGAGAAUGUUAAAUGGAGAGAUCCAACAUCUAAGUCCAUUUUCCUUACAUGGGAGCCACCGAAAUAUGAUGGUGGCUCACGUAUCAAGGGCUAUCUGGUUGAAAAAUGCCAGCGUGGCACUGACAAAUGGGAGCCUUGUGGUGAACCUGUUAUUGAAACAAAAUUGGAAGUGACAAAACUUAAAGAAGGGGAAUGGUAUUCUUAUCGUGUUAAGGCUCUAAACAGGCAAGGAGCAAGCAAACCAAGCAAACCAACAGAUGACAUCCAAGCAGUGGAUGCAAAGGAGCCCCCAGAAAUUUUCUUAGAUGUGAAACUGCUUGCUGGACUCACUGUCAAAGCGGGAACUAAAAUUGAACUGCCAGCAAGAGUAACUGGAAAACCUGAGCCUCGGAUUACCUGGACAAAAGCUGAACAAACCCUGAGACCUGACAAAAGAAUAUCAAUUGAAAGCAAACCUGGCCAAUCCAUUGUCACAAUAACAGACAGCAAGAGAAGUGACAGUGGCACCUAUAUUAUUGAAGCUGUAAACACCAGUGGUCGGGCAACAGCAGUUGUUGAAGUUAAUGUUCUAGAUAAGCCUGGCCCACCAGCUGCAUUUGAUGUCUCAGAAAUUACAAAUGUAUCUUGCUUUUUGACUUGGAAUCCUCCUCGAGAUGAUGGUGGCUCCAAAAUCACAAACUAUGUUCUGGAACAAAGAGCUGCAGACAGUGAAAUAUGGCACAAACUGUCAUCCACUAUCAAAGAUACAAAAUUCAAUGUUACAAACCUAACCCCUCUUAAAGAAUAUAUCUUCAGAGUUAGUGCAGAAAACAUGUAUGGAGUUGGAGAACCAGCCCAAGCUGAUCCUAUCAUUGCUAAAUAUCCAUUUGAUACACCAGGUCCACCGACAAGAGUUCAGCCUGUUGAGAUCACUAAAGAGUCCGUAACAUUAACUUGGGCUGAACCAGAUGAUGAUGGUGGCAGUCCUAUCACUGGUUACUGGGUUGAAAAGUUUGACCCUGAUCAAGAUAAAUGGAUACGAUGCAAUAAAAUACCUGUUAAAGAUACAACAUUCAAGGUAAAAGGUCUUACAAACCAUAAGAAGUACAAGUUCCGUGUCUUGGCAGAGAAUCUUGCUGGACCAGGAAAACCAAGCAAAGCAACAGAGCCAGUCUUAGUAAAGGAUCCCAUUGAUCCCCCAUGGCCUCCUGGAAAACCAACAGUAAAAGAUGUUGCCAAGACCUCAUGUUUCCUGCAGUGGACAAAACCAGAACAUGACGGUGGGGCCAAAAUUGAGUCAUAUGUAAUUGAGUUGUUAAAAACUGGUACAGAUGAGUGGGUGAGAGUGGCCGAAGGAAUCCCCACACCAGAACACUUCCUCAAAGGACUGAUGGAGAAACAGGAAUACUCCUUCCGAGUCAGAGCUGUGAACAAAGCUGGAGAGAGUGAACCUAGUGAGCCCAGUGAUCCUGUGUUGUGCAAGGAAAGAUUAAAUCCACCGUCACCACCUCGAUGGCUUGAGGUCAUUAAUAUUACUAAAAACACAGCAGACCUUAAAUGGACAGUACCAGAACGAGAUGGAGGCUCUCCUAUUACAAAUUACAUUGUUGAAAAGAGAGAUGUGCGGCGCAAAGGCUGGCAGACCGUUGACACCACUGUAAAGGACACCAAAUAUACAGUGACACCUCUGACAGAAGGCUCUCUGUAUGUGUUCCGUGUGGCUGCAGAAAAUGCAGUGGGGCAGAGUGACUACUGUGAAAUCGAGGACUCAGUUCUUGCUAAAGACACCUUCACUACACCUGGAGCGCCAUAUGCACUUACACCAGUUGAAGUGACAAAGAGACAUGUUGACCUGAAAUGGGAACCACCUAAGAAUGAUGGUGGCAGGCCAAUUCUAAGAUAUGUUAUUGAAAAGAAAGAGAAGCUGGGCACACGUUGGGUGAAAGCUGGCAAAACAGCCGGCCCUGACUGUAAUUACAGAGUAACAGAUGUCAUUGAAGGCACAGAAGUACAGUUUCAGGUUCGUGCUGAAAAUGAAGCUGGCUGUGGCCAUCCUAGUGAACCAACUGACAUCUUGGCAAUAGAAGACCCAACAAGCCCUCCUUCACCUCCACUGGAAUUACAUGUCACAGAUGCAAGCAGAAAACACAUUUCAAUUGCUUGGAAGCCACCAGAGAAAAAUGGUGGAAGUCCUAUAAUUGGGUAUAAUAUUGAACUCUGUGAAGCUGGAACUGAAAAAUGGAUGCGAAUAAAUUCUCGACCAAUCAAAGACUUGAAGUAUAAAGCAGAAGAAGGCAUUGUACCUGACAAGGAAUAUGUGCUCAGAGUCAGGGCUGUCAAUGCUAUAGGAGCUAGUGAACCAUCUGAUAUCUCAGAGAAUGUUGUUGCCAAAGAUCCAGACUGCAAUCCAACUGUUGAUAUAAAGACUACAGACAUUAUUGUUGUUGAAGGUGAAAAGUUAACCAUCCCAGUUCCCUUCAGAGCUGUCCCAUCUCCAACCAUUUCAUGGCAUAAAAAUGGAAAGGAACUUAAAGCAGGUGACCGAACAACAAUGAAGAGUGACUACACCUCUGCUCUGCUUGAAGUAACAAAUACUGUACAUGCUGAUGCUGGUGUUUACACUAUUACCUUGGAGAAUAAACUGGGUUCAACAACUGGCACAGUCAACGUCAAAGUAAUAGGUUUGCCUGGACAAUGCCAGGAUAUUAAAGCAAGUGAAGUAACUAAAAGCUCAUGCAAAGUGACUUGGGAGCCUCCAGAAUUUGAUGGCAAUACUCCCAUAUUACAUUAUGUUCUGGAACGAAGAGAAGCUGGUCGGAGAACAUACAUACCCGUCAUGUCUGGUGAGAACAAACUGGCAUGGAACGUAAAGGAUCUUAUUCCAAACGGUGAAUACUACUUCCGGGUUAAAGCUGUCAAUAAAAUUGGAGGAGGUGAAUACCUUGAACUGAGAAAUCCAGUGAUUGCAGAAGAUCCAAAGCAACGUCCAGAUCCACCUGUUGACCUUGAGACUCACAAUCCAACAUCAAAAUCAGUAACCCUGACAUGGAAGCCACCAUUGUAUGAUGGAGGAACCAAAAUAAUGGGCUACGUUCUGGAAAAACUGCCUAAAGGUGGAGAGAAGUGGGAGAGAUGCAAUGACUUCUUGGUUCCUCUUCAGACUUACACUGUAAAAGAUCUUGAAGAAGGCAAAGAAUAUCAGUUCCGUGUCCGUGCAGAAAAUGCUGCUGGUGUCAGUGGACCUUCCAACACCACUCCACUUAUAAAAGCUGUGGAUCCCACUGAGGCUCCAAAGGUCUUCCUUGCUGCAAGCUUGCAGGAUGGCCUUGAAGUGAAGCAAGGUUCUGAUAUUCCACUUGAAGCACAAGUUUCAGGAUCACCAUACCCAGAAAUAUGUUGGUUAUGGAAUGAUGAAGUUAUUAAACCUACAGAAAUUAAGAAGAGGGUUACCAAGACGACAAGGAAGAAGAAAGGAGAAGUUGAGGAAGAUGAACCUUUCCAUUUAUCCCUACCAGAGCGUUUGACUAUCGAUAACAGCAAAAAAGGGGUGUCAUUCCUGUCUGUUCGUGACUCGCUCAGACCAGACCAUGGCACAUAUAUGAUCCGCGUUGAGAAUGAUCACGGGGUUGCAAAAGCUACAUGUGAAGUCAAUGUAUUAGAUACACCUGGACCACCCGUCAACUUUACCUUUGAAGAAGUUCGAAAAAAUUCUAUUACUUGCAAGUGGGAACCUCCUCUUGAUGAUGGCGGAAGUGAAAUAUUGAAUUAUGUCUUGGAAAAGAAAGACAACACAAAAGCUGAAAUUGGCUGGGUUACUGUGACUUCAACACUUAGGCACUGUAAAUUCAUUGUACCCAAACUGAUUGAAGGAAAAGAAUACAUCUUUCGUGUGAAAGCUGAGAACAGAGUAGGAGCUGGCCCUCCAUGUAUUUCAAAACCUGUUGUAGCUAAAGAUCCAUUUGGUCCUCCUGAUGCACCUGAUAAGCCUCAAAUAGAAGAACCUUCCGGCAAUAGUAUGUUGGUUAAAUGGAAUGAACCUAAAGACAAUGGUAGCCCCAUUUUGGGAUACUGGAUUGAAAAGCGUGAAAUUAAUGGAACUCACUGGGCUCGCGUGAAUAAAGAUCGUGUGAAUGCCUUGGAGUCAAGGGUUGAAGGACUACUGGAAGGACUAACUUACGUUUUCAGAGUCUGUGCUGAAAAUGCAGCUGGCCCUGGCAAAUUCAGUCCCCCAUCAGACCCUAAAAUUGCACAAGAUCCAAUAUUGCCACCUGGUCCACCUAUUCCAAGAAUUACUGAUACAAGUUCUACAACUAUUGACAUAGAAUGGGAUGCUCCACUAUACAACGGGGGUGGUGACAUCACUGGUUACUUUAUUUACAAGCAGUUUAUUGGCUCAAAUGAAUGGUCACGUUGCAAUGACAAAGCUAUUAAGGUGCGAAGCUAUAUAGUUAAAGGAAUUAGAGAAGGUGCAGAUUACAAACUUCGUGUUACUGCUGUUAAUAUUGCUGGAGAAGGACCUCCUGGAGAAACAGAGCCUGUGACAGUUGCAGAACCUCAAGAGCCUCCCACUGUUGAACUGGAUAUCUCUGUCAAAGCUGGUGUUCAGAUACUGGCAGGUCAAACCCUUACACUUCCUGCUGUUGUGACUGGACGUCCUAAACCUACAAUUGAAUGGACAUUAGAGGAUGGGGAAAUUGACAAGGAACGCGCUGUGAUUGAAAAUGUUGGCACUUCGUCUGUCCUGACAAUAAAAAAUGCACUCAGAAAAGACCAUGGAAGAUAUGUGAUUACUGCAACUAAUGAGAGUGGUUCAAAAUUUGCUGCAACCAGAGCUGAAAUAUUUGACGUUCCUGGACCAGUUACUGACCUACAUCCUGUAGUGGUGAAUAGAAAGAUGUGUCUUCUUAAUUGGGACGAUCCCAAAGAUGAUGGAGGAAGUGAGAUCAUUGGCUUCCUGGUAGAAAGGAAGGAUGCCAAAAUGCAUACAUGGAGAUUAGCUGUAGACACAGAUAGAUCUAAGUGUGAUAUUACAGGUCUUGUCGAAGGGCAAGAAUACAAAUUCCGUGUAUUUGCCAAGAACAAGUUUGGGUGUGGACCACCUGUUGAAUUGGGACCACUCCUUGCUGUUGAUCCCAAAGGUCCUCCAACUUCACCUGAGAGGUUUAUGUACACAGAGAGAACAAAAUCAUCAGUAACACUAGACUGGAAGCCCCCUCGUAAUGAUGGUGGCAGCCCCAUCAUUGGUUAUAUUGUUGACAAGAGAAGGCAUGACUCACCUGAAUUUGAAAGGGUCAAUAAGAGACUUUGCCCGACCACAUCACUCCUUGUUGACAAUCUUGCUGAACUGCAUAUGUAUGAAUUCCGAGUCAGGGCAGUCAAUGAGAUUGGAGAAAGUGAACCGUCACUCCCUCUUAAUGUAGUUAUACAAGAUGAUGAAGAACCUCCCACAGUGACAUUGCGCCUGACUGUUAGGGGAGAUACUAUCAAGGUAAUGGCAGGACAACCAGUCAACAUUCCUGCGGAAGUGACAGGUCUUCCAAUGCCAAAGAUUGAAUGGUCCAAAGAUGAUGUUAUUAUUGACAAAUCAACAGAUGCCCGCAAGAUCACCAAAAAGGAAGAAUCUAGAACAGAGGCAAAAACUGAACUCAGCAUGCCUGCAGCAGUUAGGGAAGAUAAAGGCACAUAUACAGUCACAGCUUCCAAUCGUCUUGGCACAGCAUUCCGCAAUGUUCAUGUUGAAGUAUUUGAUCGUCCUUCUCCACCAAGAAACCUUACCGUUUCUGAUAUUAAAGCUGAAUCUUGCUGCUUAACUUGGGAUGCCCCACUUGAUAACGGUGGAAGUGAGAUAACUCACUACAUUCUUGAGAAACGUGAUGCCAGUAGGAAGAAAACUGAAUGGGAAGAAGUAUCAAGCACUGUGGUGGACAGACGAUAUGGGGUCUAUAAACUUACUACAAAUGGACAGUAUCAGUUUAGAGUUAGGGCCGUGAACAGAUAUGGAACAAGUGAUGAAUGCCUUUCAGAGAAAGUGGUUAUCAAAGAUCCUUAUGGUCUUCCUGGACCACCUGGAAAACCAAAGGUUAUAGACCACACUAGGUCAUCAAUGCUUGUAACAUGGACCCCUCCUCUAGACAAUGGUGGAGCUGCAAUUACAGGCUAUUGGCUAGAGAAGAAAGAAGAAGGAGGUGUCUACUGGUCACGCGUCAACAGAGCUCCAGUAACAAAACCAGCUGUAAAAGGACUGGAAUUCAAUGUAUUGCGUUUGAUUGAAGGUGUAAAAUAUCAGUUCAGAGCUAUGGCUAUAAAUAUUGCUGGAAUUGGUCCUCCCAGUGAACCAUCAGAUCUUUUUGAAGCGGCAGAUCCAAUCUUUCCUCCUGGUGCACCAUCAUGCCCAGAUGUCAAAGACAGAACCAAGUCAACCAUAUCUCUUGCAUGGAAACCUCCACAAAAAGAUGGUGGCAGUCCUAUUAAAGGAUAUAUUGUUGAAAUGCAAGAAGAAGGUACUUUGGAUUGGAAGAACGUGAAUGAGCCAGACAAGCUGUUCCCUACCUGCGAAUGUGUUGUACCCAACCUGAAAGAGCUCAGAAAGUACAGAUUUAGAGUAAAGGCAGUAAAUGCUGCAGGGGAGUCUGAGCCAAGUCUGGCUACUUCAGAAAUACAAUGCAAGGAAAUUCAAGAAGAGCCAGAAAUAUUUAUUGAUGUCGGAGCACAAGAUUUCCUCUCUUGCAGAAAUGGCACAACAAUCAGAAUUCCAGCAGUUAUUAAAGGCCGUCCAGUUCCUAAAACAACUUGGGAGUUUGAAGGAGAAGCAAAGAAAACUGCAAAGGAUGGACAUAAUAUACCUGAAGAUGCUGUGGUGGAAUCAACUGAUACUACUUCAGUUAUUACGAUCCCUGAAUGUAACAGAGGUCAUUCUGGAAAAUAUAGCAUUACAGCAAAGAAUAAAGCAGGGCAGAAAACUGUAAAUAUCAGAGUGAAUGUCCUCGAUGUUCCAGGCCCACCAAAAGACCUGAAAGUAAGUGAUAUAACAAGAUGCAACUGUAAGCUUUCGUGGAAAAUGCCAGACAAUGAUGGAGGAGACAGAAUCAGAAAUUAUAUUAUUGAGAAAAGAACAGUUGAAGGGAAAGCCUGGACAAAAGUUAAUGCAAAUUGUGCUGGCACAUCAUUAAUUAUUCCUGAUCUCAUAGCUGGGCAACAGUAUUUCUUCCGUGUACGUGCAGAAAACCGCUUUGGAGUUGGACCCCCAGCAGAUACCAUUCAAAGGACCACAGCAAGGGAUCCAAUCCAUCCUCCUGACCCACCUAUCAAACUCAAGAUUGGCCUUGUAACUAAGAACACAGUAAGCUUGACAUGGAAACCUCCAAAGAAUGAUGGCGGUGCUCCUGUAACACAUUAUAAUAUUGAGUGCCUUCGCUGGGAUCGUACAGGUGAAGGAAAGGAAGCCUGGCGACAGUGCAAUAGACGUGAUGUGGAAGAAACAAAGUUUACAGUUGAAGACCUUAAAGAAGGCGAUGAAUAUGAAUUCAGGGUGAAAGCAGUAAAUGAAGCAGGUCCAAGCAGACCAUCAGCUACUGUUGGGCCAAUUGUUGUGAAAGAUCAGACAUGCCCUCCAGCUAUUGAACUCAAAGAGUUUAUGGAAGUAGAAGAAGGAACAGAUAUUAACAUUGUAGCUAAAAUAAAGGGUGUGCCCUUCCCUACCCUUACUUGGGUUAAAGCUGUGCCCAAGAAGCCUGAGGACAAAUUGCCGGUGCUGUAUGACCAACAUGUCAAUAAGAUUGUAGGUGAAGACUCUUGUACUUUAGUGAUACAGCAGUCUCGCAGAAAGGAUACAGGUCUCUACACCAUAACUGCAGUCAACAAUUUUGGAACAGAUUCGAAGGAGAUGAGGCUGAAUGUUCUGGGUCGACCUGGACCACCAGAAGGGCCCAUUAAAUUUGAAUCUAUUUCAGCUGAUCACAUGACAUUGUCUUGGCUUCCUCCUAAAGAUGAUGGUGGCUCUAAAAUAACUAACUAUGUUAUUGAAAAACGGGAAGCAAACAGAAGGACCUGGGUCCCUGUUACCAAUGAACCCAAGGAAUGCAUCUUCACAGUACCAAAACUGCUGGAAGGCCAUGAAUAUGUGUUCCGCAUAAUGGCACAGAACAAAUAUGGCAUUGGAGAACCUCUUGAUAGUGAACCCGAAACAGCAAGAAAUCUUUUCACUGUUCCUGGAAUUUGUGAUAAACCAACAGUUAGCAGUGUCACACAUGACUCAAUGACUGUCAAUUGGGAGGAACCAGAAUACGAUGGAGGCUCUCCUGUGACAGGUUAUUGGCUGGAGCGCAAAGAGACUACAGGAAAGAGAUGGACAAGGGUUAACCGUGAUCCUAUUAAACCUAUGACACUGGGAGUUUCCUACAAAGUAACAGGCCUUAUUGAAGGUUCUGAUUAUCAGUUCCGUGUGUAUGCCAUUAAUGCUGCUGGUGUGGGACCACCAAGCUUGCCAUCUGAUCCAAUAACAGCAAGAGAUCCUAUUGCACCACCUGGUCCUCCAAUUCCAAAAGUUACUGACUGGACAAAAUCAUCAGUUGACCUUGAAUGGGUUCCACCAUUAAAAGAUGGGGGCUCUAAAGUCACUGGUUACAUUGUUGAAUACAAAGAAGAAGGAAAAGAAGAAUGGGAAAAGGCAAAAGAUAAAGAAAUAAGAGGAACCAAGUUUGUUGUCGCAGGAUUAAAAGAAGGCGGUUUCUACAGAUUUAGAGUCAGAGCAAUAAAUGCUGCUGGCAUUGGAGAGCCUGGAGAAGUUACUGAAGUAAUUGAAAUAAAGGACAGAAUAGUUGCUCCUGACCUUCACUUGGAUGCCCACGUGAAAGACAGAAUUGUUGUUCAUGCUGGUGGAGUGAUCCGCAUCAUAGCUUAUGUCUCAGGAAAACCACCUCCAGCAAUUUCCUGGACUAAGGAUGAAAGAGGUCUGCCAGAAGAAGCCAAAAUUGAAGAAACUGCUAUUAGUUCUUCUAUGGUCGUAAAGAACUGCAAGAGAAGUCACCAAGGCAUCUACACUCUUCUUGCCAAAAAUGCAGGAGGAGAAAGAAAGAAGGCUAUCAUAGUUGAUGUGCUUGAUGUACCAGGUCCAGUUGGUAUUCCAUUCCUUACUGAAAACCUGACCAAUGACUCUUGCAAGCUUACCUGGUUUUCUCCUGAAGAUGAUGGUGGCUCAGCUAUCACCAACUACAUUAUUGAAAAGCGUGAAGCAGAUCACAGAGCUUGGACACCAGUAACCUACACAGUCACCAGACAGAAUGCUACUGUUCAGGGGCUGAUUGAGGGCAAAGCAUAUUUCUUCCGAAUUGCUGCUGAGAAUAUCAUUGGCAUGGGUCCAUUUGUAGAAACAACCAAAGAACUUUUGAUCAGAGAACCAAUAACUGUGCCAGAGAGGCCUGAGGAUCUUGAAGUAAAAGCCGUAACAAAGGACUCUGUUACACUGACCUGGAACCCACCAAAGUAUAAUGGAGGAUCUGAUAUCACUAUGUAUGUUUUGGAAAGCCGUCUUAUUGGGAAAGAGAAAUUCUCUAGAGUUACAAAAGAGAAAAUGCUUGACAGGAAAUACACAGUUGAAGGACUAAAAGAAGGUGACACUUAUGAGUAUCGUGUCAGUGCUUGUAACAUUGUGGGACAAGGCAAGCCAUCAUUCUGUACAAAGCCCAUCACAUGCAAAGAUGAAAUUGCUCCUCCACAACUUGAACUUGAUAUCAGGGAGAAGCUCACUGUCCGUGUAGGAGAAGCUUUCAGUCUAACUGGCCGUUACUCAGGCAAACCAGCACCAAAGAUUACUUGGCUUAAAGAUGACAUUACAGUGAAAGAAGACAAAAGGACAAAGAUCCAAACUACUCCAGCAACUAUUUGUCUAGGGAUAUUAAAAUCUACCCGUGAAGACUCAGGCAAAUAUUGUGUUGUUGUAGAAAACAGUUCAGGAUCAAGAAAAGGCUUCUGUCAAGUGACUGUAGUCGACCGUCCUCAGCCUCCAGUUGGGCCAGUUAUAUUUGAUGAAGUACAUAAAGAUCAUUUUGUUAUCUCCUGGAAACCUCCCUUGGAUGACGGUGGCAGUCCAAUUACAAAUUACAUUAUUGAGAAGAGAGAUGUAAACAGAGAUGUCUGGAUGCCAGUCACAUCAGCCAGUGUCAAAACAACAUGCAAAGUCCCUAAAUUGCUUGAGGGAAGAGAAUAUGUUGUAAGAAUUUAUGCUGAAAAUCUGUAUGGCAUGAGUGAUCCUCUAGAAUCUGAUGAAAUGAAGGCCAAAGAUCGUUUCAGUGUUCCUGAUGCACCAGAUCAACCAAUCAUUAAGGGUGUGACCAAAAAUUCUGCAUUAGUUACCUGGAACAGGCCACGUGAUGGAGGAAAGCCAAUAACCAAUUACAUACUUGAAAAGAAGGAAACAAUGUCUAAUAGAUGGGGAAGAGUCACCAGAGAUGUUAUUUACCCAGAUACGCAGUUUAGGGUAACAGAUCUUCUUGAAGGCUGUGAAUAUGAAUUCCGAGUUUCAGCAGAAAAUGAAAUUGGCGUUGGGGAUCCUAGCCCACCAUCGAAACCAAUCUUUGCUAAAGAUCCAAUUGUAAAACCAAGUCCACCAAUUAAUCCUGAAGCAGUGGAUAAAACUAAAAAUUCAGUUGAUUUGUCCUGGCAACCACCACGUCAUGAUGGAGGUGGCAAGAUUAUAGGCUAUCUUAUUGAGUACCAAAAGGUUGGAGAUGAGGAAUGGAAAAAAGCCAACCAUACAGCUGAUUCCUGCCCUAACACAAAAUUCAAUGUUAUUGGCCUUACUGAAGGUACCAACUAUAAAUUCAGAGUCUUUGCCGUCAAUGCAGCAGGAGAAUCAGAGCCAGCUUAUGUUCGUGACCCAGUGGAAGUGAAGGACAGACUUGAGCCUCCUGAUUUAAUCCUGGAUGCUAAUAUGGCACGAGAACAACAUGUCAAAGCUGGAGAUACACUGAGACUCAGUGCAGUCAUUAAAGGCAUCCCAUUCCCAAAGGUGACUUGGAAGAAGGAAGAUAAGGAAGUUUCUACAAAAGCAGACAUUGAAGUUACAGGAGUUGGCAGUAAACUGGAAAUUCGUAAUGCUGCCCAUGAAGAUGGAGGGAUUUACUCCCUGACUGUGGAGAAUCCAGCUGGAUCAAAGACUGUCUCAGUAAAAGUUGUUGUGCUGGAUAAGCCUGGGCCUCCUAGGGACCUAGUGGUCAGUGAAGUUAGAAGAGACUCAUGCUACCUGACUUGGAAGGAACCUGAAGAUGAUGGUGGCUCUGUCAUUACCAACUAUAUUGUGGAAAGGAAAGAUGUUGCUUCUCCUCAGUGGUUACCAAUAUCCUCCUCCUCUAAGAAACGCAGUAUAUUAGCAAGAUACCUCAUGGAAGGCACUCAGUAUCUCUUCCGUGUUGCUGCUGAGAACCAGUAUGGACGGAGUCCCUUCGUUGAAACCCUCAAGCCAAUUAAGGCUAUAGAUCCAAUUCAUCCUCCAGGUCCACCAAAGAACUUGCAUCAUGUAGAUGUUGACAAGACAGAAGUUUCUCUUGUUUGGAAUUGGCCUGAUCGUGACGGCGGUUCUGAAAUAACUGGAUUUCUGGUGGAAUACCAAGAAGAAGGUGCACAGGACUGGACUAAAUUCAAAACAGUCCCUGUGCCAGAGUGUGUUGUUACUGGUCUAACUCAAGGAAAGAUCUACAAGUUCCGUGUGAAAGCUCAAAACAUUGCGGGUCUUAGUCUGCCAGACACAACCAUACCAAUAGAAUGUCAAGAAAAAUUAGUACCACCAUCUGUCGACCUGGAUGUGAAAUUAAUAGAAGGCCUUGUUGUUAAAGCUGGCAGCACAGUAAGAUUCCCUGCAAUCAUGAGAGGUGUACCUGUUCCAUCUGCAAAAUGGGUCACUGAUGAUACAGAGAUCAAAUCAGAAGGCAAUUACAAGAUUGAUACUGAUAGUUAUUCAACAGUUCUCACUAUUAAAAGCUGCACAAGAAAAGACACAGGAGAAUAUCUACUCACAGUAUCUAACAUAGUGGGAAGCAAAACUGUACCUGUUCAUCUAACUGUUUUGGAUGUUCCUGGUCCUCCAACUGGCCCAAUUGAUAUUCUAGAAGUAAGUGUAGAUCACAUGGUCAUUGCUUGGAGACCUCCUAAAGAUGAUGGUGGAAGUCCUGUGAUUAACUAUAUUGUUGAGAAACGAGAGUCAAAGAAAGAAACCUGGGGAGUUGUCAGCUCUGGAAUCAAUCAAACUAGAAUUAAAAUACCACGUCUGCAGAAGGGCCACGAAUAUAUUUUCCGUGUUCGUGCAGAGAAUAAGAUAGGCAUUGGUGCACCUCUUGACUCACAGCCAACAGUUGCUAAGGCUAUGUUUGAUCCACCAUCCCCACCUGGUAAACCAGCAGUUCAUGAUAUUUUAGAAAAUGCUGCAACAGUCACCUGGUCUAUACCAAAAUCUGAUGGUGGAAGUCCAAUAAUUGGAUACAUUCUUGAACGUCGUGAAAUCUCAGGUAAAUGGAUACGUGUCAACAAAUCCCCAGUACUCGAUCUGAAAUUCAGAGCAACAGGACUAUUUGAAGGCAGCACAUAUGAAUUCCGUGUUUUUGCAGAAAACAGUGUUGGCAUAAGCAAACCAUCUCCAGUUUCUGAUCCAAUAAAAGCAUCACGUCCUAUCACACCACCUGGACCUCCCAUUAAUCCAAAGCUGAAAGAUAAGACCAGAGAAACAGCUGAACUAGUAUGGACAAAGCCACUCAAAGAUGGUGGAAGCCCUAUUCUAGGAUAUGUUGUAGAAUGCCAGAAAAGUGGAACUACACAGUGGAAUAGAAUUAAUAAAGAUGAACUAAUUCGACAGUGUGCCUUUACUGUACCUGGACUAAUUGAAGGGAAUGAAUAUAGGUUCCGUAUAAAAGCUGCCAAUAUUGUAGGAGAGGGAGAACCUCGAGAAUUGCCAGAAACAGUUCUUGCCAAAGACAUUCUUUCCCCGCCAGAACUAGAACUGGAUGUGACUUGCCGUGAUGUAAUAACUGUCAGAGUGGGCCAAACAAUCAAGAUUAUCGGCAAAGUGAAAGGCCGGCCAGUCCCUGAAAUAACAUGGUCUAGAGAUGGCAAAACACUAACAAAAGAUCAACGUGUAGAAAUUAUUCAUGAAUUCCCUCAUAUAGAACUGCAGGUGAAAAAAGCUGUAAGAGCAGACCAUGGCAAAUACCUUAUCACAGCUAAGAAUAGCAGUGGACAUGCACAAGCAUCAGCCAUUGUUAAUGUACUAGACAGGCCUGGGCCUUGCCAGCACCUGAAAGUAAGCUAUGUCACUAAGGAUUCCUGUGUUGUUUCUUGGGAUAAUCCUGAAGAUAAUGGUGGCUCAGAAAUUACAAAUUAUAUAGUUGAGUGUCGUCACCCAAGUCAGAGAGGCUGGUCAAUAGUUUCUUCUGAUCUUACUAAACGGUUGGUAAAAGCACAUCUUAUCGAAAAUCAUGAAUAUUUCUUCCGUGUUUGUGCAGAAAACAAAGUAGGUCCAGGCCCAGUUGUUGAAACCAAAACUCCAAUCCUUGCCAUUAAUCCUGUUGAUAGGCCAGGUGAGCCUGAAAACCUUCACAUUGCAGAAACAGGGAAGACAUUUGUAUAUCUGAAAUGGCGGAGACCUGACUAUGAUGGUGGCAGCCCUAACUUAACUUAUCAUGUUGAGAGAAAAUUGAAGGAUUCAGAUGAAUGGGAAAGGGUGCACAAAGGUAGCAUUAAGGAAACACACUACAUGGUUGACAAGUGUGUUGAAAAUAAGAUUUAUCAAUUUAGAGUCCAGACCAAGAAUGAAGGAGGUGAAAGUGACUGGGUGAAAACAAGUGAAGUUGUUGUUAAAGAAGAAGUGCAGAAACCAGUUCUUGAUCUGAAAUUAACUGGAGUACUCACUGUGAAAGCUGGUGAACCAAUUAAAAUAGAAGCAGGACUUAGAGGUAAACCACAACCAGAAGUAAUUUGGACAAAAGAUUCUGCAGAUCUAUCCAAAUCUCCAAGGGCCAAAAUCGAAACAACUUCAGAUGCAUCUAAGAUCCUUCUGUCAAAAGCAAGGCGCACUGAUGGUGGUAAAUACACUAUUACUGCCACAAAUCCUGUUGGUAGUUUUGUAGCAUAUGCUACUGUAAAUGUUUUGGACAAACCAGGGCCUGUACAAAAUUUGAAAGUCUCAGAUGUAUCAAGCGACCGAUGUACAGUCGGCUGGGAUCCACCUGAGGAUGAUGGAGGUUGUGAAAUACAGAACUAUAUUUUGGAGAAAUGUGAAAGUAAACGUAUGGUUUGGACUACCUACUCCUCCUCAGUCAUGAUGACCUAUGCGCAUGUAACACAUCUCAUUGAAGGCAAUGAAUAUAUAUUCAGGGUUCGUGCAGAGAAUAAAAUGGGAACUGGUCCACCAACAGAGACUAAGCCAAUUAUAGCAAAAACCAAGUAUAAUAGACCUGGACGCCCUGAUCCUCCAGAAGUCACUAAGGUCAGCAAAGAGGAAAUGACUGUGGUUUGGAAUCCACCAGAAUAUGAUGGUGGGAAAUCAAUUACAGGAUAUAUAUUAGAGAGAAAAGAGAAACGGUCAUUGAGAUGGGUUCCUGUUACCAAAACUGCAAUCCCUGAAAGACGCAAAAAAGUUCAAAAUCUUAUUCCAGGACAUGAAUAUCAGUUCCGUGUCAAGGCAGAGAAUGAAAUUGGAAUUGGAGAACCAAGUUUCCCUUCAAGGCCAGCAAUAGCAAAGGACCCAAUAGAACCACCUGGUCCUCCCACUAAUCUUAAGGUUGUUGACAGUACAAAGAGUUCUAUUACACUUGGAUGGGGAAAGCCAGUCUAUGAUGGUGGUGCUCCAAUUAUUGGAUAUGUGGUAGAAAUGAGACCAAAAAUGGAAAAAGCAGGUCCUGAUCAAGGAUGGAAAAGAUGCAAUGUUGCUGCACAAGUUAUUCACACUGAAUUUACUGUGACAAGCCUGAAUGAGAAAGAACUAUAUGAAUUCCGGGUUUCAGCCCAAAAUCAGGUUGGCAUUGGCCGGCCAGCUGAACUGAAGGAAGCUGUUUCUCCCAAAGAAAUACUUGAACCUCCUGAGAUUGACUUGGAUGCAAGUCUACGAAAGCUAGUUACAGUCAGAGCAGGAUGCCCCAUAAGGCUUUUUGCCAUUGUGAGAGGACGACCAGCACCUAAAGUCACCUGGAAGAGAGUAGGAAUUGACAAUGUGAUCAGAAAGGGCCAGGUUGACCUAGUUGACACAAUGGCCUUCUGUGUAAUUCCUGAUUCUACAAGAGACGACUCAGGCAAAUACUCCUUGACACUUGUUAACCCUGCCGGAGAAAAGGCUGUCUUCGUGAAUGUCCGUGUUCUCGAUACUCCUGGACCAGUAGCAGAGUUCAAAGUUUCAGAUGUGACAAAAAUGGCAUGUCAGCUUUCAUGGACACCACCUGAAAAUGAUGGUGGUAGUCCUGUUACACAUUACAUUUUGGAAAAACGUGAGGCUGAUAGGAAGACCUGGGCAACACUUAUUGGUGAUGUAAAGAAGACUAGUUUCAAAGUUAUUAAUCUUGUGCCUGGUACUGAGUAUUUCUUCAGAGUGACUGCUGUCAAUGAAUAUGGUCCUGGUGUUCCAAGAGACACACCGAAGCCAAUCCUAGCAACAGAUCCACUUAGUGAACCUGAUCCUCCAAGGAAAGUUGAAGUGACUGAAAUUACAAAACACAGUGCCACACUAGGCUGGUUGCCACCAUUGCGGGAUGGUGGUUCUAAAAUUGAUGGAUACAUUAUUUCAUAUCAAGAAGAGGGUCAAGCUGAGGAUCACUGGACACAGUACUCAAUUGUAAAAGAUCUUAACAUUGUUGUUGCUGGCCUAAAAGAAGGAAAGAAAUACAAAUUUAGAGUGGCUGCUAGAAAUGCUGUUGGAGUAAGUUUACCAAGAGAAACUGAAGGCAUAUUUGAAAUUAAAGAACAACUGAUGCCACCCAAGAUUCUGAUGCCAGACCAUGUCAGUAUAAAAGCUGGGCAGAAACUCAGGAUUGAAGCCCAUGUUUAUGGGAAACCUCACCCAACCUGUAAAUGGAUGAAAGCAGACCAUGAUGUGGCUAUAUCUAGCCGGUUGGCUGUGCAUAAAGCAGACAGCACUUCUGUUCUCAUCAUUAAGGAUGUAACUAGGAAAGACAGUGAUUAUUACAGUCUAACAGCUGAAAACAGUUCUGGAGUGGCUACUCAGAAAAUCAAAGUGGUUGUCAUGGACAUCCCUGGUCCACCACAGCCACCAUUUGAAAUUUCUGAUAUAGAUGCUGAUGCUUGCAGUUUGUCAUGGCACAUCCCUCUUGAAGAUGGUGGUAGUAACAUCACCAACUAUGUGGUUGAGAAGUGUGAUGUCAGCAGAGGAGACUGGAUAACAGUUGUUGCUUCUGUCACAAAGACAAAUUGCAGAAUUGGAAAGCUAACUCCUGGGCAAGAAUAUAUGUUCCGUGUCCGUGCAGAAAAUCGAUUUGGUAUUUCUGAGCCACUUCCAUCUGAUAAGAUGAUUGCAAGGUUCCCAUUUGAUGUUCCUAGUGAACCAAAGAAUGCACGUGUUACCAAAGUGAACAAGGACUGCGUUUUUGUGGCAUGGGAUAGGCCAGACAGUGAUGGAGGCAGUCCAAUCACUGGUUAUCUUAUUGAACGUAAAGAAAGGAAUAGUUUGCUGUGGGUGAAGGCCAAUGAUACACUUGUGCGAUCCACAGAAUACCCAUGUGCAAAUUUAAUUGAAGGUCUUGAGUACACAUUUAGAAUAUAUGCUCUGAACAAAGCAGGUGCAAGCAAGCCUAGCAAGCCAACAGAUUUUAUUACAGCAAGAACACCAGUUGAUCCUCCUGGUAAACCUGAAGUUAUUGAUGUCACUAAGAGUUCUGUGUCCCUUGUCUGGACAAGACCAAAGCAUGAUGGUGGAAGCAAACUAAUUGGAUACUUUGUUGAAGCCUGUAAAUUGCCUGGAGAUAAAUGGCUCCGAUGCAAUACCACGCCUCAUCAAAUACCUCAAGAAGAGUAUACUGCAACUGGUUUAGAGGAAGGUGCACAGUACCAAUUUAGAGCAAUAGCAAAAACAGCUGUGAAUAUCAGCUGGCCUUCUGAACCUUCUGAUCCAGUAACUGUACAGGCAGAAAAUGUACCACCGAAAAUAGAACUUGGAGUAGGUAUGAAAUCCUUACUUGUAGUAAAAGCUGGAACCAAUGUUUGUCUUGAAGCUAAUGUGUUUGGCAAGCCUAUGCCAACUAUUGCUUGGAAGAAAGAUGGGGAAAUUCUAAAACCCAUUGAAGGAAUCAAGAUAACCACCAAGAGAAACUUAUCUACUGUGGAGCUCUUCAGUGUAAAUAGAAAGCAGACUGGAGACUAUACCAUUACAGCUGAAAAUACAAGCGGUUCAAAGUCAGCCACAAUUAAGCUUAAAGUACUAGACAAGCCUGGCCCUCCAGCUUCAGUUAAGAUUACUAAUAUGUACACUGAUCGGGCAAUGCUUUCUUGGGAACCACCUCUAGAAGAUGGAGGAUCAGACAUUACUAAUUAUAUUGUUGACAAACGAGAAACAAGUAGGCCCAACUGGGCUCAAGUCACAGCCAAUGUCCCAAUCACUAGCUGUAGUGUUGAGAAGCUGAUUGAAGGACAUGAGUACCAAUUCCGCAUUGCUGCUGAAAACAAAUAUGGAGUAGGUGACCCAAUCUUGACUGAAUCAGCAGUGGCUAAAAAUCCAUAUGAUGUACCUGGACCUUGUGAUCCACCUAUAAUUAGUAAUAUAACAAAAGACUUCAUGACUGUAAGCUGGAAAGCACCUGCUGAUGAUGGCGGCUCUCCUAUAACUGGAUAUAUAGUUGAAAAACGUGAAACAAAGGCUGUGAACUGGACAAAAGUGAAUAGAAAGCCAGUCAUUGAGAGAACCAUAAAGGCCACUGGACUCCAGGAAGGAGCAGAAUAUGAGUAUAGAGUAACUGCACUGAAUAAAGCUGGACUAGGCAAACCUAGUGGACCAUCUAAGGCAGCCUAUGCUCGUGAUCCUCAGUAUCCUCCUGGCCCACCAGCAUUCCCAAAAGUUGUAGAUACCACUCGAAGUUCUAUCAGCUUGUCUUGGAGUAAGCCAGCAUAUGAUGGUGGAAGCCCCAUUAUUGGCUACCUUGUUGAAGUUAAACGACUAGACACAGAUAACUGGGUCAGAUGUAAUUUGCCAAAAAAUUUGCCAGAUACCAAUUAUGUUGUGACUGGACUUACAGAAAACACAGAAUACCAAUUCCGCAUUUAUGCUGUCAAUAAGAUUGGAUACAGUGAUCCAAGUGAUGUGCCAGACAAACACCUUGCCAAAGACAUUUUAAUUCCACCUGAAGGGGAGCUUGAUGCUGAACUGAGGAAAGUUCUAAUAUUACGUGCCGGAGUCACAAUGAGAAUUUAUGUGCCAGUAAGAGGCCGUCCACCUCCAAAGAUUUCUUGGUCUAAAGUGGACGCUAACAUAAGAGACAGGCAAGGAUUAGACAUCAAAUCAACUGAUUUUGAUACCUUCUUGCGCUGUGAAAAUGUAAAUAAAUAUGAUGCUGGAAAAUAUGUCCUGAAUCUUGAGAACAGCUGUGGCAAAAAGUCAUACACCAUUGUGGUCAAAGUACUUGACACUCCUGGGCCACCUAUUAAUUUGGUUGUAAAAGAAGCAUCUAAAGAUUCAGCCUUCAUUUCAUGGGAACCUCCUAUAAUUGAUGGUGGGAGUCCAGUGAAGAACUAUGUGGUUGAAAAACGGGAUGCAGAAAGAAAAUCGUGGUCCACGGUAGCCACAGAAUGUCCAAAAACCAGUUUUAGGAUUUCUAAUUUAGAAGAAGGAAAAUCUUACUUCUUCAGAGUUUUUGCUGAAAAUGAAUAUGGCAUUGGUGACCCCUGUGAAACUCAUGAUGCUGUUAAAGCUUCUGAAACACCUGGACCUGUUGUUGACCUAAAAGCUCCAGUUAUUACAAAGUCAUAUUGCAAUUUAUCAUGGAAAAAGCCUAUUAGUGAUGGUGGAAGCCGUAUUAAUGCAUACAUUGUUGAGCUUAUGGUUGGUGAAAAUCAAUGGCAAGAAGUUAUGAGGUCGAAGAAUCUCCAGUACACAUCAAGAGACCUGAAAGAAGGAAAAGAAUACCUUUUCAGAGUAAGAGCACAAAAUGAAGCUGGAUAUGGAACACCAAGUGAAAUUACAGUGCUUGCAAGGGAUGAUAUUGUGGCACCUGAUCUUGAUCUAAGGGACCUGCCAGGCCUGACGUAUUUAGCUAGAGAAGGAAGUUGUUUCCGUUUGAAGAUCCCAAUUAAAGGUAAACCAGCACCAACCGUGACAUGGAAAAAAGGAGAAGAUCUGGUCCUUACUGAGACAGGAAGAGUGGCAUUUGAAGCUACAGCAGUUAACACUACACUUCUUGUACGUGACUGCCAUAAAGAUGAUGCUGGAAAAUACACAAUCACACUGAAGAACAUAGCUGGCAGUAAAGAAGGCACUAUCACUGUCAAAGUUGUUGGCAAACCUGGAAUCCCAACAGGACCUGUGAAAUUUGAUGAAGUUACAGCUGAUGCUAUGACAUUAAAAUGGGGUCCUCCAAAAGACGAUGGUGGUUCAGAAAUCACUAACUACAUCCUUGAGAAGAGGGACAAUGUGAAUAAUAAAUGGGUGACAUGUGCUUCUGCUGUCCAGAAAACUACCUUUAGAGUUACAAGACUUCAUGAAGGCUCUGAAUAUACUUUCAGAAUCAGUGCUGAAAAUAAAUACGGAGUAGGUGAAGGACUUAAAUCUGACCCUAUAAUUGCAAGGCAUCCAUUUGAUGUUCCUGAUGCUCCACCACCACCCAAAAUUGUUGAGGUCAGGCAUGAUUCUGCUUCUUUAGUAUGGACAGAUCCUAAGAAAACAGGUGGAUCUCCAAUCACAGGUUAUCACAUUGAAUAUAAAGAAAGAAACAGUAUUUUGUGGAAGCGAGCGAACAAGACUCCACUAAAAAUGAAGGAUUUCAGGGUAGCAGGGUUAACUGAAGGUUUGGAAUAUGAAUUCAGAGUUAUGGCAAUCAAUCUAGCUGGAGUUGGUAAACCAAGUCUUCCAUCUGAACCCAUCGUGGCUCUAGAUCCAAUUGAUCCUCCUGGGAAGCCUGAAGUCAUCAGUGUAACCAGAAACUCUGUGACACUGAUCUGGACAGAACCAAAGUAUGAUGGUGGACACAAAUUAAUUGGUUACAUAGUAGAGAAACGUGAUCUACCUGGAAAAACUUGGAUGAAAGCAAAUCAUGUAAACGUUCAGGAAUGUGCAUAUACAGUGACUGACCUAUUUGAAGGUUCAAAAUAUGAAUUCAGAAUCAGAGCUAAGAAUACUGCUGGAGCUAUCAGCCCUCCAUCAGAAACUACUGGAGCCAUUAUAUGCAAGGAUGAGUAUGAGGCACCCACCAUUGUAAUUGAUCCUACCAUCAAAGAAGGCUUGACUGUUAAAGCAGGGGAAACCAUUGCAAUGUCUGCUAUUAGCAUCCAUGGUAAACCACUUCCAACUGCAGUGUGGUCCAAAGCAGGAAAAGAUUUUAAACUUUCAGAGACUGUUCAUAUUGAAUCAACUCCAACCUCUUCUACACUAACUGUCAAAUAUGCAGCUAGAAAAGAUUCUGGUGAAUAUACAAUCACUGCUACCAAUCCUUUUGGUACUAAAGAAGAGCAUGUGCAUGUAAAAGUUUUAGAUGUACCAGGUCCCCCAGGACCAGUUGAAAUCAACAAUGUCUCAGCUGAAAAAGCUACUCUCACAUGGACCCCUCCUGCUGAAGAUGGUGGAUCACCAAUCAAGUCUUAUGUACUUGAAAAGAGAGAAACUAGCCGACUGCUAUGGACUCAGGUUGCUGAAGACAUUCAAUCUUGUAGGCAUGUUGUUACUAAGCUUAUUCAAGGAAAUGAGUAUAUCUUCCGUGUCUCAGCUGUGAACCAGUAUGGCAAGGGAGAGCCAUCUCAUUCAGAACCAGUUAAAAUGGUGGAUAGAUUUGGCCCCCCUGGUCCUCCUGGUAAACCAGAAGUGUCAAAUAUUACAAAAAACACUGUUACAGUGAACUGGAAGAGGCCAGCUGAUGAUGGUGGCAGUGAAAUCACAGGCUACCAUGUAGAAAGAAGAGAAAAGAAAGGCGUGAGAUGGGUCAGAGUUUCAAAGAAACCAGUGUCGGACCUUAGGUGCAAAGUGACUGGACUCCUAGAAGGAAAUGAAUAUGAAUUCCGUGUUAGUGCUGAAAAUAGAGCAGGAAUUGGUCCACCAAGUGAUAUUUCUCAACCAGUGUUGACCAAGGAUGCUACAUAUCCACCAGGACCUCCUUCAAAUCCACGAGUAACUGAUACAACAAAGACUACUGCUAGCCUAUCGUGGGGAAAACCUCAUUAUGAUGGUGGACUUGAUAUUAUUGGUUACAUUGUGGAGCACCAAAAGGAAGGAGAGGAAACAUGGGUGAAAGAUACCACAGGAACUGCUCUAAGAAUUACAGAAUUUGUUGUUGCUAACCUCCAACCAGGAGCCAAAUACAAUUUUAGAAUUAUCGCCAUUAAUGCUGCUGGUGCUGGUGAACCAGCAAAAAUUCCAAACGUUGAAAUCAAGGAACGUGAAAUGGCUCCUGAUUUUGAAUUAGAUGCUGAACUGAGGAAAACUCUUGUUGUUAGAGCUGGACUGAGCAUUCGGAUAUUUGUUCCAAUUAGAGGGCGUCCAGCUCCUGAAGUUACAUGGACCAAGGAUGAUAUCCCACUCAAAAUACGUGCCAAUAUUGAAAAUACAGAUUCAUUCUCUCUUCUCAUUAUCACAGAAUGUAAUCGAUAUGAUGCAGGAAAGUACGUAAUGACUCUUGAAAAUGCUGCUGGCAAGAAGACUGGCUUUGUCAAUGUAAAAGUCCUGGAUACCCCAGGGCCACCAAUAAAUCUUAAACCCAGAGACAUAUGUAAAGACAGCAUCACUCUCCAGUGGGAUAUGCCUCUAAUUGAUGGUGGUUCACGCAUAACAAAUUAUAUAGUUGAAAAACGUGAGUCUACAAGAAAGGCAUAUUCUACCAUCACAACCAAAUGCUCAAAAUGUUCCCUUAGGAUUCCUAAUUUGGCUGAAGGAUGUGAAUAUUACUUCAGAGUACUGGCUGAAAAUGAAUUUGGAAUUGGUGAACCUGCUGAAACUGCUGAACCUAUAAGAGCAUCUGAAGCACCAUCUCCUCCAGAAAGCCUUAAUAUUAUGGAUAUCACAAGGAACUCAGUCAGCCUUGCUUGGCCAAAGCCAGAACAUGAUGGUGGUAGCAAGAUUACUGGAUAUGUAAUUGAAGCACAGAAAAGGGGUUCAACUCAGUGGACACAUAUCACUACUGUGAAAACAUUAGAAUGUCUGGUGAAAAAUCUAACUGAAAAUGAAGAAUAUACUUUCCAGGUUAUGGCAGUUAAUAGUGCUGGCAGAAGUGAUCCAAGAGAAAGUAGACCAGUUGUUGUGAAAGAACAAAUGAUGCUUCCAGAAUUUGAUUUACGUGGUGUUUAUCAGAAAACAGUAAUUGCUAGAGCUGGUGACAAUAUCAAAGUUGAGAUUCCUGUGCUUGGUCGUCCAAGGCCAACUAUUACUUGGAAAAAAGAAGACCAGUUGCUUAAACAAACCCAAAGAAUAAAUGUUGAAAAUACUGCUACUGCAACAAUCUUAACUAUUAAUGAAUGCACAAGAAGUGACAGUGGCAGAUAUCCACUCUCAGCUAAAAACAUUGUUGGUGAAGUGAGUGAUGUUAUAACUGUACAGGUGCAUGAUGUUCCUGGACCUCCCAUAGGACCAAUCAAAUUUGAUGAAAUUUCAUCUGACUUUGUCACCUUUUCAUGGCAGCCUCCACUGAAUGAUGGAGGGGUUCCAAUAAGUAACUAUGUUGUAGAAAUGCGUAAAACUGACAGCACCACAUGGGCUGAGUUAGCAACUACUGUCAUACGUACCACAUUCAAAGCUGCUCGUCUCACUACUGGAACUGAGUAUCAAUUCCGUGUUAAAGCUCAGAACAGAUAUGGCUCAGGUCCAGCUAUCAGUUCAGAGAAUGUAAUUGCUACCUACCCUUUUAAAGUCCCUGGGCCUCCAGGCACUCCUCAAGUGAUUGCAGUCACAAAGGAUUCAAUUAGUAUUAGCUGGCAUGAACCUCUUACAGAUGGAGGAAGUCCAAUUUUGGGAUAUCAUGUUGAAAGAAAAGAACGAAAUAGCAUUCUUUGGCAGACUGUAAGUAAAGCCUUGAUAUCAGCCAACAUCUUCAAGUCAAGUGGUCUUACAGAUGGCAUUGCAUACGAAUUCCGAGUCAUAGCAGAAAAUAUGGCAGGCAAAAGUAAACCAAGCAAGCCAUCUGAGCCAACGCUUGCUCUAGAUCCUAUUGAUCCUCCUGGUAAGCCAGUUCCUCUCAACAUCACAAGGCAUGCAGUAGCACUCAGGUGGACCAAGCCUGAAUAUAAUGGUGGUUUUAAGAUAAUUGGUUACACUGUUGAAAAGAGAGAUCUUCCCAAUGGCCGAUGGCUUAAGGCUAACUUCAGCAAUAUACUAGAAACUGAGUUCACUGUUAGUGGUCUCACAGAAGAUGCAGCUUAUGAAUUCCGUAUAAUUGCAAGAAAUGCUGCUGGUGCUGUUAGCCAUCCGUCUGAACCAUCAGAUGCAAUAACAUGCAGAGAUGAGAUUGAGGCACCAAGGAUAAUGGUUGAUGCUAAAUAUAAAGACAUUUUAGUAUUAAAAGCAGGCGAAGUUUUCAAACUCGAAGCUGAUGUCUCAGGUCGGCCUCCACCUACUCUUACAUGGACAAAAGAAGGAAAGGAGCUUGAAGAUACAGCAAAAUUAGAAAUGAAAAUAGCAGAUUUCUCAACAGUCCUUACUAAUAAGGAUUCUACACGAAGGGAUGGAGGUGCAUAUACACUUACAGCUUCAAAUCCAGGUGGCUUUGCCAAACAUAUUUUCAAUGUCAAAGUUCUAGACAGGCCUGGUCCUCCAGAAGGUCCUCUGGCUGUGUCUGAUGUUACCACAGAGAAAUGUGUCCUAUCAUGGUUGCCCCCUCUGGAUGAUGGAGGUGCAAGUAUUGAUCAUUAUGUUGUUGAAAAACGUGAAACUAGUAGGUUGGCAUGGACAUCUGUAGCCACAGAAGUUCCUGUAACAAAAUUAAAGGUCACAAAGCUAUUGAAAGGCAAUGAAUAUGUGUUCCGUGUUAUGGCUGUUAACAAAUAUGGAGUUGGUGAAUCUCUAGAGUCAGAACCUGUUCUUGCAGUAAAUCCUUAUGUAGUACCCGAUCCACCCAAGACACCAGAAGUUACAGCUGCAAACAAAGAUUCUAUGGUUGUAUGCUGGGGACAUCCUGAUUCUGAUGGUGGAAGUCCUAUAACCAAUUACAUUGUAGAACGUCGUGACAGAGCUGGAUUACACUGGGUGAAAUGUAACAAGCGGAUUGUCACUGAUUUACGUUAUAAAGUAUCUGGACUCACAGAAGGUCAUGAAUAUGAAUAUCGAGUAAAGGCUGAAAAUGCUGCUGGCAUAAGUGAACCAAGUCCCAACAGCCAGUUCUACAAAGCUGCUGAUACUGUGUUUAAGCCUGGUCCACCUGGCAACCCUCGGGUCUUAGAUACAAGCAAAUCUUCCAUUACAAUUGCUUGGAAUAAGCCAAUAUAUGAUGGUGGCUCAGAAAUCACAGGCUACAUGGUAGAAAUAGCAUUACCUGAUGAAGAUGAAUGGAAAAUUGUAACUCCACCAGCAGGACUGAAAGCUACUUCCUUUACCAUCACUGGCCUAAAAGAAAACCAGGAAUACAAAAUCAGAAUAUAUGCCAUGAACUCUGAAGGCAUUGGAGAACCUGCUCUUGUUCCUGGAACACCAAAGGCUGAAGAAAGGAUGCUGCCUCCAGAGAUUGAACUGGAUGCAGAACUACGUAAAGUUGUGACUAUUAGAGCUUGCUGUACUUUAAGACUUUUUGUUCCAAUCAAAGGAAGACCAGCACCUGAAGUAAAAUGGACACGAGAACAUGGAGAGUCUUUAGACAAAGCCACUAUUGAAUCUACAAGCUCUUAUACACUGCUUACUGUAGGAAAUGUGAACAGAUUUGACAGCGGCAAGUAUAUCUUGACUAUAGAAAACAGUUCAGGGAGCAAAUCAGCAUUUGUAAUUGUAAGGGUUCUUGAUACACCUGGAGCCCCACAGAAUCUAAAAAUAAAAGAGGUCAGCAAGUCAUCUGUCACUCUUACAUGGGACCCACCUCUCAUAGAUGGUGGUUCUAAAAUAAAGAACUAUAUAGUUGAAAAGCGUGAAGCAACAAGAAAAGCAUACUCAACUGUUAUGGCCAAUUGCCACAAGACCAGCUGGAAAGUUGAACCAUUACAGGAAGGUUGUAACUAUUAUUUCAGAGUCCUUGCAGAAAAUGAAUAUGGAAUCGGUCUUCCUGUUGAAACAUCAGAAUCUGUUAAGGUAUCAGAAAGACCUCUUCCUCCUGGAAAAAUAACUUUAUUGGAUGUAACAAGGAAAAGCGUAUCCUUGACCUGGGAAAAACCUGAACAUGAUGGAGGAAGCAGGAUUUUGGGCUACAUUGUUGAAAUGCAAAGCAAGGGCAGUGACAAAUGGGCCACAUGUGCCACUGUAAAAGUGACUGAAGCUACUGUAACUGGACUAAUCCAAGGUGAAGAAUAUUCCUUCCGAGUUUCUGCUCAGAAUGAAAAAGGAAUCAGUGAUCCUCGACAACUGAGUGUUCCAGUUAUUGCAAAAGAUCUUGUGAUACCACCAGCCUUCAAACUGUUGUUCACCACUUUCAGUGUACUAGCAGGUGAAGAUUUAAAGGUUGAUGUUCCAUUUAUCGGUCGACCCAAGCCAUCUGUAGUAUGGCUUAAAGAUAAUGUGCCGCUGAGACAAACUACUAGAGUAAAUGAAGAAAAUACAGACAACAACACUUUACUAACAAUAAAAGAAGCAUGUAAAGAAGAUGUUGGACAAUAUUUAGUCAAACUUUCUAAUUCUGCGGGUGAAGCUACUGAAAUUCUUAGCAUUGUUGUCCUUGAUAAACCUGGACCUCCAACUGGACCAGUAAAGAUUGAUGAAGUCACUGCAGACAGUGUUAUCAUUUCUUGGGAACCACCCAAAUAUGAUGGUGGCAGUUCUAUCAACAAUUAUAUUGUAGAAAAACGGGACACUUCUACUACUGCUUGGCAGAUAGUUUCAGCUACUGUUGCCCGAACAACUCUGAAAGCAUCUAGGCUGAAAACUGGAAGUGAAUAUCAGUUCAGAAUUGCUGCUGAAAAUAGAUAUGGGAAGAGUACAUAUCUCACAUCAGAAUCUGUGGUUGCCCAGUAUCCAUACAAACUACCAGGCCCACCUGGAACUCCAUAUGUACCAGAGGUCUCCAGGGAUAGCAUGGUUGUGUAUUGGAAUGAACCUGUCAAUGAUGGUGGCAGUAAGAUCAUUGGCUAUCAUUUGGAGCGUAAGGAAAGAAAUAGCAUCCUCUGGGUUAAAUUAAACAAAACACCAAUUCCUGACACUAAGUUUAAAACAACUGGACUCGAGGAAGGACUUGAAUAUGAAUUCAGAGUUUAUGCAGAAAAUAUUGUUGGUAUUGGAAAGGCAAGUAAAGGUUCAGAAUGCUAUACAGCUCAUGAUCCUUGUGACCCUCCAGGUCGUCCAGAACCUAUCAUUGUCACACGAAACUCUGUUACUCUUCAGUGGAAGAAACCAGAGUAUGAUGGUGGAAGCAAGAUCACAGGCUAUAUUGUUGAAAAGAAGGAGUUACCAGAUGGUCGCUGGAUGAAAGCAAGCUUUACAAAUGUAAUUGAGACUGAAUUUGCAGUAACUGGCCUAAUUGAAAAUCAAAGGUACGAGUUCCGUGUCAUUGCACGAAAUGCUGCAGGUGUCUUCAGUGAGCCAUCUGAAAGUUCAGGAGCAGUCACAGCAAGAGAUGAAGUUGAUCCACCUCGUAUAAGUAUGGAUCCCAAAUUUAAAGAAACACUUGUACUACAUGCUGGUGAAUCAUUCAAGAUUGAUGCUGAUGUUUAUGGCAAGCCACUACCUUCUAUUCAGUGGCUGAAAGGUGAUAAGGAACUGGCAAACACAGCACGCUUGGAUAUAAAAAGUACUGACUUUGCCACAAGCCUAAGUGUUAAAGAAGCCAUUCGUGUUGACAGUGGGCAUUAUGUACUGCUAGUGAAGAAUGUUGCAGGUGAAAAAACAGCUUCUAUUAAUGUCAAAGUUCUCGACAGGCCUGGCCCACCCGAAGGGCCUGUUGUCAUAACAGGAGUUACAGCUGAAAAAUGCAUGUUGUCAUGGAAGCCCCCACUACAGGAUGGUGGCAGUGACAUUUCACACUACAUUGUUGAAAGAAGAGAAACAAGUCGCUUAGUUUGGACUUUAGUUGAUGCCAAUGUACAAACCCUUAACUGCAAAGUUACUAAACUUUUGGAAGGCAAUGAAUAUAUCUUCCGUAUUAUGGCUGUAAACAAAUACGGUGUCGGCGAGCCUCUUGAAUCUGAGCCUGUUCUUGCAAAAAAUCCUUUUGUGGUGCCACUUCCACCAAAGGCCCCAGAAGUCUCAGCAGUUACCAAAGAUUCGAUGAUUGUUGUAUGGGACAGACCAGCCUCUGAUGGUGGCAGUGAAAUUUUGGGUUAUGUGCUAGAAAAACGUGACAAAGAAGGCAUUCGAUGGACAAGAUGUAACAAGCGUUUGAUAAGUGAACUCCGAUACCGAGUCACUGGACUUAUAGAAAAUCAUGAUUAUGAAUACAGAGUUUCAGCUGAAAAUGCAGCUGGCCUCAGUGAACCCAGUCCACCUUCUAUUUAUUAUAAAGCCUGUGAUCCUAUAUACAAACCAGGUCCUCCUAAUAAUCCCAAGGCAACAGAUGUUACAAGAUCUUCAGUUUUCCUUUCUUGGAGUAAACCAAUCUAUGAUGGUGGCUCUGAAAUUCAAGGAUACAUUGUUGAAAAGUGUGAUGUAAGUGUGGGAGACUGGGAGAUUUGUACACCACCAACUGGAAUUAAGAAAACAAACAUGGAAGUGGAAAAACUGUUGGAGAAGCAUGAAUACAAAUUUCGUAUUUGUGCUGUUAAUAAAGCAGGAGUGGGAGAGCAUGCUGAUGUUCCUGGAACAAUUAUUGUUGAAGAAAAACUUGAAGCUCCAGACCUAGAUCUUGAUAUGGAACUGAGGAAAGUUAUAAAUGUAAGAGCUGGUGGUUCAUUGAGAUUAUUUGUUCCUAUCAGAGGGCGCCCAACUCCUGAAGUAAAAUGGAGUAAAGUGGAUGGUGACAUCAGAGAAGCAGCUAUGAUUGACAUCACUAGCAGCUUUACCUCACUGGUUCUUGACAACGUUAACAGAUUUGACUCUGGAAAGUACACUCUCACUUUAGAAAACAGCAGUGGGACGAAAUCUGCCUUUGUCAUUGUAAGAGUCCUAGAUACUCCAGGUCCUCCAAUUAACCUGAAAAUUAAGGAUAUCACCAAAGAUUCUGUUUCCCUUGCAUGGGAGCCCCCCUUCAUAGAUGGUGGAGCUAAAAUUAAAAAUUACAUUAUUGAAAAGCGUGAAGCCACAAGAAAAGCCUAUGCAGCUGUUGUAACAAACUGCCAUAAAACAUCAUGGAAAAUAGAUCAGCUUCAAGAGGGCUGCUAUUAUUACUUCAGAGUUUGUGCAGAAAAUGAAUUUGGAAUUGGCCUGCCUGAAGAAACAAGUGAUCCUGUUAAAGUUGCUGAAGUUCCUCAGCCUCCAGGAAAGAUAACUGUGGAUGAUGUUACAAGAAACAGUGUUUCAUUGAGCUGGGCAAAGCCUGAACAUGAUGGUGGAAGUAAAAUCUUACAGUACAUUGUGGAAAUGCAAGUUAAAGGCAGUGACAAAUGGUCAGAGUGUACACGUGUCAAGGUUCUUGAGGCACUUGUUACUAAUCUAACCCAAGGAGGAGAGUAUCUCUUUAGAGUAAUAGCUGUAAAUGAAAAGGGUAAGAGUGAUCCACGGUCCCUUGCAGUUCCAAUAACGGCCAAGGAUCUAGUUAUUGAGCCAGAUGUAAGACCGACCUUCCACAGUUAUAGUAUACAAGUGGGACAAGAUUUAAAGAUUGAAGUACCAAUAGCAGGUCGACCAAAGCCUACAAUUACUUGGACUAAAGAUGGCAUGCCAUUAAAACAAACUACUAGAGUUAAUGUCAUUGAUUCACAUAACCUUACCAUCCUAAAUAUUAAAGAGACCACUAAAGAGGACAGUGGGAUGUAUGAGAUUGCAGUUGCUAACGUUGUUGGACAGAAAUCUGCAUCUAUUGAAAUUAUAACACUAGACAAACCCGAUCCUCCUAAAGGCCCUGUUAAAUUUGAUGAUAUUAGUGCUGAAAGCAUUACAUUAUCAUGGAAUCCUCCAGCAUAUACUGGUGGCUGCCAAAUUACUAAUUACAUUGUUCAUAAGCGAGAUACAACCACCACAGUGUGGGAGACAGUUUCAGCUACUGUUGCAAGAACUACCCUCAAAGUGAGCAAACUGAAAACUGGUUCAGAAUAUCAGUUUAGAAUAUUUGCUGAAAAUAGGUAUGGACAGAGCUUUGCCCUGGAGUCUGAAGCAGUUGUUGCUCAGUAUCCCUAUAAAGAGCCAGGACCUCCUGGUACACCAUUUGUGACGACAGUUACAAAGGACUCUAUGGUUGUACAGUGGCACGAACCAAUCAUUGAUGGUGGAAGUAAAAUUUUAGGUUAUCAUCUGGAGAGAAAGGAAAAAAAUAGUAUUCUGUGGACUAAAGUAAACAAGACAAUUAUUCAAGACACUCACUAUAAGACAACCAACCUUGAAGAAGGAAUUGAAUAUGAAUUUAGAGUUUCUGCAGAAAAUAUUGUUGGUGUUGGUAAAACAAGCAAAGUUUCAGAGUGCUAUGUAGCACGUGAUCCAUGUGAUCCCCCAGGAUGCCCUGAAGCUAUUGUUGUAAAAAGAAGUUCAAUUACACUUCAGUGGACUAAACCAGAAUAUGAUGGUGGCAGCAAAAUUACAGGCUAUGUAGUAGAGAAACGUGAUUUGCCUGAGGGCCGCUGGAUGAAAGCAAGCUUUACCAAUAUAACUGAAACUCAGUUUACUGUAACUGGCCUUACUGAAGACCAAAGAUAUGAAUUUAGAGUAAUUGCAAGGAAUGCUGCUGGAGCAGUAAGUAAACCUUCUGAUAGCACAGGACCAAUAACAGCCAAAGAUGAAGUUGAACUUCCAAGAAUUUCCAUGGAUCCCAAAUACAAAGAUGUGAUUGUUGUAAAUGCAGGAGAUACAUUCAGACUUGAGGCAGAUGUCCAUGGCAAGCCAAUUCCUACUAUUAUGUGGUUGAAAGGUGAUAAAGUUCUUGAAGAUACUGCCCGAUAUGAAAUAAGGAAUACUGACUUCAAGGCCUUGAUUACUGUAAAAGAUGCAAUACGUAUUGAUGGUGGGCAAUAUAUUUUACAGGCCUCCAAUGUUGCAGGAACAAAAUCAGUACCGAUAACAGUAAAAGUACUUGAUAGACCAGGGCCACCAGAGAGUAUUCAAGUUUCAGGAGUAACUUGUGAAAAGUGUUCCUUAGCAUGGGUUCCACCAAUCCACGAUGGUGGCAGUGACAUUUCUCACUACAUCAUUGAGAAGAGAGAAACAAGUCGCCUUGCUUGGACAGUUGUUGCUUCAGAGGCAGUAGCUACAAUGCUGAAGGUAACAAAACUCCUGGAAGGAAAUGAGUAUAUCUUCCGCAUAAUGGCAGUUAAUAAAUAUGGAGUUGGUGAACCACUCGAGUCUGCACCAGUCUUAAUGAAAAACCCAUUUGUUGUUCCUGGUCCACCAAAGUCCCUUGAAGUCACCAAUAUUACAAGGGAUUCUAUGACUGUCUGCUGGAAUCGUCCAGAUAGUGAUGGUGGCAGUGAAAUUAUUGGCUACAUUGUAGAAAAACGAGACAGAGCUGGUAUCAGAUGGGUGAAAUGUAAUAAACGCCGAAUUACAGAUUUACGAUUAAGAGUCACAGGACUGACAGAAGACCAUGAAUAUGAAUUUAGAGUGUCUGCUGAAAAUGCAGCUGGAGUGGGUGAACCAAGUCAAGUUACUCCCUACUGGAAAGCAUGCGAUCCUAUGUUCAAGCCUGGCCCACCUACAAAUGCCCAUGCUGUAGAUACUACCAAGAAUUCAAUUACGGUUGCAUGGGGCAAACCUAUUUAUGAUGGUGGUAGUGAAAUCCUGGGGUAUAUUGUAGAAAUUUGUAAAGGUGAUGAAGAAGAAUGGACAGUAGCUACUCCACAGACAGGUUUAAGAGUCAAUCGUUUUGAGAUCAAAAAGCUAAUUGAACAUCAAGAGUAUAAACUAAGAGUGUGUGCCCUCAACAAAAUUGGAGUUGGUGAAGCUGCAGCAAUUCCUGGUACAGUUAAACCAGAAGAUAAACUUGAGGCUCCAGAACUUGAUAUUGACUCAGAGCUAAGGAAAGGAAUUGUGGUUAGAGCAGGUAGCUCUGUCAGGAUAAAUAUACCAUUUAAAGGACGCCCUACUCCUGAAAUUACAUGGUCUCGAGAAGAAGGAGAAUUUACAGAUAAAGUUCAAAUUGAAAGAGGCCUGAAUUACACACAACUAUCAAUUGAUUACUGUGACAGAAAUGAUGCUGGAAAGUAUACGCUUAAGCUGGAGAACAGCAGUGGAUCAAAGUCUGCAUUUGUCACAGUUAAAGUACUUGACACACCAGGACCACCACAAAAUCUAGUAGUCAAAGAAAUAAGGAAAGAUUAUGCUGUACUGACAUGGGAACCUCCAGCUAACGAUGGAGGUGCAAAGAUAAAGAACUAUGUGAUUGACAAACGUGAGUCAACCAGAAAAGCAUAUGCCAAUGUAAGUGCAAAGUGCAGCAAAACAAACUUUAAAGUUGAAAACCUUGCAGAAGGGUCAAUUUAUUACUUCAGAGUUAUGGCUGAAAAUGAAUUUGGAAUCGGUGCUCCAGCAGAAACUGCAGAUGCCUCCAAAGCUUCAGAACCACCAUUGCCUCCUGGGAAAGUAACACUCACUGAUGUGACUCAGAGAAGUGCAUCAUUUAUGUGGGAGAAGCCUGAACAUGAUGGAGGCAGCAGAAUUAUGGGAUACAUUGUUGAAAUGCAGCCAAAGGGGUCUGAUAAAUGGAGUGUGGUAACUGAAAGCAAAGUAUGCAGUGCUGUUGUAUCUGGUUUAAGUUCUGGACAUGAAUAUCAAUUCCGUGUCAUAGCAUAUAAUGAAAAAGGCAAAAGUGAUCCUAGGCCACUGGCAGUUCCAGUCAUUGCUAGUGACCUGACAAUUCAGCCAAAUUUCAAACUCAUGUUCAAUACAUAUACUGUACAAGCUGGAGAAGACCUUAAAGUAGAAGUACCCUUUAUAGCUCGGCCAAAGCCUACUAUCACUUGGGAAAAAGAUGGUCAGCCUCUAAAACAAACAACCAGAAUGCACGUUGAAGAUACACCAACAACUACCACUUUGUUCAUUAAAGAAAGUAACAAAGAUGACUUUGGGAAAUAUUCUGUAACAGCAACCAACACUGCAGGCACAGCAACAGAGCAUCUUAAUAUAAUUGUGCUUGAGAAGCCUGGUCCACCACAAGGACCUGUCCGCUUUGAUGAGGUUAGCUCAAAUUAUGUUGUCUUAUCAUGGGAACCACCAGCAUACACAGGUGGCUGCCAAAUAUCCAAUUACAUUGUAGAGAAACGUGACACCACUACCACUGCCUGGCAGAUGGUAUCUGCCACUGUUGCAAGAACAACUAUUAAAGUAACAAAACUUAAAACAGGUGCUGAAUACCAGUUUAGAAUCAGUGCUGAAAACCGUUAUGGAAAGAGCACUGCAUUAGAUUCUAAACCAGUUCUUGUGCAAUAUCCAUACAAGGAACCAGGACCACCAGGAACACCAUUUGUUACCAUAGCUACCAAAGAUUACAUGAUAGUACAGUGGAAUGAACCAGUUAAUGAUGGAGGAAGCAAAGUUCUUGGAUAUCACCUAGAACGCAAAGAUAAAAACAGCAUUCUUUGGACAAAAUUGAAUAAGACCCUCAUCCAGGAUACAAGAUAUAAAACAGAAGGCCUUGAAGAAGGUCUUGAAUAUGAAUUCAGAGUUUCUGCAGAAAAUAUUGUUGGCAUUGGCAAGGUUAGCAAGACAUCUGAACUGUAUGUUGCCCGAGAUGCUUGUGACCCACCAGGCCGCCCUGAUGCCAUUGUUAUCACAAGAAACUAUAUAACACUAAAAUGGAAAAAACCUGAAUAUGAUGGUGGCAGCAAAAUAAUCGGAUAUAUUGUGGAAAAGAGAGAAUUGCCUGAAGGCCGUUGGAUGAAAGCCAGUUUUACCAAUGUAAUAGAAACUGAGUUUACAGUAACUGGUCUUGUGGAAGAACAAAGAUAUGAAUUCAGAGUAAUUGCAAGAAAUGCAGCUGGUAGUCUAAGUGAACCAUCUGAAAGUACUGGACCAAUUAUUGCUAGAGAUGAAGUUGAAGCACCCAAAGCUUCACUGGAUCCAAAAUACAAAGAUGUCAUUGUUGUUCAUGCUGGGGAAACAUUUGUUCUUGAGGCUGACAUUCAUGGCAAACCUAUUCCUGAAAUCACAUGGGCAAAAGAUGGAAAAGAAUUUGAAGGUGCAACUGCAAGGAUGGAAAUAAAGUCUACCAUUCAAAGAACAACUCUCACGGUCAAAGAUUGCAUCAGAAUAGAUGGAGGCCUUUACACACUUAAACUGAGCAAUGUUGGUGGCACCAAGUCUAUACCAAUCACUGUAAAAGUGCUUGACAGACCUGGACCUCCAGAAGGUCCUUUGAAAGUUACAGGUGUGAUGGCAGAGAAAUGUUACCUGGCAUGGGGACCACCAUCACAUGAUGGCGGUGCUAGCAUUUCCCAUUACGUCAUAGAAAAGAGAGAGACAAGUCGGCUUUCAUGGACGCAGGUGGCCUCUGAGGUGCAAGCUCUGAACCACAAAGUAACCAGGCUUCUCCCAGGCAAUGAGUACAUUUUCCGUGUAAUGGCUGUUAACAAAUAUGGAAUUGGUGAGCCACUGGAAUCUGAGCCUGUCCUGGCACGCAAUCCAUACAAACCUCCAGGUCCUCCUUCAACACCUGAAGUUUCCGCUAUCACAAAAGAUUCUAUGAUUGUAACCUGGGGCCGUCCCUCAGACAAUGGUGGAGCUGAAAUUGAAGGUUAUAUAUUAGAAAAGCGAGACAAAGAUGGCAUCCGAUGGACCAAGUGCAAUAAAAAGAGACUGACAGACUUACGGCUCAGAGUAACUGGACUUACAGAUGGCCAUUUCUAUGAAUUUAGGGUUUCUGCUGAAAAUGCUGCUGGUGUUGGAGAACCCAGUGAACCAUCAGUUUUCUAUCGUGCCUGUGAUGCAGUGUAUCCCCCAGGCCCUCCCAGCAAUCCAAAGGUGACAGAUACCUCCAGAUCAUCUGUGUCACUUGCAUGGAACAAGCCUAUUUAUGAUGGAGGUGCUCCUGUUAAAGGAUACAUUGUGGAAUUUAAAGAAGCUGGUGCUGAUGAAUGGACAACCUGCACACCACCAUCUGGAUUGCAAGGAAAGCAAUUCACAGUAACAAAACUUAAAGAGAAUAGUGAAUAUAACUUCCGCAUCUGUGCCAUGAACUCAGAAGGAGUGGGAGAACCAGCAACUAUACCUGGCAGUGUUGUUGCUGCUGAAAAAAUUGAACCACCUGAAAUUGAACUUGAUGCAGAUCUCAGAAAAGUAGUCACAGUACGUGCCAGUGGUACCUUGCGUUUGUUUGUCACCAUCAAAGGCAGACCAGAGCCAGAAGUAAAAUGGGAAAAAGCAGAAGGCACUUUAAGUGACAGAGCUCAGAUUGAGGUUACUAGUUCUUAUACAAUGCUGGUAAUUGAUAAUGUCAACAGAUUUGACAGUGGUAAAUAUAACUUGACUCUAGAAAACAAUAGCGGCAAGAAAUCUGCUUUUGUUAAUGUGAGAGUGCUUGACACACCAAGUGCACCUAUAAACCUGACUAUCAGAGAAGUGAAGAAAGAUUCAGUGACAUUAGCUUGGGAGCCUCCAGUUAUUGAUGGUGGAGCUAAAAUUACAAACUAUAUAAUUGAAAAACGAGAAACUACAAGAAAAGCCUAUGCCACUAUUACAAAUAACUGUUCCAAGAAUGUCUUCAAAAUUGAACAGCUACAAGAGGGAUGCAGUUACUACUUCCGUGUCUUGGCUGCAAAUGAAUAUGGAGUUGGUUUGCCAGCAGAAACAUCUGAACCAGUUAAGGUUUCUGAGCCACCAUAUCCACCUGGAAAAAUAACUCUUGUUGAUGUUACACGCCAUACUGCUACUAUUAAAUGGGAGAAGCCUGAGAGUGAUGGUGGCAGUAAAAUAACUGGCUAUGUAGUUGAAAUGCAAACUAAAGGAAGUGAAAAAUGGAGCACGUGUACACAGGUUAAGACAUUAGAAGCAACAAUAUCAGGAUUAUCUAUGGGAGAAGAAUAUACUUUCCGAGUCUGUGCUGUCAAUGAAAAAGGAAAGAGUGAUCCAAAGCAGCUUGGAGUCCCAGUAGUUGCCAAGGAUAUUGAAAUCCAGCCUUCUGUUGAACUACUUUUCAAUACUUUUAGUGUUAAAGCUGGUGAGGAUCUUAAGAUUGAUGUGCCCAUCAGAGGAAGGCCAAUUCCAACAGUUAGCUGGAAGAAGGAUGGAAUACUUUUAAGAGAGACAACUAGAGUAAAUGUCCAGACAUCAAAAACAUCAACAUCGCUAACAAUCAAGGAAGCGUCAAGAGAAGAUGUAGGAAGUUAUGAAUUACACGUUUCAAAUAGUGCUGGCUCUACAAUAGUUUCCAUCACUGUAAUUGUACUUGACAAGCCAGGACCUCCAACUGCAUUACAUAUUGAUAAUGUCAGUAAUGACAACAUAACCAUAUCCUGGAAACCCCCUGAGUAUGAUGGUGGCUGUCAGAUUAGUAAUUAUAUUGUGGAGAAGAGAGAAACAUCUACAACAGUGUGGAGCAUAGUGUCAGCAGCAGUUGCACGAACUUCAAUUAAAAUAUCCCGCUUAACCACAGGAUCAGAGUAUCAAUUCCGUGUUCGUGCAGAAAAUCGCUAUGGCAAGAGCACCCAUGUUGAAACAACCCCUGUUGUUGCAGAAUAUCCAUUUCAUCCUCCUGGGCCACCUGGUACUCCCAAGGUUGUACAUGCAACUAAAAUCUUCAUGCUUGUCAGCUGGCAGGAGCCAGUUAAUGAUGGAGGAAGCAAAAUACUUGGUUAUCACCUUGAGCGUAAAGAAAGAAGUAGCAUCCUUUGGACUAAAAUAAAUAAAACUCUUAUAACUGACACACAGAUGAAGGUCACAGGCCUUGAUGAAGGACUGCUGUAUGAAUAUCGUGUGUAUGCUGAAAAUAUUGUAGGAAUAGGUAAAUGUAGCAAAUCAUGUGAGCCUGUUGCUGCAAGGGACCCAUGUGAUCCUCCUGGCCAGCCAGAAGUGACUAAUAUUACAAGAACAUGUGUCUCACUGUCAUGGACCAAACCAGAAUAUGAUGGUGGUGCUAAGAUCACAGGAUAUCUUAUUGAACGGAAAGAGCUACCAGAUGGUCGUUGGUUGAAGUGCAACUUCACCAAUGUACAAGAAACCUUCUUUGAUGUCACAGGCCUUACUGAAGAUCAGCGUUAUGAAUUCCGUGUCAUAGCAAGAAAUGCUGCUGGAUUAUUCAGUGGACCAUCCGAAACAACAGGGCCAAUAACCGUAAAAGAUGAUGUUGAUGCUCCAAGAAUUAUGAUGGAUGUCAAAUUCAGAGAUGUUGUUGUUGUUAAAGCGGGAGAGAUUUUGAAAAUUAAUGCUGACAUUGCAGGACGACCCUUGCCAGUAGUUUUAUGGUCAAAGGACGGCAAAGAGAUUGAGGAACAAGCAAGAGUUGAAAUUAUCUCGACAGAUCACACUACUGCAAUAACUGUUAAAGACUGCAUUCGACGUGAUUCAGGACAAUAUGUGCUUACACUGCAAAAUGUUGCUGGAACAAGAUCAUUAGCUGUCAAUUGCAAAGUACUUGAUAGACCAGGUCCCCCAGCAGCCCCACUAGAAAUCAAAGGACUUACUGCUGAGAAGUGUCACCUUUCAUGGGGUCCACCUCAAGAAAAUGGAGGUGCAGAAAUUGAUUAUUAUAUUGUGGAAAAACGUGAGACCAGUAGAAUUGCAUGGACUCUUUGUGAAACAGAGAUCCCAACAACAUCCUGCAAAGUGACAAAACUACUUCGAGGAAAUGAGUAUAUCUUCAGAGUGAUGGCUGUAAACAAAUACGGUGUUGGUGAACCACUGGAAAGUGAUGCCGUCAAGGCUCUAGAUCCUUUUACUGUCCCAACUCCACCUAAAUCUUUAGAGAUUACUAGUGUGACUAAGGAAUCCAUGACCAUCUGCUGGGCAAGACCUGACAGUGAUGGAGGUAAUGAAAUUUCUGGAUAUGUGAUUGAAAGGCGUGAGAAAAAUAGUCUGCGGUGGAUACGUGUAAACAAAAAGCCCGUUUAUGAUCUAAGAGUAAAAUCAUCAGGCCUUCGUGAAGGAUGUGAAUAUGAAUAUCGAGUAUAUGCAGAAAAUGCAGCAGGGCUCAGUCUUCCUAGUGAUCCUUCACCUCUAAUUAAAGCUGAAGAUCCUAUUUUCCUGCCAUCACCUCCAAAUAGGCCCAAGAUUAUGGACUCUACAAGGUCACACAUAACAAUUGGUUGGACAAAGCCAUUAUUUGAUGGAGGUUCUCCUGUUACUGGAUAUACAGUUGAAUACAAGCUGACUAGUGAAACCAAUUGGUCAACUGCUAUUCAAAACUUAAGAGGCACAGAAUAUACUGUAAUUGGCCUUACACCAGGAGCUGAAUAUGUUUUCAGAGUAAGAUCUCUCAACAAAGUUGGUGCUAGUGACCCAAGUGAGAUCUCAGAACCUCAAAUAGCAAAAGAAAGGGAAGAAGAACCUGCUUUUGAUAUUGACAAUGAAAUGAGAAAGACUUUAAUUGUGAAAGCUGGCGGAUCAUUUACAAUGAAUGUGCCUUUCAGAGGAAAGCCUGUCCCAAAUGUACUGUGGAGUAAGCCAGAUACUGAUCUCCGUACACGAGCAAAUAUUGAUUCUUCAGAUAAUCGUACCUCACUUACCAUUGAAAAAGCAACCAGGAAUGAUUCUGGAAAGUACACAUUGACAUUACAAAAUAUUGUAAAUACAGCUACUUUGACAUUAGUUGUGAAAGUUCUUGACACACCAGGACCUCCAUCUAAUAUUGUUGUUAAAGAUGUAACAAAAGAAUCAGCUGUCUUAUCUUGGGAAGCUCCUGAGAAUGAUGGAGGUGCUCCAGUAAAGAACUAUUACAUUGAAAAGCGAGAAGCCAGCAAGAAAGCCUGGGUCACUGUUACCAACAACUGUCAUCGUCUUUCCUAUAAAGUCACCAAUCUACAAGAAGGUGGAAUUUAUUACUUCAGAGUCUCUGGAGAAAAUGAGUUUGGUGUUGGAGUUCCUGUUGAAACCAAAGAUGGAACUAAAAUAACAGAAAAACCAAGUCCACCAGAAAAACUGGGAGUAUCAAGUGUUACUAAAGGCAGUGUCUCUCUUGUGUGGCUAAAGCCAGAACACGAUGGUGGAAGCAGAAUUGUAGGUUAUCUUGUUGAAGCCCUGGAAAAAGGGCAGCAAAAAUGGGUCAAAUGUGCUGAGGUCAAGACAACUCAUCAUGUUGUUCAAGGUCUCAAGGAAAAUACAGAGUACUUCUUCAGAGUAUUUGCUGAAAACCAAGCUGGUCUAAGUGAUCCCAGAGAGCUUCCUAUUGCUGUUACAGUUAAAGAGCAACUGGAAUCUCCUGAGGUUGACAUGAAAGGUUUCCCGAACCACACAGUUUACGUAAGAGCAGGUUCAAACCUAAAGGCUGAGAUUCCAAUUUCUGGAAAGCCACUGCCAAAGGUGACUUUAUCCAAAGAUGGCAUCCCUCUCAAACCAACCAUGAGGUUCAACACAGAAACCACAGCAGAAAGUGUUAUAAUCAACCUUAAAGAAAGUGUUGCUACUGAUGCUGGUAAAUAUGACAUCACAGCUGCCAACUCCAGUGGAACUACUAAAUCGUUCAUUAAGAUUGUUGUCCUCGAUAGACCUGGUCCUCCUGUUGGCCCUGUUGUUAUCAGUGAUAUCACUGAAGAAAGUGUUAUCCUUAAGUGGGAGCCACCACGUUACGAUGGCGGAAGUCAAGUUACCAACUACAUUGUGCUGAAAAGAGAAACAAGCACUGCUGUGUGGUCUGAAGUGUCUGCAACUGUUGCCAGAAAUAUGAUUAAAAUUAUGAAGCUAGUGACAGGAGAAGAAUAUCAAUUCCGUAUCAAAGCAGAAAAUCGCUUUGGCAUAAGUGACCAUAUCGAUUCAGCAUGUGUAACUAUUAAAUUACCUUACACAACCCCUGGACCACCUUCCACACCAUGGAUCACCAAUGUAACGCGAGAAAGCAUUACGGUUGGAUGGCAUGAGCCUGUUUCCAAUGGAGGCAGUGCAGUCACUGGCUAUCAUCUGGAGAUGAAAGACAGAAACAGUAUUUUAUGGAAGAAAGCAAAUAAAAUGGUUAUACGCACAACUCAUUUCAAGGUCUCCAAUAUUACAGCUGGACUUAUUUAUGAAUUCAGGGUAUAUGCAGAAAAUGCAGCUGGGAUUGGAAAACCAAGUCAUCCAUCUGAUGCCGUUCUUGCUAUUGAUGCAUGUGAGCCUCCAAGAAAUCUUCGUGUCACAGAUAUUUCCAAGACGUUUGUUAGUCUUUCUUGGAUACAGCCGGCUUUUGAUGGUGGUAGCAAAAUUACUGGCUACAUUGUUGAGAAACGUGAUCUUCCGAAUGGAAGAUGGACAAAAGCAAGCUUCACCAAUGUCAUUGAGACUCAGUUUACCGUAUCAGGAUUAACUCAGAGCUCCCAAUAUGAAUUCCGUGUUUUUGCUAAGAAUGCUGCAGGCUCAAUCAGUAACCCAUCAGAUGUUUUAGGUCCUAUCACCUGUGUGGAUACAUACGGUGCACCUGAAAUAGAUAUACCGCCAGAAUAUACAGAAGUUGUCAAAUACAAAGCUGGCACUUUAGUUAAGCUGAAACUUGGAAUUUCCGGAAAGCCCAUACCUACAAUUGAAUGGUUCAGAAAUGGUAAAGAAGUGCAAACCAGUGCCCAAGUAUCCUUUGAAAACACUACUGAAUUUUCAUCCAUACUGAUCAAAGAUGCAACUCGUCUUAAUAGUGGAAACUAUGAACUGAAACUAAAAAAUGCCAUGGGUUCUGCUUCUGCCACUGUUAGAGUACAGAUACUUGAUAAGCCAGGACCUCCAGGUGGACCUGUACAGUUCAGAACAGUCACUGCUGAAAAGAUUACCCUUAUGUGGGAACCACCAGCAGAUGAUGGAGGCGCUAAUGUGACACAUUAUAUUGUUGAAAAACGUGAGACAAGCCGUGUGGUAUGGUCUGUAGUUUCGGAAAAACAAGAAGAAUGCAUUGUUACUACCACAAAAAUCAUAAAAGGAAAUGAAUACAUAUUCCGUAUACGAGCUGUAAACAAAUUUGGUGUUGGUGAUCCACUGGAAUCUGAUGCUGUUGUAGCGAAGAAUGCUUUUGUUACACCUGGACAACCUGGUAUGCCAGAAGUUACUAUGAUAACUAAGCAAUCAAUGACAGUAGUCUGGAGCAGGCCUACUGUGGAUGGUGGGAGCGAAAUAAGUGGAUAUUACCUUGAAAAACGUGAUAAGAAAAGUCUGAGCUGGUUCAAGGUCACUAAAGAAACCAUUCGUGAUACCAGACAGAAAGUGACGGGAUUAACAGAAAACAGUGAAUACCAGUUCAGGGUUUCUGCUGUGAACGCAGCUGGACAAGGUCCCUUCUCUGAUGCAUCUGAUUUCUUCAAAGCAGCAGAUCCUAUUGAUAAACCUGGACCACCUGUUAAGCUAAAGGUUGUGGAUACUACAAAGACCUCUAUCACACUUAGCUGGGCUAAACCAGCCUAUGAUGGAGGAAGUGCAAUUACCAGCUAUGCUAUAGAAAAGAGAGAGGGGGAGGAAGAAGAAUGGGCUGUGGUCAGUGCAAGAGGAGAAGUGAGAACCACAGAAUAUGUUGUUUCUCAUCUUCAACCAGGGAUCAAUUACUACUUCCGUGUAGCCGCUAUAAAUUAUGCUGGACAAGGUGAACCUAUUGAAAUGACAGAACCUGUACAAGCUAAAGACAUACUUGAAGAGCCAGAGAUUGAUUUAGAUGUGGCCCUCAGAACCUCCAUUGUAGCCAAAGCUGGUGAAGAUGUACAAAUAAUGAUUCCAUUUAAAGGAAGACCUCCCCCAACUGUCACAUGGAGAAAGGGUGAAAAGAAUCUUGGUACUGAUGAAAGAUACAACAUUCAGAACACAGAAUCGUCCACACUCCUUAGUAUUCCUCAAGUCACUCGCAAUGAUACAGGAAAAUAUGUCCUCACAAUUGAGAAUGGAGUUGGAAAACCGAAAACUUCAUUUGUGAAUGUUAAAGUACUUGACACUCCAUCUGCAUGCCAGAGGCUGACUCUUAAAAAUGUUUCUCGUGGAACUGUGACAUUACUGUGGGAGCCCCCACUCAUCAAUGGUGGUUCUGAAGUAACAAAUUACGUUGUUGAAAAAAGAGAUGCUACAAAGAGAGCUUGGUCUUCUGUUACAGCAAAGUGUUCCAAUACAACAUUUAAGAUAACUGGUCUGUCAGAGAAAACUCCAUACUUCUUCCGUGUUUUUGCAGAAAAUGAAAAUGGAUUGGGUGAGCCUUGUGAAACCUCAGAACCAAUAAAAGCUGCAGAAGUUCCUGGACCUGUACGGGAUCUGACCAUGAAAGAUUCAACUAAGACUUCUGUCACUUUACAAUGGAACAAACCUGAAUUUGAUGGCGGUAGCAUCAUAUCAGACUAUGUAAUUGAAAAGAGACUGAAGGAGGAAACAGAAUGGUCCUUUGCAGGGACAAGUAAAGCAUGUGAAUUUGAAAUUGAUAAGCUUAAGGAACUUACUGUUCUAGAAUUCAGAGUGUCUGCUAGAAAUGAAAAAGGAAAAAGUGAUGGUGUUACCACUGGGCCAAUUACAGUUAAAGACUAUGUAAUAACACCUGAAGCAGACCUUUCUGAUAUACCUGGGGGACAGGUAAGUGUGAGAAUAGGAUAUAAUGUACACAUUGAAUUGCCCUAUAAGGGAAAGCCAAAACCAACAAUGAGCUGGCUAAAAGACAACAUUCCUCUUAAAGAAAGUGAACAGAUUCGCUUCAAGAAGACAGAAAACAAAAUAACGUUAAGCAUUAAGAAUGUGAAAAAAGAAAAUGGAGGCAAAUAUACCUUAAUUCUUGAAAAUGGCGUUCACAGAAAGUCAUUCCCAAUUACAGUUAUAACACUAGGCCCUCCAUCAAAGCCAAAGGGACCUAUCAAACUAGAAGAAAUCAAAGCAGAUAGCAUGGUUCUUUCAUGGGGUGCUCCUGAUGAUGAUGGAGGAGCAGAAAUUACUGGCUACAGUGUUGAGAAGCGGGAAACUUCACAAACCAACUGGAAAAUGGUAUGUUCCAGUGCAGAAAAGACGACAUUCAAAGUUUCCAACCUGGUCAAAGAUUCAGAAUAUCAAAUCAGAAUCCGUGCAGAAAACAGAUAUGGUGUGAGCCCACCACUUAACUCCAUAGAGGUCAUUGCAAGACACCAGUUUAAACCACCAGGUUCACCAGGGAAGCCUGUUGUUUAUAAUAUAACAGCUGAUGGGAUGACCAUAUCCUGGGAUGCUCCAGUUUAUGACGGAGGUGCAGAAAUUAUUGGAUAUCAUGUAGAAAAGAAAGAAAGAAACAGCAUCCUGUGGCAGAAAGUAAAUGUUUCACCAGUAUCUAGUAGAGAAUACAGAAUUACUGGAUUAAUGGAAGGCUUGGACUAUCAGUUCCGUGUAUAUGCAGAAAACUCAGCUGGAUUGAGCUCGGCCAGUGAUCCAAGCAAAUUGACUUUAGCUGUGUCUCCAGUUGAUCCACCUGGCACACCUGACUACAUUGAUGUGACUAGGGAAACUAUUACUCUUAAGUGGACUGCACCUCUUCGUGAUGGAGGCAGCAAGAUUGUAGGCUACAGUAUUGAGAAACGUCAAGGAAGUGGCGAUCGCUGGGUCCGAUGCAAUUUUAUUGAUGUCAGUGAAUGCCAGUACACGGUUACAGGACUUAGCCCUGGUGAUCGAUAUGAAUUUAGAAUACUUGCAAGAAAUGCUGUUGGAACUAUUAGCCCUCCUUCUCAGUCUUCGGGCUAUAUCAUGACCAGAGAUGAAGCUGUUGCACCAAAUAUUGAAUUUGGUGCUGAGCAUUUUGAAGGCCUUACAGUUAAAGCUGGAGAAAGCAUAAGACUUAAAGCUCUCAUCACAGGGCGCCCAGUUCCCCAGGUGACCUGGUUUAAAGAUGGACAAGAGAUUGAUAAGAGAUUGAAUAUAGAAAUAACCAGUGCUCUUGGAUUUAGCACCAUCUUUGUUAGAGAUGCUUCUCGUGACCAUCGUGGCGUAUAUAGAGUAGAAGCCAAGAAUUCAUCAGGAGUCAAACAUGAAGAUAUAACCAUAAGAGUACAAGAUACUCCAGGAAAAGUUGGUGGGCCAAUACGGUUUACCAAUAUUACUGAAGAAAAGGCAACAUUAUGGUGGGAGCCUCCAGCUAACGAUGGCUGUGCAGCGAUUACUCAUUAUGUCAUUGAAAAGCGUGAAACUAGCAGAGUAUCCUGGGCACUAGUUGAAGACAACUGUGAAGCCUGCAGCUAUACUGCUCUUAAAUUAAUAAAAGGCAAUGAAUACCAGUUCCGUGUUUCUGCAGCCAACAAGUUUGGAGUUGGCAGGCCAUUGGAAUCUGAUCCAUUUGUAGCACAACCACAUUACACUGUUCCUGAUGCUCCUGGCACCCCAGAACCUAGCAACGUGACAGGAAACAGUAUUACACUCUCAUGGGAAAGGCCAAAAUCAGAUGGUGGAAGUGACAUUAACCAAUAUAUCUUGGAGAGAAGAGAAAAGAAGAGCAUUCUUUGGGUUAAAGUAUCCAGUAAGAGGCCCAUUACUGAAACAAGAUUCAGAGUCACUGGCCUAACUGAAGGCAAUGAAUAUGAGUUCCAGGUUUUGGCAGAAAACAAGGCUGGAGUGGGGCCACCAAGUGGUAUCUCAAGGCUGAUUAAAUGCAGGGAGCCAGUCCAUCCACCAAGUGCUCCUACUGUUGUCAAAGUGACAGAUACAUCAAAGACAAGUGUCAGCUUAGAAUGGACCAGGCCAGUUUUUGAUGGAGGCCUAGAAAUAAUGGGCUACAUCAUUGAAAUGUGCAAAGCUGAUUUGGAAGAGUGGCAUAAAGUCAAUGCUGAGACUUGCCUUGCUACCAAGUAUACUGUAACUGACCUGGAACCAAAUGAACACUAUAAAUUCCGAGUCAGUGCUGUAAAUGGUGCAGGCAAAGGCGAAAGCUGUAUGGUUGCUGCCUCUGUGCAAACCAUAGACAGACUCUCUUUACCUGAACUAGAUAUUGAUGCUAACUUCAAGCAGACUCAUAUUGUCAGAGCAGGUGCAACCAUCCGUUUAUUUAUUGCCUUUAAGGGCAGACCUGUUCCUACUGCUGUAUGGUCCAAAGCAGAUUCUAAUCUUACCUUGCGUGCUGACAUUCAUACAACUGACUCAUUCAGUACAUUAACUGUGGAGAAUUGCAAUAGAACAGAUUCGGGCAAAUAUGUUUUUACUGUAGAAAAUAACAGUGGUAAGAAAUCCAUUGCUUUCACUGUUAAAGUACUAGACACUCCUGGGCCACCAGGACCUAUUACAUUUAAGGAUGUGACUAGAGACUCUAUCACUUUAAUGUGGGAUGCUCCGAUCCUGGAUGGAGGUGCUCGUAUCCAUCAUUAUAUUGUGGAGAGACGAGAAGCAAGCCGCCGCAGUUGGCAAAUUGUUAAUGAAAAAUGUACCCGACAGAUUGCUAAGGUCUCUGGUCUUGCAGAAGGCAUGCCCUAUUUUUACCGUGUAUCAGCAGAAAAUGAAUAUGGAGUAGGUGAACCAUGUGAAUUAACAGAACCAGUUGUAGCCACUGAAGAGCCUGCUCCACCUAAGAGAUUAGAUAUUGUGGAUACCACUCGGUCAUCUGUGGUAUUAGCCUGGCUUAAGCCAGAUCAUGAUGGUGGCAGUCGUAUUACUGGGUACCUGCUAGAGAUGAAACAAAAGGGAUCUGAUGUUUGGGUGGAAGCUGGUCAAACAAAACAGUUGACUUUUACAGUUGAAGGUCUCACAGAGAACAAUGAAUAUGAGUUCCGUGUUAAAGCAAAGAAUAAUGCUGGUUACAGCCAGCCAAGAGAUGCCUUCUCUUCUGUCAUUGUUAAAGAGCCACAAAUUGAACCAACUGCAGAUCUCAGUGGAAUAACUAACCAACUUGUAACUUGCAAAACUGGAAGCACAUUUACUAUUGAUAUACCAAUUAGUGGGCGUCCUGUUCCAAAAGUAACAUGGAAGCUUGAAGAAAUGAGACUCAAAGAAACAGACAGAGUGUCUAUCAAGACAACAAAGGAUAGGACCACACUAACUGUAAAGGACAGCAUGAGAGGAGACUCUGGUAAAUAUUAUUUAACACUUGAGAACACCGCCGGUGUGAAAACAUUCACUGUGACUGUCAUUGUUAUUGGAAGACCAGGCCCAGUUACCCGUCCCAUAGAAAUAUCAUCUAUAACAGCUGAAUCAUGUGUGUUGUCAUGGAAAGAGCCUGAAGAUGAUGGUGGCAGUGAUAUUACAAACUACAUUGUUGAGAAACGUGAAUCUGGUACAACAGCAUGGCAACUGGUAAAUUCCAGUGUCAAACGUACACAGAUCAAAGUAACUCAUCUCACUAAAUAUAUGGAAUACAGUUUCCGUGUCAGCUCAGAAAACAGAUUUGGCGUCAGCAAGCCAGUAGAAUCAGUACCAAUAGUGGCUGAACAUCCAUUUGUCCCACCAAGCCCACCCACUAGACCUGAGGUCUAUUUUGUUUCUGCUACUGCCAUGUCCAUUCGAUGGGAGGAACCAUAUCAUGAUGGUGGUAGCAAAAUUGUUGGAUACUGGAUUGAAAAGAAAGAACGCAACUCAAUCCUUUGGGUGAAGGAAAAUAAAACUCCAUGUUUUGAGUGCAACUACAAAGUAACAACACUUGUGGAAGGUCUGGAGUAUCAAUUCAGAACAUAUGCCUUAAAUGCUGCUGGCAUUAGCAAACCUAGUGAAGCUUCUAGACCAGUACUAGCCCAAAACCCAGUCGAUCCACCAGGCAGACCAGAGGUAACAGAUGUCUCAAGGUCUUCAGUAUCAUUAAGCUGGUCUCCUCCACUUUAUGAUGGUGGAAGCAAAGUCAUUGGCUAUAUUGUAGAACGCAAACCAUACAGUGAAUCUGGAGAUGGACGUUGGCUGAAAUGCAACUACACCAUCGUCUCAGAAAAUUUCUUUACUGUAACAGCUCUCAGUGAAGGAGAGGAAUAUGAAUUCCGAGUGUUGGCAAAGAAUGCUGCUGGUGUAAUUAGCAAAGGUUCUGAAUCCACUGGCCCUGUCGCCUGUAGAGAUGAAUAUUCACCACCUAAAGCUGAACUGGAUGCCAAAUUGCAAGGAGAAAUUGUAACAAUUAGAGCUGGGUCUGAUCUUGUUCUCGAAGCAUCAAUUGGUGGAAAACCAGAACCAAAAGUCUUUUGGUCUAAGGCUGACAAGGAGCUGGAUCCAAGUGAAAAGGUCGUUUUACAAUACACAAGCAAGCAUGCAGUUGCAAUCAUCAAGUUCUGUGACAGAAGUGAUUCUGGAAAAUAUACCUUAACUGUUAAAAAUGCCAGUGGAACAAAACAAGUUGCUGUCCUCGUCAAAGUGCUUGAUUCUCCUGGUCCAUGUGCUGGCAAAAUCACCAUUAGCAGAGUAACAGAAGAGAAGUGUACUUUGGCCUGGAACAUUCCUCAAGAAGAUGGAGGGGCAGAAAUUACCCAUUACAUUGUAGAGAGACGCGAGACUAGUAGACUGAACUGGGUUAUUGUUGAACCCGAAUGUCAAACACUGUCAUGGGUUGUAACAAGACUUAUCAAGAACAAUGAAUACAUAUUCCGUGUAAGAGCUGUCAACAAGUAUGGGCCUGGUGUUCCACUGGAAACAGAACCUAUUAUUGCUAGAAAUUCAUUUACUAUUCCAUCACCCCCUGGUGUACCUGAAGCUGUGGGUGUUGGCAAAGAGCACAUCAUUAUUCAGUGGCUGAAACCAGAGUCAGAUGGUGGCAAUGAAAUUAGCACCUAUCUUGUGGACAAACGGGAAAAAAGAAGUCUACGCUGGACACGAGUUAACAGAGACUAUACCAUUUACGAUACAAGGCUGAAAGUUACUAGUCUAAUGGAAGGCAGUGAAUAUCAGUUCCGUGUCACUGCUGUAAAUGCUGCUGGUAACAGUGAGCCUAGUGAUGCGUCUCACUACAUUUUGUGCAAAGAACCAUCAUACACUCCAGCAGCACCUUCAUCACCAAGAGUUGUGGACACUACUAAAACCAGCAUAAGCUUGGUAUGGACAAAGCCCAUGUAUGAUGGUGGAGUUGAUAUAUUAGGCUACGUUCUUGAAAUGAAAGAGGAUGGUACUGAACAAUGGUAUAGGGCACAUACUACUGCCACUCUAAGAAAUGCUGAAUUCACUGUGACUGGUCUUAAAACAAGCCAGAAAUAUCGCUUUAGAGUAGCUGCCACCAACAUCAAUGGCAUGAGUGAAUACAGUGAGUCAUCUGCUGAAAUAGAACCUGUGGAGAGACUAGAAAUACCAGAUCUUGAACUUGCUGAGGAUCUAAAGAAGACUGUUGUUGUUAGAGCAGGUGGCUCUUUACGUCUAAUGGUGUCAGUAUCUGGCAGACCACCACCAAUAAUUACAUGGCACAAGAAGGGUGUUGACCUGGCAAGUCGGGGAAUUAUUGACACCACAGAUAGUUAUACACUGUUGGUUGUGGAUAAAGUCAACCGGUAUGAUGCUGGAAAAUAUGUCAUUGAAGCUGAAAAUCAAUCAGGAAAGAAAUCAGCAACAAUUCUUGUAAAAGUCUAUGAUACACCUGGCCCACCAGCAGCAGUGAGAAUCAAAGAAGUCUCAAAAGAGUCUGUGACAAUUACUUGGGAUAUUCCUACUAUUGAUGGUGGUGCUCCUGUCAACAACUACAUAAUUGAGAAACGUGAAGCUGCUAUGAGAGCUUACAAGACAGUAACUACUAAAUGCAACAAAACCUUUUAUCGUAUUUCUGGACUCAUAGAAGGAGCCCGAUACUAUUUCCGAGUACUUCCAGAAAACAUCUAUGGUAUUGGUGAACCUUGUGAGACCUUAGAUGCAGUGCUUGUGUCAGAGGUUCCAGGUGUGCCUCAGAAACUGGAGGUGGUUGAUAUUACAAAAUCUACGGUAUCACUUGCAUGGGAAAAACCACAGCAUGAUGGUGGCAGCAGAUUAACUGGCUAUGUAAUUGAGGCUAGUAAAGCUGGAUCUGAAAGAUGGAUGAAGGUUGUAACACUGAAGCCCACCGUCUUUGAACACACGAUAAUUUCAUUAAAUGAAGGUGAACAGUACUUGUUUAGAGUGAGAGCACAAAACCAGAAGGGUGUGUCUGAACCAAGAGAGAUAGUCACAGCAGUGACAGUACAAGAACAAAAAGUUCUACCUGCAAUUGAUCUUGCUGGAAUACCUCAAAAGACUGUUCAUGUACCAUCUGGCAGGCCUAUCGAACUAGCUAUUCCAAUUUCUGGAAGACCACCUCCAGCUGUGUCUUGGUUCUUUGCUGGCUCUAAACUAAGAGAAUCAGAACGUGUCAAGGUUGAAACAGUUGCUAAGACAGCUAAACUAACCAUACGCGAAACCACAAUACAUGACACUGGAGAGUACACACUUGAACUGAAGAAUACAAGUGGAACUGCUCUUGAAAGGAUCAAAGUCAUUAUUCUUGACAAACCUGGACCGCCCACUGGGCCUAUUAAAAUUGUUGAUAUUGAUUCAACUUUUGUAACCAUUUCCUGGGAACCACCUGAGAUGGAUGGUGGUGCAACACUAAGUGGCUAUGUGGUGGAACAACGUGAUGCUCAUCGGCCAGGAUGGCUACCAGUUUCUGAAUCUGUAACUCGGACAACAUUUAAGUUUAGUAAACUUACUGAGGGUGCUGAAUAUGUGUUCCGUGUGGCUGCUACCAACCGCUUUGGCAUUGGUUCAUACUUGCAGUCUGAAAUUGUAGAAUGCAAAAGCAGAAUCAGUCUUCCUGGUCCUCCUGGUACCCCAGAGGUAUUUGAUAUCUCUCGUGAUGGCAUGACACUUACUUGGUAUCCACCAGAAGAGGACGGUGGUUCACAGAUCAGUGGUUAUAUUGUGGAACGCAAAGAAGUUAGAUCUGAUAGAUGGGUCCGUGUUAAUAAAAUUGCAAUCACUAUGACACGCUACCGAUCAACCGGGUUGAUUGAAGGACUGGAGUAUGAACACCGUGUCACAGCUGUCAAUGCUAGGGGCACUGGCAAGCCAAGCAGGGCCUCCAAGCCUGCAGUUGCUAUGGAUCCAAUUGCUCCCCCAGGCAAACCUCAGAAUCCAAGAGUUACAGAUACAACAAGAACAUCAAUUUCCCUGGCUUGGAGUCCACCAGAAGAUGAAGGCGGGUCUAAGGUGACUGGCUAUUUGAUUGAAAUGCAAAAGAUUGAUCAGUUUGAAUGGACGAAAUGCAACACCACUCCCACCAAGAUCCGUGAAUACACAAUAACACAUCUUCCACAAGGUGCAGAAUACAGAUUCCGUGUUUUGGCUUGUAAUGCUGGUGGUCCUGGUGAACCUGCUGAAGUGCCAGGAGUAGCCAAAGUGACUGAAAUGCUUGAAUUUCCUGAUUAUGAACUUGAUGAAAAAUAUCUGGAAGGUGUAUUUAUAAGACAAGGUGGAGUAAUUAAGCUUACAGUGCCAAUUAAAGGUAAACCCCUUCCAAUAUGCAAAUGGACUAAAGAAGGACAUGAUGUCAUCAAGAGAGCCAUGAUUGCCACUUCUGAAUCAGACACUGAACUCGUGAUAAAAGAUGCAGAAAGAGAAGAUUCUGGUACCUACGAUUUGACACUUGAAAACAAAUGUGGCAAAAAGGUUGUUUACAUCAAAGUCAGAGUGAUUGGCAUGCCAAAUCCACCAGAAGGGCCACUUGAAUAUGAUGACAUACAAGCACGCUCUGUUAGGGUCAGCUGGAAACCUCCAAGUGAUGAUGGUGGUGCUGAUCUACUGGGAUACAUUGUUGAGAGGCGAGAAGUACCAAAAACUGCCUGGUACACUGUUGGUUCCAGAAUAAAGGGUACAUCACUAGUAGUGAAAGGACUGAAAGAAAAUGUGGAAUAUCACUUCCGUGUUUCUGCUGAAAACCAGUUUGGCAUAAGCAAGUCCCUGAAAUCUGAAGAGCCAGUUGUGCCCAAAACACCUUUGCAUCCUCCAGAGCCUCCAAGUUAUCCACCAGAAAUACUUGAUGUCACAAAGAGUUCCAUUAGCUUAUCUUGGUCCAGACCUAGAGAUGACGGUGGCUCUCGUGUCACUGGCUACUAUAUAGAACGCAGAGAAACAUCUACUGAGAAAUGGGUCAGGCACAACAAGACUCACAUCACGACCACUAUGUACACUGUCACAGGGCUGGUUCCAGAUGCUGAAUAUCAGUUCCGUAUUGUAGCCCAAAAUGAUAUUGGUGAGGGUGAACCCAGUCCUGCUUCUGAACCUGUUGUGUGCAAGGAUCCAUUUGACAAACCAAGCCAGCCUGGAGAAAUUGAGAUUACGUCAAUAUCUAAGGAUAGCAUUACUUUAGAAUGGGAGCGCCCUGAAUGUGAUGGUGGUAAAGAUAUCAUUGGAUACUGGGUUGAAUAUCGCCAGUCUGGAGAAACGGCCUGGAAAAAGUGCAAUAAAGAACGUAUCAAAGACAGGCAGUUCAUAAUGGGAGGCUUACUGGAAGCUACAGAAUAUGAAUUCAGAGUAUUUGCAGAAAAUGAAAGAGGAAUUGGCAGGCCUCGUAGAACAGCAAUGACUGUAAAGACUAAAUUGACAUCUGGAGAAGCUCCUGGAAUAAGACAAGAAAUGAAGGAUGUUUCUACCAAUUUGGGUGAACCAGCUCAGUUAUCAUGCCAGAUUGUUGGGAGACCUCUUCCUGAUAUAAAAUGGUACCGUUUUGGUAAGGAGCUUGUACAGAGCAGAAAAUACAAAACGUCAUCAGAUGGACGCACCCAUACACUUACAGUUCUUACAGAGGAGCAAGAAGAUGAAGGACUUUACACUUGCAAGGCUGUCAAUGAUGUUGGAGAGAUUGAAACUAGUGGCAAGCUAUUAUUGCAAGCUCCUCCACAAUUCCAUCCAGGUUUCCCAUUGAAAGAGAAAUACUGUGCAGGUGUGGGUUCCACUCUUCGCAUCCAUGUUGUAUACAUUGGUCGUCCAGUACCUGCCAUCACUUGGUUCCAUGGCAAGAAACCUUUGAAGAGUGCAGAAAAUGUUACUAUUGAGAACACAGAGCAUUAUACCCACCUUGUCAUUAAAAAUGUUCAGCAUAAGUCCCAUUCAGGAAAGUACAAAGUGCAACUUAGUAACAUAUUUGGCACUGUUGAUACUGUUCUCAACGUGGAAAUACAAGAUAAGCCAGAUAAACCGGCAGGACCAAUUGUUGUGGAAGCACUGCUGAAGAACUCUGCAGUCAUAAGCUGGAAGCCACCUGAAGAUGAUGGAGGUGCCUUAGUAACAAAUUAUAUUGUAGAGAAAAGAGAAGCAAAAGAAGGCACAGAGUGGCAGCUGGUAUCUUCAAGCAUAUCUGGCACAACCUGUAGAAUUGUUAACCUAACUGAAAAUGCAGGCUACUAUUUCCGUGUCUUUGCUCAGAACACUUUUGGCAUCAGUGAAGCAUUAGAGGUUUCAUCUAUUGUUGUUAUCAAGACUCCAUUUGAAAAACCAGGCCAACCAAUUCGUCCAGUUGCAUCUGCUGUGACCGCAGAUUCCUGUGUUGUAUCUUGGAAGCCACCUGCUAGUGAUGGAGGCUCAAAGAUUAGAAAUUACUACCUUGAGAAACGUGAAAAGAAGCAAAACAAAUGGAUUGCCGUAACAACAGAAGAAAUUCGUGAAACUGUUUAUUCUGUCACAGGCCUUAUUGAAGGCCUUGAAUAUGAGUUCCGUGUAAAAUGUGAAAAUCUAGGUGGUGAAAGUGAAUGGAGUGACAUUUCAGAGCCAAUCACUCCCAGAUCUGAUGUACCAAUUCAAGCACCACAUUUCAAGGAAGAAAUCAGAAACUUGAAUGUGAGAUUCAGAGGUCAUGCUACUUUUGUUUGCAAAGUCACCGGUCAUCCUAAGCCUAUUGUAAAAUGGUUCCGGCAAGGCAAAGAGAUUUUGCCAGAUGGGGAGAAAGUAAAGAUACAAGAAUUUAAGGGUGGAUAUCACCAACUGGUAAUUUCAAAUGUAACAGACGAUGAUGCCACUGUAUAUCAAGUGAGAGCAACCAACCAAGGAGGAUCUGUAUCUGGAACUGCCUCCUUGGAUGUUGAAGUUCCUGCUAAGAUCCACCUGCCUAAAAAUCUUGAAGGCAUGGGAGCUGUUCAUGCCCUCCGUGGUGAAGUUGUCAGCAUCAAAAUCCCAUUCAGUGGCAAGCCUGAUCCAGUGAUCACAUGGCAGAAAGGCCAAGAUCUCAUUGAUACCAAUGGGCACUAUCAAGUUAUUGUUACUCGGUCAUUCACAUCUCUUGUUUUCCCUAAUGGUGUGGACAGAAAAGAUGCAGGCUUCUACAUUGUCUGUGCCAAAAACAGAUUUGGAAUUGACCAGAAAACAGUUGAACUGGAUGUAGCUGAUGUACCUGAUCCACCAAGGGGACUGAAAGCAAGUGACAUUUCAAGAGACUCUGUUAACCUAACAUGGAAUGCUCCAGCUAAUGAUGGAGGAAGCAAAGUCACUCACUAUACUGUUGAGAAACGUGCUACCACAGCUGAGAGAUGGAUUCGUGUUGGUCAAGCUCGUGAUACACGGUACACUGUAGUAAGCCUGUUUGGUAAGACGAGCUAUGUAUUCCGUGUUAUAGCAGAAAAUAAAUUUGGCCAGAGCCAGCCUUCUGAACCUACAGAUCCUGUCAUAACAAAGGAAGAUAAGACCAGAACUGUAAAUUAUGAUGAAGAAGUUGAUGAAGCCAGAGAGGUCACCACAGCAAAAGCACCUCACUCUUCUACAAAGGAGCUCUAUGACAGAUAUAUGAUUGCUGAAGAACUUGGACGUGGGCAGUUUGGAAUUGCCCACCGGUGUGUCGAGACAACUUCUAAGAAGACUUACUUGGCCAAGUUUGUCAAAGUGAAAGGUGCUGAUCAGGUGCUGGUAAAGAAAGAAAUUUCCAUCUUAAACAUUGCUAGGCAUAGAAAUAUCCUGUACCUUCAUGAAUCAUUUGAAAGCCUGGAAGAAUUGAUCAUGAUCUCUGAGUUCAUUUCCGGAGUUGACAUCUUUGAGAGACUUAAUACCCCUGCCUUUGAGUUUAAUGAAAGGGAAAUUGUAAGUUAUGUACGUCAAGUCUGUGAAGCACUUGAAUUCCUACACAGUCAUAGCAUUGGACACUUUGAUAUUAGGCCAGAGAACAUUAUUUACUUCACAAGAAGAAGCUCUAUAGUUAAAAUAAUUGAAUUUGGUCAGGCAAGGCAACUGAAACCUGGGGAUAAUUUCAGACUUCAGUUUACUUCCCCUGAAUAUUAUGGACCUGAAGUCCAUCAGCAUGAUAUGGUCAACACAGCCACUGAUAUGUGGUCACUUGGAACUCUAGUUUAUGUACUUCUGAGUGGUUUGAAUCCUUUCAUUGCUGAAACAAACCAACAGACAAUUGAAAACAUCACCAGUGCUGAAUACAAUUUUGAUGAUGAAGCCUUCAAAGAUAUAAGUAUUGAGGCCUUGGACUUUAUUGACCGCCUGCUGGUAAAAGAAAGGAAAGCUCGUAUGACUGCUACAGAAGCCCUUGAACACACUUGGUUGAAGCAGAGGACAGAAAAAUGCAGCACUAAAGUAAUCAAAACACUGAGACACAGACGUUAUUACCAAACCUUGGUAAAGAAAGAGUGGAAUACUGUUGUGUCAGUUGCCCGUGUUUCAUGGGGUGGUGCAAUCAGAUCUCAGAAAGGUGUUACUGUUGCUAAAGUUAAAGUGGCAUCCAUUGAAAUUGGACCCAUUACUGGGCAGAUAAUGCAUGCCGUUGCUGAAGAAGGUGGACAUGCCAAAUAUGUCUGCAAAAUUGAAAAUUAUGACUCAUCCACAGAAGUAACUUGGUACUUUGGAGUACGACAGUUGGAGAGCAGUGAAAAAUAUGAAAUCACCUACCAUGAAGGAGUGGCCACAAUGUAUGUCAAAGAUAUUGCUAAAUCAGAUGAUGGUACCUACAGGUGCAAAGUUGUAAAUGAUUAUGGGGAAGACAGUUCCUAUGCAGAACUAUUUGUCAAAGGUGUGAGAGAAGUUUCUGACUACUACAGAUGCAGAACUGUCAAAAGAGUCAAACGCCGAGUAGAUACCAUGAGACUUUUGGAAAGGCCACCAGAAUUUACUCUUCCUCUUUACAACCGAACAGCCUAUGUUGGUGAAAAUGUUAGGUUUGGAGUAACUAUAACUGUCCACCCAGAACCUCGAGUAACAUGGUUCAAAUCAGGUCAAAAGAUCAAGCCAGGAGAUGAUGAUAGAAAGUACACCUUUGAGACUGAUAAAGGUCUUUAUCAACUUCUCAUCCAUAAUGUCAGUGAAGAAGAUGAUGCUGAAUAUACUGUCCUGGCACGCAACAAAUAUGGUGAAGACAGCUGCAAAGCUAAGCUAACUGUUGUUCAGCAUGCUCCUCCAGAGGCCUCCACACUGAGACCCAUGUUCAAGAGGCUCCUGGCAAAUGCAGAAUGCCAUGAAGGCCAAAGUGUCUGCUUUGAGAUAAGAGUAUCUGGUACACCAAAACCAACACUAAAAUGGGAAAAAGAUGGUCAGCCUUUGUCAGCUAGCCCCAAUAUUGAAAUUGUACAUGAAGGAUUAGAUUACUAUGCUUUGCAUAUCAGGGACACUUUACCAGAAGACAGUGGUUACUACAGAGUUACUGCUACAAAUAGUGCUGGAUCCACAAGCUGCCAAGCCUACUUGAAAGUAGAGCGCUUGAAAUAUGUCAAACGGGAAUAUGAGUCAGAAGAGGAGAGGCAAAUCCAUGUGCAGAAGAGAAUUGACAAGACAGUGAGAAUGGCAGAAAUUCUUUCUAGGACGGAAUCUGUUCCACUGACACAAGUUGCACAAGAAGCUCUAAGGCAAGCUGCCAUCAUGUAUAAACCAGCUGUAAGCACAAAGACAGUCAAAGGGGAAUAUGAGAUUAAGAAGGAAGAAGUGAAAGAAGAAAGGAGACUCCGAAUGCCUUAUGAAAUCCCAGAGCCUCGCAGACCUGCAGGAGCUGCUCUUGAAGAAGAUCAGAGCAUCAAAUUGUUUGUGCCUAUGUCCGACAUGAAGUGGUACAAGAAGCUGAGAGAUCAAUAUGAAAUGCCAGGUAAAAUUGACAGAAUUGUUCAGAAGAGACCAAAGCGCAUUCGCCUUUCAAGAUGGGAACAAUUCUAUGUGAUGCCACUGCCACGCCUUACUGAUCAAUAUAAACCUAAGUGGCGCAUACCUAAAUUGUCACAAGAUGAUCUUGAGAUAGUGAGACCAGCACGCCGGCGUACACCAUCUCCUGACUAUGAGUUUUAUUACAGACCAAGAAGGCGAUCACUUAGUGACCUGUCAGAUGAAGAAUUACUUCUUCCAGUUGAUGAUUACUUAGCCAUGAAAAGAACUGAAGAAGAAAGAUUGCGACUUGAAGAAGAACUAGAGUUAGGCUUUUCUGCUUCACCUCCAAGCAGAAGCCCACCACGCUUCGAAUUGUCUUCUCUUCAUUACUCUGCAGCACAUGCACAAGCUGCAGCAGAAGAAUCUGCAGGAAGAGAACUGAGGUAUGCAACCUAUCAUAUACCAUCUAAAGAAGAAACUGGUGCAACUUAUGCACAGCUCCGACAGCGCCAUGAUAGAGCAGUUUAUAGACCAUCAAAACAAAAACUGAGAAUAAUGGCAGAGAAAGAAGAUGAAGAGUUGCUACGACCAGUUACCACAAGCCAGCGGCUCUCAGAGUACAAAAGUGAACUUGAGUACAUGUCACAAGAAGAAAAGAGCCGAAGGAGAAGAAGGAGAGAAGAAAUAACUGAAAUAACCUCAAAAGAAGAGGAGGAGGAGGAGAUAGAAAUGGUGAGACAUGCUCACAGGGAAUUUUCACCUCCCUCAAGAUUGCUAGGAAGAAGACGCUCUCUUUCUCCAACUUACAUUGAGCUUAUGCGCCCUGUAUCUGAAUUAAUUCGACCCCGUUCCCGUCCUGUAGAAGAACCUGAGAGAAGAUCUCCUACUCCAGAGAGAACUCGUCCACGCUCACCAAGUCCAGUGUCCAGUGAGAGAUCUCUCUCUCGAUUUGAAAGAACAGCAAGAUUUGACAUAUUUUCCAGAUACGAGUCAAUGAAAGCUGCUUUGAAAACUCAAAAAACAAUGGAGAGGAAAUAUGAAGUUCUGACCCAAGAACCUUUCACUUUGGAUCAUGCCCCACGCAUCACUUUAAGAAUGCGCUCUCACCGUGUGCCAUGUGGCACCAACACCAGGUUCAUUUUGAAUGUACAGUCCAAGCCUACCGCUGAAGUUAAAUGGUAUCAUAAUGGUGUUGAAAUCCAAGAAAGCCAUAAGAUACAUUUCACUAAUACUAGUGGGGUGUUGACCUUGGAGAUCCUUGACUGCCAUAUUGAUGAUAGUGGUACAUAUCGUGUUGUGUGCACAAACUAUAAAGGGGAAUGUUCUGACUAUGCAACAUUAGAUGUUACAGGAGGAGAUUAUACUACUUAUACCUCCCACCGCAGAGAUGAUGAAGUACCAAGAUCUAUUGUUCCUGAUUUGACAAGGACUGAGGCAUAUGCAGUUUCUUCAUUUAAGAAAGUAUCUGCGACAGAAGCAAGUUCUUCAGUAAGAGAAGUCAAGUCAGAACUGACAGCAACAAGAGAAUCAUUAUCAUCAUAUGAACAUCAUGCUUCUGCAGAAAUGAAAGUGAGUGCAUCAGCAGAAAAAUCACUAGAAGAAAGAGCUGUGCACCGAAAGUUUAAAACUACUCUGCCUGCUACAAUAUUAACAAAACCAAGAUCAAUCACUGUUUCUGAAGGAGAAACUGCAAGAUUUUCUUGUGAUAUUGAUGGUGAGCCAACACCAACAGUGACAUGGAUACAUGCAGGCCAAGCUAUUGUUUCUUCUGGGCGCUACCAAGUCACACGUACACAAUAUAAAUCUACCUUUGAAAUUUCAUCUGUCCAGAGCUCAGAUGAAGGAAGCUACACUGUUGUAGUAGAAAAUUCAGAAGGAAGACAGGAAGCUCACUUUACUUUGACUGUACAAAGGAAAAGAGCUCCAGAAAAAGCAAUUACAUCACCCACAAGGGUAAAAUCUCCUGAGCGCCAUGUAAAGUCCCCAGACAAAGUAAAAUCUCCCAAGAGAGUCAAAUCACCUGAACCGUCUCCUGCCCACUCCAAAGCCAAAUCAACAGCUGCAGGAAAGACAACACCAGGAGACAAAGCACACUUGCCAGUUUCUGCUCCUCCUAAAAUAAAACAGCAGCUAAAGUUGGAAGCUACUGGUGAUAAAGUAAAACUAUUCUGUUCAGUUGAAAGCAGUGUUUUAAGUGUCCAAGAAGUAGUCUGGUACAAAGAUGGCAAGAAAUUAAAAGAAGGUGAUCAUUUCAAAUUUCAUUAUGCAUCUGAUGGAACAUAUGAACUUAAGAUCCAUAACCUCAAGGAAUCUGAUCAAGGAGAAUAUACCUGUGAAGUUGUUGCAGAAGGUGGUACCUCCAAAACCAACUUCCAGUUUGUUGGCCAAGUUUUUAAAAGUGCCUUCUCUCAGGUAUCAAGCUUAGCCAAAACUCAGAAAAUUGAAACAGCUGAAAUAUCUACCCAGAAGAAAUCUACAGUGACUUCCCAAGAAAAGGCAGUGGUGCAAGAGGAAUCUGUUAAGAGGUCUCUGGUGUCUGAAGAUACUAAAACAUCUCACACAGAAAUUAAAUCUACUACCACUAAAAUGAGUGUGUCUGAAGGUCAAAAAACUACCCUUAAAGCCAGUAUUGCUGGUGCUUCUCAUGUAAAAUGGUUUCUGAAUGGAAUAGAGCUAAGUAACUCUGAAGAUUAUAGAUAUGGUGUGUCAGGAAGUGAUCAUACUCUGACCAUCAAAAAAGCAACCCAUAAAGAUGAAGGAAUACUUACUUGUGAAGGAAAGACUGACCAGGGCAUUGUCAAAUGUCACUUUGAAAUGAGUUUUUCAAAAGACACUUCAAAUGUUCCUGUCUUUAUCAUACAACCUAAAUCUCAAAACAUCAAUGAAGGACAAGAUGUGUUGCUUACCUGUGAAGUCUCUGGAGAUCCUUCUCCUGAAAUCAGCUGGUUUAAGGAUAACCAGCCAAUUGCUCUUUCAUCCAACAUGAGAGUAAAUCGUUCCAAGAAUGUUUAUUCUCUUGCAAUCCAAAAUGCUGCAGUGAGCGAUAGUGGAAAAUACACAGUCAAAGCAAAAAACUUCCAUGGGCAAUGCUCUGCCACUGCAUCCUUGACUGUCCUUUCUCUAAUUGAAGAACCUCCCAAAGAGGUAGUGUUGAGGACAAGUGGUGAUACAAGCAUGCAAGAAAGUUUCUCUUCGCAGUCACUUCAAAUGUCCGCUUCUAAACAAGAAGCUUCGUUCAGCAGUAGCAGCAGUAGCAGCAUGAGUGAAAUGAAAUUUGCAAGCAUGUCUGCCAAAAGCAUGUCCUCCAUGAAAGAAUCCUUUGUAGAGAUGAGCUCCAGCAGUAUAAUGGGGAAAUCUAGUCUGACCCAACUGGAGAGUUCAACUAGUAGAAUGAUUAAAUCUGGUUUGAGAGGUGUACCACCCAAAAUUGAAGCUCUUCCUAAUGACAUCUCAAUUGAGGAAGGAAAGGUUCUCACUGUAUCCUGUGCCUUCUCUGGUGAACCCGCUCCUGAAAUAACAUGGUCCUGUGGAGGAAAAAGCAUUUCAAGUCAGGGGGGUAGAUUCCAUGUGGAAACCAGUGAAGAUUUAACUACGCUUAUCAUCAUGGACGUUCAAAAGAAUGAUGGGGGACUUUAUACGUUGAAUUUAGACAAUGAGUUUGGCACUGACUCUGCCACUGUGAAUAUUAACAUUAGAUCAAUUUAAAAGGCCUGGCCUAUUUUAUUUACACUUGACUUUUGGCAAGUGAUUGAUAUGGACUGGAAUAACGGAUCUGUAAAUAUAUAUUUAAAAAAAUAUUUUUAUACCUACCUGAACCAGACAAAGUCCAAGGAUAUACGCUAUGACUUAUAGUCAUUAUUGUCUGACUUUAAAACUAUUUUUCACUUGACAUGUACAUACUGUAUAUAGCCGAAGUUAACGGUUAUGAAGUUUUGUACCAUUUAUUUUAUGACAUUUUAAAAUGUAACUUUUGGAACAGUUGGUAGGAGAAAGUUUCUUAGGAAACGAAUACCCUGCUCAACAUUUAACUAAUAUUUGUGCCUCAACAAAACGUUGAUGUCUAAGAAUGCCUCAACAGGUAGAGAGGCUCCCUGUUGAAGACCUAUUUACCUACACCUAAGAGAUGAUGCUGUGCAUGGUUUCCUUGAACCUGCACGAAUUUAUUUUGAAUCAGCAACAUAAGGCAUUGGUGAGGUUUGCAUCUACCCUCCUGUAAGCCACACUGUAAUGUCUUACGUUGUAUCUGAUCAAUGGCAAACUAUAUUUUGUUCAUGACUCACAAUCCUUUGAGCAAAGUGCAAGCGGCCAGCAUUUUGUUCACCACCUGUUCAUGUACUGUUUCUGGCACACGGACUGCCUGAAUAACUUUAUAAAAAAGUAACAUCACCUGGCCAUCCCUUGGAUAAAUAAAGCUUAUUUGGGCACUCAAGUGCAGAAGCAGUACCAACUCGGGGAGGUUCUUAGGAUGCAGUGAUUGUGUGGUAGCAUUAGGAUUCUGCUAGAUACUGUCAACUUCAGGCAACCAAAGUUUGAGCCACAGUUUCAGAAAAGUUAAAACUGUUGUUAUAACAUCACAUGUGCCUUGAACUUAAAUUUGAACUAGCAUCGUUUAUGUAGUAGAAAAAAAACUGUAUUGUUAGCUGUUUUGUUGAACCUCCUUGAGAUAGUAUUGUUCAUUUGAAAUAAAGCAUGCUACCUGCACUUCA